UGCGCCGUUUCUUCUCGCCUUGUUUGCCUCCAGUCCGGCUGUAGCUCCGACUGACUGCACGGCGUGUGGAGGAGACGCAGAGGGAAGAACCCGGGGAGCACUCCUAAAACCCAGACCUAAAGAAGUCCUGCCUCUUCCUCUUCGGGCUGUACCUGUGGACCGGGUCGCUGGAGACCUGCGUGCAGACUUGGCACAGAGAAAAGACGUGCCCGGAGUUUGAUUUGGUAGCGAGACUGGGGCGCAUCUCGUCUCUCCUUGAAGUGCUCCCUUUUUUAUGCGGUGUAACCGUCGGAAGGAGCCUGGGUGCACGCUCAUGAGCUGGAGGAGGAGGAGGAGGAGGGGGAGCAGCAGCGAUCAUUACUUUUGAAUAGAGCCCCUCGACAUGGAGCUAUCGGUCCGGUCCUGGACGCGCUGGCUGGGAGAAGAUCACAUACCUGCUACGGGAAACCCCACCACCACCACCACCACUACCACCACCACCGACACCAUCCGCCUGCUGUGAGGAAAGUGGAGCAUGCAGUCGUGCCCCAGCCGUCUUUGUGCGACCCGCUGCUUAGUUUCUGGGGGCCUCUUCUGAAAAACGGAGAGGAGGGGGCUUCGGGUGUUGAUCUGAAAUUCACACUCCAUGCCGGGAUCCAUAUUUUGGCACAGCGUACCACUGUAAGUAGCCCCCUUAAAAAGCGGAUGUUUUGAGUCUUUCCAGGGAGAUGCUGGGUUAUGCUCUGCUGGAUCGAUACCAUUUAUUUACACUCUCUGGAUGUGAAAAGGCAAAUGUCAGAAAACGGGCCCACGGGCUCCUUGAGCAGUUAAAACUGUACCAAUGAGAGAUCAAUUCAUAAAACAGAGAUACUUUUGGAGCACCUUGAGUCCUCAGGUUGAAAAUUUGAUCAGGUCUCUUACAUACAAUUGGUCUUAGCGUGUGUUUAGUUUAAAUUAAAUUAAAUGCCUAAAACUAGACUUCUUUAUAAUGAUGAAAUCUGUGACUAUGGUUUUAUUAAAAGGGAUUCCAGGUGGGUUGAGUUUAUUCCCUAUUUAGGACACACUUGAAGUAGAGAAAGUCCUGGUUUCUAAAUAACCUCUGAUAUUCAAACAAGAGCAGAUUUAUAAGAUACUGAAGGAUAGCAGUCUGUAUGAGGAUGGUGUGAAAAAACAGUCCUCACACAAACAUCUCCACCCAGUCCAGGACACCAGGAGCUAAGUAGUUAGAUGUCAGCUACUGUCUCCAUUUACUUCUCCAUUUUGCGGCUAUAAAAUAAGAUCAUUUCACAGAGCAUGUAUAAUUUACAGACCUGAAGCAGCCAUGUGUGAUGAUGGGACACACACACACUCACACGUUUGUGUACACACACAUAGACAGAGAGUUUUUACAGGCUGGGGGAGCCAUAUCUGAUUCUCACGUGAAGCUUUUAGAGGGAUAGGGCCGCAUAGACUUCAGAGAGAAGCCUCAGGAGAGCCGGUCUGUGACGGACUGAAACUUAAAUAACAUUCAAUCCAUACUGUCAAUGCCAAAUCAGGAUAGUGCUGCAACAUUAUAUAAGCCAUAUACUGACAAGUUGGGGAACAGAGAGCUACUCAGGCAUAUACUUAUAUAACAGCUUUCAUGCAGGGUAGUAUAGAUGAUGACUUUCCCAAAUACAGCUGUUUUACAGAAUAAAAGCACACCAAAGAGCAUUGUUCUUGACAGUGAUUCUGAACAAAGACAGACGCAAAAUUAUAUAAUCCAUAUGCACAGUGUGAGGGAUUGAUAUGCCCACACAAAUCAGCGGCAGAGAAGUUUUGCAGCCAUUUUGGAGGACUAGACAUAGAAGAAAAAGAAAGUCUCCCAGGCCGGGAUAAUGUUGGAUGUGAUUGUGCGUUACUGACAUGGCCGUCAGUUGAUUCCUUAUAGAUGAAGAGGUCAUUUAAAUCAAUAGGAGGCCAGAAAUGAGGACUUGGAUGUGUUUUUAUUUUACAUGUUGCACUUUCAGAUUCUGGCGCAGGUUUGAAGAUUUUCUCAAACAAAGCUUAAAGCGGCAGAUUGAGAGGAUUCACAAAGAUGUAAGGGGGAACAAAUGUUCAAUCCCUCUCACCCUCCUUUUCCCCCUAACCCUCUCCCUCUAUCUACCUUCACCCCCGUCCUCCUCCCCUAUCUCUCUUUCUCUCUCUCUCACUCCCUCACCCGCCCCAGACUUGCCGGUUGGGUCCAUUUGUCUAUGUUGUCUCGGGGAAGGAAGUGCCAUCUCAUCUCACAUUGCACAAAUGGCUUCAAUGCAAUGCUAGUGUGAAUUCUAGCGGGUUUUUGUAACUGCCAAUUUCCAUAUCAAAGUGUCUGCAUUUCAAUAGGGAGAACUUGAGCUACCAGCCCCCUUCCUCUCUGAGCAGUUUUGUUCUGAUGGAGCGUUGCUGUCGCUGCUGGAGGUGGAGAAGGUUUCUGCAGAAAUUGCUGGACAUUGCAGUUGGGUUUUUGUGGGUUUGAGAGGAGCAAGUGUUAGUGUUGGAGACAGAUUUAGUGUGGAUCUGUUUGAGAAUUUGUUGGCCAUCAUCUCACACCAAAAGCUGCAUAUUAAGUAGAAAUUUUGGAUGACUUUUAAGGACGUGGUCAUGUCAGGAGAAAUCUCUGUGGUUAAUCCCCCCCCUUGCUGUAUUUCUCAAUCAUCAUCUGAAGUAUUUUUAAAAAAAAGAAGGAAAAAAAAGGCACUUUCAACUUGAUGAAAAUGAGUUUACACAUUUUUGACUUGUAUUUUGUCCACAGCUGUCUACACUUAAAAUGCUCCAAAAUGCACUCCAAGUUCUCUUGUGUUAAAUAAAUGUUGGGCGAGGAUGCAAAAAGGAACAGUGUUGGAGCUUUGCGAGAGACUCUCGACUACCUCACGGUGUCUGAUUGUUUUUUCUGUUGCAGUGAUAAUAUUUAUUUCCCAUUCUGUGCAGCUGUUGUUUGUCGGAUGAAGAAUGCGGCAAGACGCUGUUUAUUUUGAUGGAUCUCUCCACGCUUUUUUUUUCUCCUUCGCUCGUCUUGUGAUACAUGGCGUAAAGUUUUCUGCAGUUUUAGGUGACUUUAAUAGAAGGAAAAAGAGACUCAUUUAGAUUAGACAGAGAGAGAGAGAAAAAAGAAAGGUGCUGUUUUUUUGUGUGCAGAAUGCUAGUUGGAAAAAAAAUGCUGCAUUUGAGACAGUUUGACCCUUCCACGGUCAUCCUGCCUCCUAGGUAAUAAUAUUAGCCAACUUCCCUUCAGCCUCCAGGAAAAGAAGAAAAGUUCCUCCCUUCCUCUUCUCCAUCUCUUAUCCUGAUUAAAUACCAUCAAGAAUCUGAAAAGUGGGUGUUAUGAAUGCUGUUAGCAGGAAAGAGAAGACUUCACCUGCCAUCUUCACUCAAGGCACUCAGGGUUUGACAGCUGUCUUGUUCAAUUCCUCUCACACACGCACUGUGAAAUGUUGAACAAACAAAUGGACAGAUAGAAAGAGAGAGAGAGGGAGGAGGGAGGGACGGAUAACGGUAGAUGAGACAGUUUGGAUUGAACUGGAAGAGGAAUACCCUUUACAUCAGUUACAUAUAAUCAAUUUAUGAUGUUCAGCACCGUCUCUGCCGAUUGAUCUUCUUCUUCUUCUUCUUCACGGGUUGUACUUGGCUUCAGCCUUCUUCUUCAUCUUCCUCUUCUCCUGCUAGAGAUUUCUUAUGUUUUUCCAACAAUGACUUCUGAGGGAAAAAACCUCCAGAGAACAGAGCUCCCCGCACUGCAUAUGUGUAGGAGGAGAGGGCAGGGGCGAUGUACAGAGUGUAGUAAGUUUGUCGAGUCGAGGAAAGUUAGCGUUCAAGUGGGAUCCGUGCUGCGGUGAGCAGAGCUGAGCCUGGAUGUCGGGUUUAUUAAAAAAACAGCUGAAGAGGAGGAGAGGUACAUGCAUUCUCCUCUGUUGGGGCUGCUGUCUGUACAAGCGUUGGCAUCAGGGCUCCGUCUGACAUGGAUUUCUUCCUGGGUUGGAGAAACUGCAAAAUGGUCCAGAGUAGCUGAAACCAGAGGAUGGAGAAGAAAAACACAGAACAGAGGAGGGCAUUUUGUUUCUUUAACAAAGUGCUUCAGGGUGAGUUCAGCUGCAUAAGCCCAUCGUAGCUCCUUUUUUUUUUUUUUUUUUUCUCUGCGGCUUGCCUUUGAAAAUAAAGAGACAGAUGACUGGAAGGAAUGAUUAUGCGUUCGGGUAGUUAACCCGGUGGAUGGAUGUAUGGUCUCUUGCUCCAUGUCACUGACAAAAUACAUCUGAGGGAGAGAAAUCUUCUCCCCUACUACCACCUCCUGCGUUUAAAAUGACAGUUAACUUUCCCCCACUGCUUUAAAAUGGAUGUUUAAUGAUCAACAGAGGCUCGAGCAGUCACGCUGGCUCUGCUCACACUCAUUGCUAAGAAAAAAAAAAAAAAGAAAAAGGAGGCUCCCCCCUUUGGUGUUGUUAAAGGACGCUCCGCUCAAGAAGAGAAGCUGCUUUCCUGAGUGAUGGAUCAUCAGAGGUCUCUUUGGGGGGUGUGUGUUAACCCCUUCAGUGUGUUCAGAUCUGUCCCGGUUGGGAAGCCGUCGGCAGUGUGUGAUGGAUGUGUCCCGGGUCUUUAGGCACCAUAUAUCAGGAGAUUAGCACUGACCUGUGAGUUGUCUGGGCCGCCCUCGGAGCUUCUUCUUCUCCUAGCAUUAGCAUACAAGGACGCAGCUCCGUCUCUGGGGGAUACAAAGAUAGUGUGCUUUAUUUGGUUCUGUCAUAGUAUAGGUCACAGGAAGUGUGCAGAUUAAAGGCUGAGGGCUUUGUCUUGGUAUUAGGUGCAUCUGACAGGUCAUCUAUCUUCAACUGAGGAAAUGCUCCUCUCUUUCUCAAAUUCCUAAAUGGUAUCAUAUAAUUAUCCCAGAAAAUGGAGGUUGAGGCCAUGCCUCGCUGCAGAAAACUCUCUCUCUGCCCUCCUUCAUGGUAUUCAGGAAUCACAUAAAAAUGUAAAUCACUCGCCUGAUGUGGUGUAACAUUGUUAUUCCGCAUUUAGCUUUGAAACAGAAGACAGUAUCACAGGUGUACACCGGAGCCAAAGGUUUAUUUUCCCAAAUGAGUGAUCUGCGGGGUCUGCACAUGUGAAAGACGGCAGAAAUUCCGAUCACACACACGUUUAUUUCCCGAUAAAUCACUUGUUCGAGCCAAAUUGAAUUAAAUCGACGAUUAACAGCAAAUUUUCUCAAUUGAUUUUCAAAUCCUUCCUUUCCUUAUCCUGCCAACGCUCACAUCUCACCUCCUCCUGCACGGCUGCCAUUUGUUGUGUCUUUGUGUGCAAUUAGAAUACUUAAGUGCUCGUUUUCAAAAAGAGGCAUGCUAUCACCUUUAGCCCGCCCUGUCCAGUGGCUACUUGAUGCCUAAUGUGUUGUGUUUUCAAGGUUGACAGGAUAUUGUCACAGCCUUUGAAUGCUCCCCCGCGCUUUUGAUUGGCAGGCGUUGUCACGUAAGAUGAGAAACAGUGGGAGUCACACAGCAAACAGAAUCUAUUACCCAGGACGGCAAAAGCGUGCUUUCACUAUGUGUCAGUGCAGGCAGCCAUCUUGCUCCCUCUCCUGUGUGUGUGUGGAAGAGUCCUCCUCGGCUGCGGCGAGGGAGCAGCUUUCAAGUUUAAUUUUGGUGGCUGCCAUAAGUGAUGUUCCUGAUGUUUUAUAGUCGGGUUUUUGCUGUGAUGAAUUAUCAUGUAAAAACCAAAAACACUUCAGCGCUCAUCAACAGCGGCGUGUAAUCCAUUUUAUGAUCGCUGGCAGUCAACAUUAAAAAAAAAAAAAAAAAAAAAAAACAGAAGAAAGUGUUGCAACGUAAAUGACAUCCUGGCAAAGGAGAUAAAAGUGAGACAGGACUCAAAAACUCAGCUGCGCCCAUUCUUGUGCUGAUUUCCAGCGUUUGAAAAGCCUCCUUAAAAACAGGGAGAGAGGCUGCAGGGAGAGAAGGAAGCUUGUUGUUGAUCAUCCAAGCAAAUCAGAUCUUGAUAUUUGAAGAGUGAAGUUGUGAUUGCUAAUCACUCCACUGCUGAGUUUUAAUUAGAGGACUCAUAAGCGUUGUGUCAUUCCUCUGCAGAGUAUCUGAUGUAUCUUAGAGAAGAAAUGAGUCGUUUUCUUAGUUUUAAAACCUCCACAGGCCCUUUUCUACUAUAGAGUAAUGAUAUUUUUAUUUAUGUAUGUAUGCUUUGAUGAGAAUGCCAGCGUGAUUGUGUUUCAUGUCAGCCUUUAUAUCUCGAAUCACAUCUUGACCUUAUUAGGGGAUAGAAAGAGACUUAUUUCCAGCACCAACGGACUCUUUUUUUUUUUUUUUUUUCAUGUGUAAAAUCAGAGAAGGCCUGAGUUUAAUCUUGGACUGUUUUCUCAGAGAUGGUGCUGACAUUCGGACGGGGCUUCUUUUCAAUGGACAGGUUUCUUCACUGUGCUCCUAAGACCUUUGUUAGGACAUUUUAAUUACAGCAGAGCUGGAUGUAAUUGAUCCAGGCUUAGAGGGAUUUCACCGUCAAUGAGAAUGAGCCUGGGCGUUAAUACAGCCGAGCGAAUGCUUCCACCUCUGAGCUGCACUCUUUUCUUUAACACACACACACACAUACACACGCAGUCACGCACAUGAGGCCAGUAGAGACGAGGGGAGAUGUGUCUUUCACGUUGACUCUCCUUUAACUGAGCCAGGCGCCUGUCUUUCAAGUGUAAUGGUUAAAUCAGCCUCACAGGACUGUGCAGACAGCUGCACCUUUCACAUGUUUUUAACCACCUCCAGUGUCCUCUUUCGGGAAGUGUGUGGGGAGGGGGGGGGGUCUUUUUUCAUGCUUCCGUGUUGUCACCCAAAAUCUUCAAAUUUUUAUAAGGCUGUUAGAUAAUGCUUCCCGAUGAGAGUAAAUUAUUGAUGGUCUUGUUAGUAUGAGUGGGACAGGGCAGGCUUUUAACUCUCUGAGCUGCUGGGACUCUUAUCCUGUAACUAUGGGACACGGCACAAACACCCAAAGGAAUGAUGUACUGCAGGAGAGGGGGAAAAGAAAACGGAGGCUGAAGGGGGCUGAAAAUGAAAUAAAAGAGGCAUACAUCCUUUACAAUAGUGUUGGACUAAGCCACAGCUACAAGAGAAAACUUGGCAGCAGAGAAAAGAAUUGAAUCUACAGAAGCUUGUCUUUGUUUUUGCAGCACAGAGGAUGUUAUGGUGGCUGUGUGUUUGUUGCUUAUAUUUGUUGGUUUUUACAGGGAGCACACACACAGAGGACUUUGCUGCUUUUAUUUUGGAGGGACAAAUGUUUCAAGUUAGGUCCUUUUGUGAACACAGGGGUGCUCAGAUAGAAGCUGUCAGGUGUAAAAACGAUUUAUUCAGUAGUUUAUCAAUAAGAAAAAACACAAGAGAACAGAGGAUUGUUUUUCCAAGUAAAAUAUUUAACAUUUUUUAAAUAAUUUGUACAUUUUUUGCAAACUUUUCUUAAAUGUGUCACUGUAAAUUAGAAAUCUGAGUCGAUCUGAGCACGAAAGGUGCCAAAAAGUGUCACUGGGAACUUGUGUCAAGUGUUGUUAAUUAAAUUUCUAAUGAUUAAUACACUGAACAGAAUAGUCUUUGUUGUAGUCCUUGCUGGAGCCGACAAACCAGCGAGAAUUCACACUUCAUGUGGUUUUGUGUGACUGCUUUUGUCAAAAGCAAAAGAAUCUCAAAUUUCACUUCUUUUUUUUUCCUUUUUUACAUGAGGUCUUGGUAUUUUUGUAUCCUUGGUCCAAGGUAACAUAAACACUAUUCUGAAUGUUUCUUGUCGAGAGAAACCACACAGCAAAGAGUGAACUCUGUUUUCUUUUUGUGAGUAAAAUGGAGGUUGGAGCUGCUUCUCUGACCCAGCAUGACAAAGUGUGAAAUAAGCUGCAAACAGAAUGAUUGCCUGAGAGUACACACAAACUUCUCCCCUGCUCAAAGUACACCCUGACAGCUGUCCACGCACUUUCAUCAUUGUUCCAAUUCAUUCUCUCUCCGCGCUCAUAUGGCCCUCGUGUUUGCAUCACAAUAGAGCGAGCAGUACAAACUCAUGGAAAUACUGGUAAAGCGUAUAAUUUGGCGUGCUAAAAUUCAGUCGUGUUGUCCUUUGUGCUGCGCUUUUAUCCGAUGUUUCAUUUUAACAUCGACCUAGAGAUGUGGAAGUUUUUCCAGCCGAAUAUUUCUGCAUUUGGCAAAGCGAACAGUCGGUCUUCUGUCAAACAGCAAAUUUGGGGCAUUUAAGACAUGAAGUCUGGCCAAAUGUGCAUUCCAAGAUUGGACAGAAAUUUCUAGAAACUUAUCUCGCUGUUUAGCUGCGAUAUAGUGUAAUUAUGUCGUAUUUUGGUGCUUUCUGACAUGUUAAAGCUUAGGUUGCAUCAGUGACAAAUCUUCCUUUCAUGUAUCGGGGACAAGAAGAGAGAUUUGAGACACGCAGUAAUCCCUGAGGAGAUUCAUCAUUCUGAAAACAAUAAUUAAGUGGUUUAAAGCUGAAUCAGGACGAGUGGAUCUUUAAUAAUAACCCCCGAAACUGUCACAGUAAAGACAGGAAGAGAACAAAAAGUAAUUAUGUACAAGGAAACACGAAAAACAAGUCCAACCGGUCCCAUUUCCCAGUGGAAAUGCUGCAGAUUGAUGCCUGAGUCUUGUUUCUGGAGGAACAGACAGAGUAGGUGGACAAAUAAAUAGAAACCAAUUCUGAGAAAAAAACGACUCUGAAUUGAAAACAAGCACGAAACACUCCCAGGCCUAAAGCGCGUGUUUGCAUAUUAAGUGCAUGGCUCAUUUCCAACUCAAUACAGCCAAAUGGUAGAGCUAAAUAACAUGGCGACAAGAUAUUAGCUGAUUUUUUAAAGCUUUGCAGAAAAAACUGAAUCUUUCCAAAAUAAAAAUUCUAAUUAAAGCUGUAAUCCAGAAUAAUCUGCCUGUAAUAAAUGCAAUUACUUUAAAUAAGCCUGUAAAACAUGUUUCCAUUCUUAAUUUUGAAUUAUGUUUGGAGAAAUUAAAUUAAAAUACAAAGCUGAAAAUAACUAGGGUUUGUGACAAAGCCAGUCCCUCCAGGAUCUCCUUUAGUUUGAUCUGAUUAUAACAACUAAAACAUGAAAGCCAGCGCAUGGAGCACAUCUGUAAAAAUCCAUAUUUUUUGCCAAAGUUUCUCCUUCACUCUGUUUUUGAUAUAAAAUCCUCCAAAUUUCAAUCACUUUGUGUCAACUUUGAUGUUUCUGAAUUCUUCCAAAUGAUGAAACUAUCUGUAAACAAAAGAAGUCUGACGUGCAGCUGUACAAACCAUGAAAGCUAAAAAUAACACAAGGUAGCAGAGGAAAGAAAAUCCUAAAACGACAGAAACACAGAGCUGGGCAUUUUUUUUCUUUUUAGUGGAGAACCAAACAAACAACAAAAAAAGGGAAAACUUAAUUAAAUGAUUUUUGAAGCUGUGCUUUUCUUUUAUCAUUUCUCCAUUAACACUUAACACAAACGACUUCUUUCGCUUUAAAAAGGUAGCUCCUACUGUUGUGUACUGUUUUCAUCUUAAUGUUAAAUUUUGUCUACACCUUUCUCUGCUUUCAUGGCAUUAUUUUCAGAAGCAAGAGGCUUCAGAUUUCAGAGCAAAAGGUUUAAAAACCCGGCGUAUAUCAUGCAGAUGAAGUAAGCGGUUGGCUGGUAAAGUUGGUGCAACUUUUAGCACCUAAAGAGUCGGAUCUGUCAGGGGUUGGUGGCGGUGGCGCUAACAAGACUACAGCAGAGCCACUUAUUAGGGGUGGGAGAAAAAAAUCGAUACAGCGUAGUAUCGCGAUAUUUUGUCUGGUGAUAUAUUGUAUCGUCUCAUUCACCAAGUAUGAAUUUUUCAAAUUAAUUGCUAAUGUGAAGUUAAAUCUAUGAUAAUAGAAAAAUAAAAUCAACUGUUUGUCCAGUGAGAUUAGCAGAGGUGACGUCACAGAGCCGGAGACAGUUAGUACAACGAAAAAAUAUAUAUAUGGUUUGCAAGAUGUGCGACAUGAAAAUAAAAUACAGCAUAAAUAAGACAAACAUAAAGGAAAGCCAAAUGCUAAAUUAGCUAAAGAGUUGAAAAAAUUGUGUAAAUCGCAAUAGAUCAUAUCACAAUACUCACUGUAUUGCAAAAUGUUAAAAAUCGCAAUAAUAUCAUAUCGUAACCCAAGUAUCAUGAUAAUAUCCUAUCAUGGAGCCACUAGUGAUUCCCACCCCGACCACUUACAUUGUCUAAAUUUGUGAUAAGUCUAUUUCAACCUCUUUUAAACAGUGUUACGGUUAUUCUGUUUUAAUGUGUUUGAGCCCUGGUUUUAAAUGCACAGAAGACUAGCAUGGAUGCCCCCUUUAAGUAUUGCUUGUAAACAAAAUUAAACCACGGGCUCAGACUCAUUAAACAUCCAGACUGACACGUAAAUGAAAAAACGAUUCUCAGCUUUCCUUUUCAAACUCAACACUGAGAAUACAAAUGCCCUUUAGAAAACAUGUAGGUAUAAGUAGCAGAGACUGGAAAUAACAAGAUGAUAUAAAACUCUUCUUUCACUUUUUCUGGCUCUCCUCUAACUUCACCUGCGGGAAAAAAAGCCAGAAGACUGUAAAACAUGGUGGUGGGUCUAUAACAGCAUUGGCAGCUGUCUCGUGGGACUCAUUAGGGCUGUCGAUUACUCUGCACAGUUGUGUAAUGGCUAAAGUAUAUGAGGCAAUUUUACAGGACUACUGUAGCUGCUCAGUGUUGUGCAGCGGUUUCAUGAAUUAAAUCAAAUUCCUGGUGUGGUUUCCCCCCGUCACCAGAUCUAAACAUGGUUUAACGUGUAGGGAAACCCCGCAGAGCAAAGUACGGAGUGGACUUCCUUCCCCACUUACACACCAGAGACUUUACUUUGAAAGGAAAUUACACACUUUAGGACUUUUAGAAACAGUAAUUUCCUCUUGUUAGACUGUUUUCUAACAAUCAUCUAUAGAAAUAGGUUUUCACUCUGCGGUAUUCCCACAUCGAUCCUCUAGGUCUUAAGCAUUUACAAAUGCAUUGCACGUUAAAUCUUUGUCCUAUUUAAUGUUGAUUCUUAUUGGAGUUAAAUUGAUUUUAUUUUGGUGUUUUUUUCACACACAAAAAGCACCAAAAAUACCCUUCUGUUGUUUGUAUUGCGGCAUAUUUUAGCAUGAUUUUAUUGCAAGUAAAUGAAUGGUUACAUACAAAACCAUAAUUCAAUUAGUUGUAAAUUUUAGAUUAUUGACCUGUUUAACCAUUUAGCUAAUUGUUAAAAAUGAUCAUAAGCAAACUUUAAAGAUUUUUGGUGCAUUGAUGGCUUCUGUAGAGCGGCAGUCCAGAAUUAAGAGUGUCGCAUUUGAAAUAAUACAAAAAAUCAGCAGAAACAAGCGUUUUUGUUUUGCUUUGGAAACCUAUUAAACUUUGAGUUGAUCAUCUUGAAUGCUGCUAAUGAAUUGACUUGAUUUGUUGAUGACCUGAUUAGAUGAUUCAGCUUUAUUUAAUAACUUCAUUUUCACUUUUAAUUGUUUUUGAAAGGCAUAGCAGGAUGUGCCCCAACUGAGAAAGUCAGAUGCACGCAAUUAACGUGUUGAUGUAUGAAUUGUGUCAUCCAUCUUCACAGAAGUAGUAGGCACACUUUUUCGUCUGUCUGAGUCUGAGUUUGAGGGCACUUUUGUACCCUGAUUUAAAGCAGAUGAAUACAUGCCAGUUACGACAGACACUGAGUGAAAAGAGACCACACAACCUGUCCUCAGUUAGAGAGCCACCCGUGUGCCGAGCAGGCAGAGGCAAUGCAAAGCAGACCGACUUUGAGGCUAUAAAUGUGGUUCGAGCUGGACAAAACUCCCAACUUUACUUUGAAUCCACUACAGAGAGGUGAUGAAACAUAAGAGGAUGAAUCUGUGUAUCGGUGCAUGUGAAGCCAGCCGUUAAGUUGUCAUUGGGGCAAAGCAGCCACUGCAUUAAAUUGUUUCCAGCUGAAAGACGCCAUAUAACUUUAAAUAGCUGCUACAAUCAAUAGGAAGAUGCACUGAGCAUGAAGAGUAAAUCAGGAUGCCAGGAGAGACGGAGCAGUCUGGUUGAGUGAUGUAAAAUGUCAGGUUCACUGUUAGUGUUCAGAUAAAGUCUCACACAGCUGACAUCACAGCAUCGUGGCUCAAGUACAGAGAAUGAAGUGGAUGUUUUACUGUUGGCAGAUCUGGGUGUUUUGCUUGCUUUGGGAGGCAACUAUUUAAUAUUUUACAAAGUGCUUAUUUGUGUCUAGCAACAAAUAUAAGUACUGAGGCAGAGAGACUCUUGUGAGUUACAUUUUAGAUACAACAUCGAGGAGCUUUUUCCAGUAGUUUGCAGAUGUCUUUCUUCCACCCAGGGACAUAUCUAGACUGUUUUUGACGGGGGUGGCCCAACUGAGGCACCAGUGACAUGAAAUAUUUGUGCUUUCACACAUGUCUUCCCUUCUGUUUUAUACGAGUUAAAAAUCUCACUUACUGUAAAGAUUUGCAAUGCUAAACUUAUUUAAAGUUCGUUUUGAUGGUGUGCAGUUAAUUACUUUAUCUUACACCUUGCAGCUGAAUCGUCUAUGUAUGAAAAGUCAAUCCUGGUGGCACUGGGGCACGAGUUGGAACUGGACCAGGUUUCCUGCAUCUAGAACUACAGCCUCUGUACAUGUGGCGCUGUAUUUCACCAGCAGGCCAAGCCGGUGCCCCAGGGUGGCCAAUUAGAUUUCAGGCAGGAGGGGACGUGCCACCUCUGGCCUAUCUUUGUGACACACCCCUGCUUCAGGGAUGCAUCCCUCCCAGUGUUUGGCAGUUUAUAAAAUCUUAUUUGCAUUUACAAUUUUGCCUAUGCUUGGCGUUCGUUUGCAAGGCACUCUUGACAGACUUGAGACUUUACAAAUACUAUCUUAUAUUAUUUUCCAAACUGUGUCACUGCAUCAUCUGAGUUACUUCCUUCUGCAUUCUGUCAGUAUGUUAAAUGAAUGUAUGGUGAUUCUGGUAAUCAAUAAGCAAUCAUGCAAAAUGAUCUUGGUAUCGAUGAAAUUAAUCUUUAUGAGGAUUUUUGUCGUAAUUAAGCAUCCCACCCCCCUGUGCUGUGACUAAUGGAGACGAUCUCUUUGGCCAAAAGAGGAAGAGUGCAGGGACUCAUGGCGAAAUACAACACCACAACACAUCUGCUUAUAUACAAAAAUUAAUUUAUAGAAAGCAUAUUCUGAGUCCGCAGUUAAUAUUACCUUAAAACAUUUGCAGAUUGUUGUAAUAAUGCUGGAAUGAACUUUAUAUUCCAACUAUAAACUGCAACAGCUAAAUAUAGACAGUUAAAUCUUUAAUACAGCCCAUAUUGCACCUCUGACUUCCUAUCCCCAUUCCCUCACAUACAAUCCCAAAUUAGUUUUACUUUGCUUCCCUGCAGCAUUAAUGGUGUUUGCUCAAUUUGCAUAUAUUUCUUAGUAAAAACAAACUCUUCUUUGCUUUUGGCAACAAACAUGUCCUUUUGUCAUUGUACCACUUUGUCAUAAGCUCCAUUUGGAUGGGAUUAGUUUUACAGUGGGAGGAGGGGGAUCAAAUGUAAUCGAAAAUGGAGCAUGUCUGUAUAUUUUGUAGCCCCAAUCUGAAUGUUGCCCUGUCGGUAACUUUGUGUGGGUUUUAAGCCGGCUGGCUAAAAUCUGGGACCCCCCCCGCUCCCCCCGCAGAAAUAAACCUCAGAUAAAACCUCCUUUAGUCCCCUCUGAGAUAACAACCCCUGAGAUAUUUUGCAAAUAAUGUGUCAUUUCCUUUUGGCGAAAGAGGGGCUCUCACCAAAAGCUUUUACUCCCCAAAUCUGUGCUCACUCCGCUCCAGAUGCAACAGUUCUGGUCUUUUGGUCAUUGUUUAAACAAGUUGCUGUCAGCUGCGGAAAUGAUGUUUGAUUAUUAUGAUACAUUUGUGGUGUGAUGGCAGCAUAUGAAUGGGGGUUUUAUAAUAACUGAGACAGAUUACAUGGAAAUCUGUGUGCCUGCAUGUUGUUCAUUAAUACCACAGAUGUUCUGUAUUAACAGUUACUUUUGCUGUAAAACUAAUCCAGUCUGAAUGGGGCUACAGUGUGCAAAAUUCUAACAUUGUGUGGAUCUGUUUCCCCCCACGAGGUGUGAACACAAACACAUCACCUGCUGGAAUUCUGUGUGAAGGAAUGAAUGAAUUUGUUGUGUGUACGUGUAUAUGUGUGUGGUGUGUUUUGAUGUAGGGGGGGGUUAUAUUGCCAGGCCAAUCAUGGCUUCUAUCAUAAAAAAAAAAGGAAAAAAAGAAAGUGUUUUAACAUUGCAGCGAGCUGGAGGUGAGCAGUGUGUGCGUGGGUGUGUUUGUGUGGAUAAAGAGCAGGCAGGGGAGUGCUAGAAUUAUGCGUGGAGGAGGCGAGAAGUGAGGCUGUCAGUACAUUUAUGAAAAGACUGAUUGAAGGAGAAACCUCUUUUUUCCGUGUCAGCGUCAAGCAGCUCUUUGCUCCUCUCCGGUGACCCCAGUGCUUAACCAACUGCUCCGAGGUCAGCCUAUUCAUUUCAACACCGUGCCCAGCAGGAAUGGCAAAUACCAGAGAAUGAAACAGACAUUUUGAGUCAUUUUAUCCGCACACGUUUGUUCAUUUGCAGUUGAAAACCGAGUGUAUUUUUGUUUCAAAAGCCAGAAUAACCUUAACCACAUGGUCACGCUGAAUUCAUAGUUGGACAUUUGUUUGGUAAGCUAAAUGGUUAAAGUAUGUCAUGACCAAUUAGACAUCAAAAGCAAAAAUUCACGGACUCCAACCUCUGAUUUGUGAAUGUUUUCAGAGUUGUUUUUUUUAGGUUUCAGUAACACUAAAUUCAAGGGUUUCAAGGGUUGGAUAGAAAGAAACAGCCAAUUACAGAAGUCCUUGCUCUCUGGAAACCUGUGAUCUUUAUAAAUUAAGAGGAAUCUUAUAGACUGUGUUGUCCAAUCAAUUAAAAUCUUUGAUAGUGAAAACUAUAGUACGUCGUUACCAAAGGUCACUUUUUGAGGCAUUAAUCAGUAAAAAGGCAGCAGAUUUAUUUAGGAUAAAUCUGUUAGCCAUUUUCCAGACUGGUUUAUCGUUUUUGGGUCCAAAAAGUGUUUAAAGAUCUGAUCUUUGCUCUGGAAAGCUCAGGACGGCACUUCUACACACAGAAUAAUAAAGAAAACAGACAAAUAUUCGGAUUGAAAGCAGGAGGUCGAUUCAAAUGUUUUAUUUUCAAGAACGGACAGUAAUACCAGACAGUUCUGAAUUUGUUGAAUAGUUAACUGCCCAUCGAUUUUCCUGCUGUAGUUCUAUUUCUGCCACAAACCCUGACAGAAUCCUCCACUUUUUGGCUUUUUGGAAGCGUCUGCUCCUCCACACAGCUCCUUUUGAAGACUACACCUCACCCUCUCCUCGCUUAGCUUGACACUAACCUGGUUGUUCAGUCUGGGUCGUCUUUGUUCUCUUCACUUUACUAAGCUCCUUUGCUCGCCCCUCUCUGUUUCACUCUGUCCAUCUGCCCGCUGGCACUCUAUCUUAUCUGCUGCCUCAAUCAUUUGGCCAGGAGCCGCUGAACACACCAACUGUUGUGUGCUUUCAAUAAAAUAGUGAGGCAUUGCACCUUUCAGUGGGCUUUUAGAGGUGCAUUGAAGAUUUGGUGUUUUUCAGAUGUCCGCUUUUGAUCUCGAGCCAUUUGUACCCAAGACAAAAACAAGACAUAAAAGCUGCCGUUAAAGUGUCUUGAAUUUGAGUUUUGCAUAUUUAAGAGUUCCAGGAACCUUUUUUGUGACCCUGACAUAAACAAAAGAUGUAAGUAGUUCUUUGAUGUAUUAAACAUCACAGCAACAUGCCGUGACAUAUGAAUGAUUUAAAGGCGCCAACUCGAGCUGUAAGUACAACAGAAAAAGUCGCAAAAACCGACUCUUGAAACGCUGAAGAAAUGAGUAAUAUAUGAUAUUUAAAUCCUCCUAAACUUUGGCAGUUUUUCCAUAGUUGAUUCAAACUAGCUUUAAAAAUAUUUCCAAAUGUCAGUUUUCUGUUUUCCAUGGCUAAAUGGUUAAAUUAUUUAGCACACAUAACAAUCACAGUCCUAACGAGAGGUUUGAUUUCAACUUCGAGGUUAAACUAGGAAACAUGAACAUGAAUUUAUUCAAAGUCAUCAUUAAAUGUCUCUAUUACAGUGUCAUUAAAACAAAAUUAUAAGGGUUUGUUUGGGAUUAAUUAAUACUUGUAAAUGUUUAAACUAGUAUUACAGCAGGUAAAGCUUUUAAAUAAUCAAUUAGCCCAAAAAUUGGUGCGUGAAUUUUUAGAAAUAUAUUGUAAAAUAUUCUGAAAAUUGACAGAGAAUUCUAAAAAGAGCUCAAAUUAAUAGUUGGGAAGCUCACAGUAAUAAAUUUUAAUGGUAUUCUGUUAUAUAUAUGAGUCAUAAAUCAUUUAUAAAACUUGACUUAUGACUUUAGCCCGAGGUUAGACAAUUAAGAAACCAGUUUGUCCCGCUGUAAACUCCUGUUUACGAUCUGUUUAUCCUGGUCGUUUAUCUUAUCAGCUCUGAGUUGAGAAAAGUCUUUCAGCAGACUCCGCUUGGUGUCGGCCCGUCUCAGUUGAUAGCAGUUGAUGGCAGUGUCUCUACAUCGCUGAUGGAGCCAAGGAAAUGACAUCAUGUCCCUGCAGGGGUUGCGAGCGGAGCCCUGACAGGACUGUCAUGACAAAAGAGUUUCUUGGGAACAUCAGGGUGCACCCAGGACUGAAAAAAAAAGUGUCUGGAGGCUGUGUUUUCUUAGUUCCUGCGGUUCCCGUCUCCCACUUCUAGCCCAUCAACCAUUUUGUGAUGUUUGAAAUUCCCCUCUCACAUGUGUGUCGUUUUUUUUUUUCUGCUGAAUGUAGGGCAGGGGGGCGGGGCAGAAAGUUCUCCAAAUUAGUACUUAUUCACGGAGUGGAAGAAGAAUCAUUGUGCAGGAGAGCCACAUCUCUAUUUCACUUGUAGGUUUUCAGCUUACACUUGGACUUGGGCAUUAGUUUUGUUCCAGUCUUACUUGAUAUGUAUGUAUGCGCUCUUUAUCUCUACUCACGGCGUUGACAAUUGAAAAUAAAUUAACAUUCCUGGGCUUUAUUUUUGUCUUCUCUAAGCCAGUGGAGAAAACUUGGAGGCGAACCCAGGAGGUCAGGCCAUACUCACAGGCUGUCAAUCCUCCUCUGUGACCCCACCGCCCCUUCCUUUCUCCCCCUUCCAUUCUUCUCCUCCUCUGCUCUCCCUCUCCCAUCCAUUUAGUCCCUCCCGGCUUAGAAACUCCCAAACUCCCCCUCUCCCCUCACUCUCUCUUUCACUGGACGCCUCUCCAGCUUGAGUGAGGCAGACACAAGCUUUGUCAAAGGAGACUCUCAUUCACUUGGCCGGCUGUUGCACACAGCCGUGUAUUUCAUGUGAAGACAUGUGGGCUGUCUCCUUUUCUCCAUUUAUUUUAAUUACGUUUUAAUUGCUCGCCGUCCUCUUUUAAAUGCUUGCUUAUUAUUUCUAUCAGGCUGAUGUGAAAAAUUGGCUGUGGACUGUGAUUUUCUCCAUUAUCUUAACUGAUGAUAGAUUUCUCUCCUCAGGUUUCCACUGUGUAUGUAUAGGAGACAAAAGAAAAACAGAUGUCGUGAAUGUUUGUAUAUCAUUCUUCAUUUUUUUGUCUCGCAUCCAGACAGUUAUACUGUUAAUAGAGAGAGGAACCCCGGAGAAUGUGCAUGGCUGUAUUUUUCUAGGAAGAGGAGCUGAAGGCACAGACGAAAAUGAGUAACUUGUAUUCAGUAAGUGGUCCUCUGGUGUAUGUUAUGUGUAUGUACACACUGGAUGUAGUGUAGGUGGUGACAGUUAGUCAUAACUGCGUACCUUUUAUAUAUAUAUAAGCCUCAGUGGAACAUGAUUAUCAUUAGAUGGAAGUCGUUGGCCAAGUAACAAGUAACCUCGAUUCCUGCCUUCAGAGCAGAGGGGGUUGGUGAAGAUAAUUCCUCAGCACCGUCUCUGAGGGGUUAACGAUGCUUCGCUUAACUCUUAAAAUCAUUUUCUGCUUGAGAACAUCUGAGCCCCCCACGACCUCCCGCCCCACGCUCCUUCUCUGUCCCCUGAUGUGAAAUUAUGAUACGUCUGUCAGAACUUGUGUAAGGCAUCUUAAUCUUAAUCGCCUAAUCCUUUUAUCUCAAGUCGAUUCAGUGCAGAAAUCCCACCAAACAAAACUGUUUUUUAGGAAGAUGAGCAUGGCUCUGUCGUCCACCGGCUUAAAGGAGAAAGGGGGACAUGUUACCCAGCAGGGUGACGGCUGAUCAGGAGAAAGAACCCUGGGGUGGUGCAGGCAAGUCUGCAUCAGCGAGGCCUGGCAGGCUCUCGCCCCCUGGUGUCUGGAGUGGCAGAGUGGUGGAGUGGCUCAGCGGGCUCAGCGGGCCAGAAGGGCAGGGGGAUAUCCCCCCAACAGUUUCCAAUCUCCUCCUGUCAGCCACCAUUAUGGUUACCCCAUGGCCCCAGGCCUCAUAUUUGCAGAAGAUAAAUUGCCGAGGAAGAGGUCACGUGCAUCUCUGGAGAUUUGGUGUUCUGCCCUUUAUUGAACUGGUGGCAGUCCUGUUAAAGACUUGAGAGCGUGAGCAGCCUCAGUAGACACGGUGUGAGACUUCCCAAGCAGGAGAGCUUCUGCCCUCCAAUUUUGCCUUAUCUGAUCUGGUUCGGCGCCGCUGGCAGAUAAACAACUGUGAGACAAUAAAACCACAAUUCCUAUAAAAACCACCCAAGUUUAACUGAUAAAUUAUAAGUUAGCUGAAUGUGUGUUUUCUUGGCUUGGCCGGGGUGACCUCAAAUGAAAAUAAACUCUCUCGGCUUGCUUCAGGCUAGGUGCAGUUGCAGUUGUUUUUAUUUUAUUCAGCUAUUACUCCCAGACCAGGCAUUUGUCAUGUAUAGAACGAAUCCAAUAGUUAUAUUAUUACCCAGUAUGCUAAUGUCAAAGCGCACCGUGCUUUGUGGGUUUUUAUGUUGCCAGAAAUAUCCAAGCGCAUUAGCAAGCCAAGAGAGCGAUCAGAGCUGACUGCUCUGCCGCUCAAAUUUAGCUUCAUUAUAAAAUAAUCAGGGUGUUUGACGGGUGACUCUGGAGGAGCAGCAUCCAGACACACACAGGAAACAUUCACUCUCCUCUGCAUAGCGACAGCUACCAAGUGGCCGAUCCUGCUAUUGAUGUUGUUGUAUAAAUGUGUGUGUGUGUGUGUAAGCACUGUGGAGAUGCUGGAUGGCAACCACAUGGGAAUAAACAAGACAGCCUUCGAUAUGAGCUGUGUGUGUGUGUUCAUAUGUUAGUGUGAAUGUGAAUCCAUGUCAGGAGGAGAGUGCACGUCCUCAGUUAAAUAUUUGUGCAGGCAUGCAUAUGUGCCUCUGCGUGAGAACGUGAUUGUGUGUGUAUAUGUGUGUGGCGUUUUACAUAUGAUACAACACAUCCCUCCUCGGUGUUUGACUUUGGUAAGCAGCUUAUCUGUCUGGUGUGUUCGCUUGUCUCAGGCUCUAACCUUUCGCUGCUUUUGGCAGACAAAGAACCGUCUUCCUUGAUAAGGAAGGAGACAAAAGUAGAACACAAAGCAGCUGUGUCUCUAAUGGCGUCCUGUGUGAAUGUGUUGUCGUAGCAACAAGCUCUCCCUCCCGUUGGGAUCCCGGAGUAAAUGGGGAAGGUACCGGAGGGAGAGUGGGAGAAUGAGUUAGUGUAAACAUACGGUUGUAACACUCCGCCGGGUGCUGACGUACACUACCUGAUUUGUUGUUCAUGUCGCUGCCCUCUCAUGAACAUUUGAGAGAUUUCAAAUUUCCGUGAACGUGAAAUCUGAAUAAUGUCGUUUAAUAUUCAACCAAAAGGCAGUUUUGUUCUCAUAUCCGACUCCUACGUUAUUUCUUCGAGUUCAACAUUAGAGAUGCACCGAUCCAUCUUUUUCCGAUCCAAUGCGAUACUGAUACCGAUACUGAUACCGAUACUGAUACCGAUACCGAUACCUGGGCUGAGCGUAUCGGCUAACAUCCUAUACCGAUCCAAUACUUGUGUUGAAUGAAUGAACUGUAUACCUUGCCCUGUGAGUGAAGGCAUCAGGCGUGACAUUAGCCUUGUUAAAAAAUAGGUAACAAAUGAACACAGAUAUAAAUUUACUGAAUUUUAUUUAUUGACAAAUAACAAAUUGCACAUUCAAAAAGAAGACUUUCAUGUAAACAUUUAAUGCAAAAGGAUAGAAUAUAGAGCAAACAGAAUCGCUAAGUUGCUGUGUAUGAUAUUAGUUAAAAGAAAAGAUUGGAUCAGGACACUAGAUUGGCAUCAUACAUCAAACAUCCGAUCCAGUUCAUUUGUCAAUAUCGGAGCCGAUAUCCGAUCCAAAUAUCAGAUUGGUGCAUCCCUAUUCAGCAUACUACUACAGACACCAGUUUUCACUCUGGUACAGAUUGUGACACCUCUUCUUUAGCACUGGCUGGAGAACCAAGAACCCCUGUGACACUAAUGUGACAUAAAGCAGCCGGAAAUUAUUGUCAUUAUUCUUGUAAUUAAGUGUUGAACAAAGGCGUAUGACUUACAUAGACGGGAUAUCAUUGGUGUUGUAUGACUCAGCUCCGAACAAAAGACAGUGAGUACACUUAGAAACAAACCAGGCAGACGUCCUAGUAUCACUGAUAUCAACUUGAAGUAAAAGCCCAAAUAAAAAAGAGAAAAUAAGACAAAGUGUACUCUGUAGCUGCACUGACGCUGAUGCUUUGUGUCUAUUUCCUCCAUUUUUACGCUUUCCCCUCUUUUUAUUUCAGAUGAGAAGAUGACUGGUGAUGCUUCUCCGAGGACAACUGAUCGUUGACAUCUCUCCAACUUUCCAGUCUCCCACUGCUACGCUCUGAACCACUAUAAUUAGCAACCAGGCUCCUGGAUCGUUUGCAUACAGUGCACAAUGGCCUCUACACUGUGGAGGUGUCCGGUGUUUCGCUGCCUCCUGCUCCUCCUUUUUUGCUUUCACUGCUCAGAAGGUGAGUUACCAUGGAGUUACACGGCUGUGAGGAGUGUUAAUGUGAUUCUGGUCAACCUUUCAAGAAGCCACUUACUAUUCAGCUGAUGAUUGUGUUGAAUUUUAUUAGCACACAUUCUUUAGUGAGUGCUAAUAGUUCCUCUUCAGUGGUUUUACCCUUGGAGUUUCGAAAAGGUGUUUCAAAGACUCUGUACAGACACGGUGAAUAUUUCUGGCAACCCAGGGACAUGCUCAGCGACACAUUUCUUCCCUUCGAAAAACAUCACAAAACGGUGUGUCAGAGACCCCUCUGCCAGAGGUUCAUAACUGCGCCUUCUCUGCACAACGAGCUUUGUAACAGAUUGUCUGUUAGCACUUUGAGUUGCCACGGAGAAUAGAUACAAUUUUGAUUUGCUCCAAAGUCGGAUAGUUCUGUGCAGAUGGUACACCUGAAAUCUUCAAAAGCAUACUCGGGAACUAUGAAAGGAUGUGUGUCUCUAAUUGUCUGACAUCCUUGGGCCCAUUUUUGGGUCCCUUCUCCCACUUUUGAUUAAUACAUUUGGCUAUAAUAACUAGUAUUGUCACAAAACACUCCCGCCUGUUACAUACCCGUCAAAACCACCGAUGCUGGAAUGUCUGCUUAAUAAUCAUCAUUACAUUUCUCGCCCGUCCAGCCCCUUUGUAUCAGGGAGAGAGCGGCCCAAGAUCAUAUGCUUGUGUGCCAAGCAUUGAUUACAGAUAGAUGUUGAAGCACUUUAGUUUGCAGGCUUCCUUUUAUUCUGAGCUCUUUCUCUUUCUUGCUGUUUGUUCUGUUAAAGAUUGCUCUUUCGUUUUGUUUUUUAAGGUUUGGCCGUGAAGCAAACUUUAUCAGCAGAGACAUUUUGAAAGGGAACAGGCAGUGUUUCAAGCAGAGAUGCUUUUUUCUUUGUUGAUAAGCGUUUUUUAGAUAAUAUGGAAGUGUCUCACUGUGGCAUUUUAAAACAGAGCCCCUAUGAUUUGGCCCCACUUCAGAAUCGAGUUGAAUAGUCCCCUUGAAUUUCUUAAACAAGAAUACUGCCUCGGUAUGCAGAAAGUUCAGGUUUUGGGUUUCACUUGAUGUGAGUGCUCUCAGGCCUAAGAAGGCAUAUUUGCCCAUCCAUCAAUAAAGGAAUGUGUGUGUCUGUGUGCAUGUGUGUACGUGUGUGUUUGAGUCCCUCUGAAAACAAUAUCUGAUUCUAUCCACAUGCCACUCACCUUCGGUCUGUCCAACCCCGAGGGCCUGCAUCCCAGCGCUUAUGAUCUACGUUUCCAUCCGAGUCCCGGCAACAAAAACUCCACUUGAUAAUUACCUCCUGUCCCUCACCAGGAGAGAGUAUAAUCAGGUUAUCGUUUUCAUCCGAAACAUUCCUUGUGCUCUGAAAUGCUCAUUGACACAGCUGAAGAGAAAGUGAUUCCCCCUCACUUUCUCAUGCAGUUAGAAAAAUGAUCAAGCAUCUGGUCACUUUUUUUAGAUUAAAAUGUUUUGGUUCCUUAACACUUAUGUCAUGGUUAAAGCCUGCAAGUGAUUUUAAUGAGGAAACUCAGCAGUAGGCAAGCAGCUGCUGGAGUUUCGCAGAAUUGUUCCCCGAGAAGUUGGUAGAGCCCCAAAACAGAACUAAAAGAGCAAAUACUGGACUCUAAGAGGAAAGCGGAGUCUUUGUAUUAUUGCCAGAUGAAAAUAGCAGACAUUUCCUCACACAUAAGUCAUAUCUUCAUUUAAAAAAAGUUUGGUAACACUUUUCUUGACGCCUAUAAUGCAUAAGAAAUAUACUGUAUGUAUAAUGCAUUAUAAUCAUGUUAUAGCACUGUAUAACUAUAGUUAUUAACACUCAUAAAUGAUCAUAAUGCUUUAUAGCAGUAAUCAUAACAUGUUAUAAAGUAUUUUAUCAUGCCUUACAGGGCCAGGUUUUAUAAUGUGUUAUAACUGUUAACAACUCAUUGACAAUGCCCACAUAGAUAAUGCAUUAUACGUUUAUUUAUGAUGUUAUAAUUUGAUUAUAAACAUGUAAAACUAUCAUUAUAAACACUCAUUGAUUAUCAUAAGGCUUUAUAACAAUGAGCAUAACACAUUAUAAUACCUGACCUUGUAAACCAUAAUAAAAUGCCUUAUAAUGUGUUACGAUUAUUGCUAUUAAAUUUAUGAAUUAAUGAGUGUUUAUAAUGAUCGUUUUACAAGUUUAUAAGCAAAUUAUAAAACAUCAUAAAUAUAUGUAUAAUGCAUUAUCUAUGUGGGCAUUGUAAGUGAGUCAUUAACAGUUAUAUUUAUGUGAGUUGUUAUUAUAUAUACCCCAUUCUAAUACCUGACCUUAUAAGUCAGGGUAAAAUGCGGUAACACUUUAUUUGACGCCUAUUAUACCGCAUUAUAAAUAUAUAUAUAUAUCUAGUGUUAUAAUCACGUUACAGCACUGUAUAACUAUAGUUAUAAACACUCAUAAAUGAUCAUAAUACUUUCUAGCAAUAAUCAUAACACAUUAUAAAGUAUUUUAUCAGGCCUUACAUGGUCAGGUAUAAAUAUAAAUGGUUGGCACAUAUGGUAUAAAUGGUUAAAACUGUUAACAACUCACUGACAAUGCCCACAUAGAUAAUGCAUUAUAUGUUUAUUAAUGAUGUUUUAUAAUUUGCUUAGCGAUAGGUGUCAAGUAAAGUGUUACCUUAAAUGCUUUAUAAUUUGUUAUGAUUAUUGCUAUAAAGCAUUGUGAUCAUUUAUGAGUGUUUAUAACUAUAGUUAUACAGUGCUAUAACAUGAUUAUAACAAAUUAUACAUGUAUUUAUAAUGCGUUAUAGAGAAAGGCGUCAAGAAAAGUGUUACCAAAAGUUUUUUUCUAAGUUCUUUGUGCACAAUUUCCUUAUGCUGCUCCCACUAUCACUGCAUUUUAAAGAUUUCUCAUCUGUUUUCUCAUCCGCCCAAUCCACUGUGGCCAGAGGUCGACUCAAAAUUUCUGCAAAUUUCUACAAGUUUGUGAAAUCAGCACACUAAUGCAAACUCUACCACUUAAAAAGAACUAAAACAUGUAUAUUUACUAACUGAAUUAAUGAUUUUCAUUGCAUUAGAAAUCUAAUUUAUCAAAAAUGGGGGUUGAUGGUAUUUAAAUGUUAUGAAAGUCAACCUCCAGAUUCAGUCUGUUAAUAUUGUGUGCAGAGAAAACACCUCCAUGACACAUUCGGAUUCUGUGCAUAAGCUAUUUCUCAUCUUUAUUGUUCAUUCUACCGCAUUCUUAUGCCAUUAUAUAACAGAUCUAUAAAGUAGCGCUCCUGCUCGAGAAAACUAGGUCAUGCAGGUAUCAGAUUUGUUUUAGAUGUUUCAGACCGCCCAGUCUGCAAAUAUGAAAGAGGACGACCCGAGUCAAAGGGAGCAGCCACAAAGGUGGAGCGAGCGCUCAUGCACAUACCUGCUGUGACUGAAUGAGAGCUGUUAUCUGACUCUUUAAAGUGAAGAAAGCCAGAUUUAGUGAGGGAUUAUGUUGUGCAGUCGCAGUGUCAACACUUUGAGUUGGCUGUUGUGCUUAAAUGCCAAAAAGAGGGCAGGAACCUCAGCCUUCAUAUCUAAAUACUGCACAAAGGGGAAAUGUGGGAUAUUAAGAGGUUUGUGUUUGAUAGCUGUGCUCUAUCUGUGGAGACAAAGAGGGAAUUAGAGGAUAGAAGCAGUGUUUGUUUAGGUUCCAGCUCCAGCAUGGGCAGAAUGAGAGGAAAUAUUGUGCAGAUUUUUCGAUAACAAAGUCAUUAGCCACACAAGAACCAAGGAUGUUAGCGGCUCAUGGAAAAUGUUCUCUCUUCUCCUCUUUUUCCUCUGAUUUUGGUGGUCUGGACUCACUCUGGUUAACAUACACUGAGCAUUUCCCUCGAAGGGAGAUUUUUUUUUUUAUUAUUGGGAAAUAUUCCCCCAGUCGAACAUACCAGCAUGCUUGUGUUUCUCCCCAAAAGGUUGUAAAGGUUAACAAUACGUCUCAGCACAACAUUUGUCUCAAGCAGUGCCAUACAUUGUGCUGAUGGAAGACCCUCCCUUGUGCCACGCUGGUAUUUCAAGUCCUGGGGUCGACUGAAUGGGAGAAGCCAUUGUGCUCCAACUCUCUGGCCCCGGGCCAUACACAUCCAGUCUGUCAUCCAUUGAUAUGCUUGGCUUGCCAUUUUAUAAUUCAUAUUGAAUGCUGCGGGUCCAUGGUGGGGCGAUCAUGAAUUAUCAGCCAAACCAUGGGAGAUUCACAGAUGACUGGUCAAUCUGUGUGGUGAGAACAAGCACACAGGAAGGGGGAAAAAUCUGAUAUAUCAGUCGUGUAUGGAAAUUCUGCCAAACUGGAAGUAAUUCAAGGAAUAAAUCAGGGGUUCAUCAUCUGGAUUGAAUGGACUUCCUUGCAGAUUCGGAGCCAUACGGAGACUGAUAAAUGUAUUUUUUUUUCUCUGUAACUCUUUCUUUCUCCAGAAUCCCUGCAUUAAACAGCUUUUCAGUGCCUGCACACAGCAUGGAUGCAUUUCUGCUUAGCAUUGCGUAACAGUAUGCUGCUUCGAUAUUAACCAGGGACCUGGAAAGUUUGGAAUCGUAAGAGAACAUGAAAUUGAAAUGAGCCAAAGUCACAUGUGUCUCCAGGAUCAGUAUUUCACUCAGAGGAAAUGAAAUGCAAUAUCACCCUCAAUAGGGUCAUCCUAGAUUUAUUGCAACAGCGAUUUCCUGAGAGCGCUUUGGGUGAAGCAACAGCGGCAAGAAAUGUAACCGUCCAAUCUGGGAAUGUGAGAGCAAACCUCUUCUCCCCUUAGGAGCAACGCUUGUGCUUUACUGUGUGUUUAGAUGUGAUUGUAAAAGUUUCUGUUAUAUGGCCGGCUGACGAAAAACCGUUAAUUUUACAGGCAAGGAGCUCCAGUUUUCAGACAGUUUGAUUUCAUUUGUUAAGCAAGUCUUAAAUCACACUUGCUCAGAGCGUUUUGGAGCCGUUCAAUUCACACCCCUUAUGGUAACACGUUGUGUAAACAUUGGACCAGAUGCCUUGCUCACUCUUUCCUUUCUUAAUUGCUGUCCACACUUGUUUUCUUUCUUCUCCGGGCUGUCUAAUUCAAAUAAUAGAUGACUCCGGCUUACGACUACAAAGCAGCUUGCUUCAGAAUCUAAACUUUUGGAUUUGCAGGGUGUAAGUUGCUGCAUAACAGGAGGGUUCAGCUGUCAUAACAAAGUAAUGCAUUAAAUCUUGAGAGGAAGCAGACGGGGUUUAAAUAAAGUCAAGUCCACACACUAUAUAAAGCUGCAGAGUUGAACUUUUCUUUCUGAGUGUUUGCCAACAACAUAAAUCAGACCUGGUUCAGAGACAAGCGUAUCUAUGGAGGCAACAAGAACCUGUCAGAUUAUCACUGAGGUUCAGUGUUCCCCCAAUACUCCUAAUAGCUGGGAGGCAUGUCAUUAGUAAUUUCAAUGGAACAAAAAGCCUCAGAGCUAAACAAACAUGCAAAAACAAAAGCAAGUAUGCAACAUUUAACACCAAAGGGACACUGUGCAGAAGCAAUCAAAGCAGAUUGUUGCUCUGAUUAAAUACCUGCGGCGGUAAGUUUUCCUUUUUCCAUCAUAGGCAAUCUCGCUCUUCUUUUUAGUGAGAUACAUUUGAAGCAUUAAUCUGUGAAACGAAAGCUUUUUCGGGAGACACGUCAUGUUAGCUGAGGCCAUUUGAACAAAGAGCCUCUAGCUGUUAGAGAAAGAACAAUAGCGCGAGGGUACAAUCGUAGUUACUAGGUGUGAAAAUUGUUUUAAAAAUUAUGUGCGUUUUUCUCAGAGAUGUUACAGCUCAGCUUUUUCGUUCGAGUGACUGCUGGUCCUGAUUUACAGAGGAGAUGCAGGUGUUUAAAGUAAUGGCGACAGUGGGGAAAAGAUGACAAUCAAUAAGAGAAAUCAUGAUUGAUAUGGUAAGCGCGCUUUCUGCUACUAGACUGUGUUUUACUGUGCACACAGAUUUUCUGAUAUGUCUGCUCACACGGAGAAGAGAAUACAGAGAGGGAUUGAUGUGUAAAUGUAAAAUGAAACUGGCUCCACUUUGGUCACCUACCAUCAGUUUCUCGCCAAUUUCACUUCCUUUCGCAUGGCUCCAGGUCAUGUAUGAUUCAAAUCAGCGUAAUAAAGUGUCUUGGAUCUUUCUCCCUCCCCGUCUGCCAGCUCUCACGACAGGCCAUGAAUGCAGCUCUGUUGCAUUCACUGUAUUAGUAAUCUCCUCAGGCUGAGAGGCUGUGCCAUAGAGCAUGACCACACAUUUUUUGUUGAAGAAUUAAAUGUCACCUCAGGGUGGGUCACCUGCAAACAAAAGGCCACCAGCCGAUUUGCAGGUAUAAACAGUCUAAGAUAAGAAAGCCCUCUCCUGCCGCGCAGGAAAUUGAAUAAGAACGCAGCGAGAAAAAGUCAGAACAGCAAAGCACAAAGGAGGGUUUUGUUUGCCUUACGCUAUCGGUAUUGACCCCCUCUUGUAGCGAGUAUUCCCAUUGAGUGUGUGAGGCACAGUGGCCUCAUCGCAGAUGAAGGGCAGGAAACUGUCUGUCAUCAAGAUCUGCCCAUCUGUGAGUUUCUUAUCAGUGCUGCUGUUUUCUGCUCGCGCUGACCAGAAUGCUUGUGGAAGUGGAUUGGGCAAGGUCAUUGUGCUCAAGCCAAUCAAAGUGGUCAGUGUUCAGAGAUAGUCUGGGGGUUAUUGCCAAAGAAUGCAUCUGAAUGUGUUUCCUUUUUUUUCCCUCUGACUUUCCUUUUCAAAGAGAGCUAUACAGGCGCCUCUAAAGAUUUGCCCUGCUGCAAGCUUUGUGCAUUCCCAUGUGAAAACUGCACACUCUGUAUGCUAGCUGUGUGUUCAAAUGCAUGGGAGAGGUGAUGACUGGACAAGUAGGGGUCGCAUGCUUGAUGAAGAAAAUCAAAAUGAAUCUAUUAAGGAAUAUUUGGUAACUACGCCUGCUUGAGUGAAAGUUAUCUAUGCCUUUUAAAAAAGAUAAGAAUGUAAAAAAAAAAAAAAUUAAAUGAUCAAAUCUGCUUCAAAAAGUGCUAUCAGUUAAUAAAUCGAUCAAUAAAUCUACAUCCAUGAAUCAAGAUGAAAUUUAAAAAGAAAAAUCUCUUCCACCCUUAAGCCAAUUAUAUCAACGAUUAAUUUUCAUACGAACAUAAUAAGAUUUUAAAAAACAGAUUUAAGCAUGACUCCAAAAUACAUGUGCUUUCUCUUUCAUCAUCACCAGUCUACUAUGACAGAUUUCUCAGAGCCCUUAAUGUGUCCUCAUGUGUCUGCCAGUUAACAGAGACAAUUCAGCAAGCUCUCUGUUCAGCUGCUCUGUUUUUAAAGAGGGGGCGGGGGGGGGGGUUAGGCUGAUACUGAUACCUGAAAUACUGAAACACCACAUGGUUAUUUAGAGAUAUCUUUCUCUGGUAAUUUACUGUUGAGAAAAGGUCUAUUUUUUAUCCUAACGUUUUUUUAUCCUAUCUUUAUUUAGAGCAGUUUAGUUUAACAUACCACACCAAAUGAAUGUCUCCUCCACCUCCCUCUUCCUCUCCCAAACUUAUCCCCACAAACCCCAGCCUGUCACUGUCUGUCACAAGGGUAUAGCGUGAGAAUGUGGCCGUGUGUGUCUCACGCAGGAAGCCAAAGCACUGUGACUUGAACAAGCUGCACUGCCUCACUCUUCCUCUCUGUACCUGAUGCACUCCCAGGUACAGAAAUUUGGCACGGAUUUAUUCAACAUAAGACGGUACAAGCCAGUGCUGCUAUGAACUGGGCAUUACUGUUGAAAUACUGAGUUGUUUUCAAGCCCGGGUUGUUAUGCAUUUUUAAUAGAAGUUUAUGAAACACAAAGCUGUGAGCAGUGAGGAGUAUGAUCUGACGGUCUGUUACCCAGAGCUGAGGAUCUGUCCUGGAGACAUUUCCGAUAAAUAUCAUCCAUUAACCCGAACCAGCCUGAUCUCUGCCUUUAAUUACAUUAAAAAUGUACACUAGAUGAAAAACUUAUGCCAAGAAGAAAGAAAGCAAAAAAAUACAUGAAAAGGCUUUUUUGUUUGCGCACCAGCUGAAACCACAAAAAUGUCCUGGGUCAGGAUGAAACAUAGAAACACAAUUUCAUGCCAAAAUGAGUACCAAAAUUGCUCUGCACCACCUCAUCUGCAUAACAGUGCUCCAUCCUCUCUAGCACAAGUGGUUUUGUUUAGAGAUGCAGAAGAUCCAAAACCGACUUGCGCCCAAAGCAAGUGAUAGCACCUCUGCGUUUGAGGCUACCACUGGCUCUUCUGAAAGAUAAAGCCUGCGCCUCCUAUCGGGAUGUCUGUUCAUUAUCAUCUCGGGACCCUGAUCUCAGUUCCUAGUCAUCCUUGUAGACCGCGGCUCAUUAUUCAUGUAAUCCCUGUUCCAGUUGCAGCUUCUCCUGACACCCUGUCUUCGUGACGUACUGAAUAAGCCUCCCGGGCUCCUGUAUGCACAGAGAGGGUUGAUUAAGAGGGUGAAAUUGUGAGACUCUUCCCCAGCAAACAGAGACACAAGCAUGUGAUGGACACAAACCCCACAUCCUCCUCCUCCUCUCUUUUCUUUCCUGCUUCACCCUCCGUUUUCCCCCCUGUUCCAUCCCUACCCUGAGGGAGGCACCUGACUUAUUCUGAGACUUUUUUCUUGAGCGGAAAAUCCAGCUGGGGUUUAAGUGCAGUGGUAAAAUAUGGGCUUUGAGGGGAGUUAAGCAUCACUCAGGGUAGAUCAAACCUGUGAAACUAUACCUCUGCUGCACUUGGGAGAUCUCCUUUAGCUCACCUCUUUCUGCUUGUUUCAUCAACUCCCCUGCAAAAAGAGAUGCAACAAUAUGUUAGAUAUUGAACAAGCAGUGAACUAAUUCUGUCAAGUGGCACUCUCCUGGGAGCAUAUAGGUUUUAUUCAUCUUUCAAGCGAAAUAUUUUUUUCUUUAACUUGUUUAGCCUCUGUGACAGUUAUUUGUGUCUAAAUGAAAAGGUUGUUUUCUCCGUGGACUGUACAAGGUGUCGCAUUAUACCCUGCUUUAAUCCAAGCGAUGUACCCAUGGACCAUACAAAAGCAGACAUUAAGUCCCCAACUAAAUCAUUCUUGUCACUUUCUUUCUGACCUCUAUCAAGCGUUGACCCUCUUUGCAUUAAGGAGAUUACAUGUAUUAGUAAUGUAAUGAUGCUUCUCUCUUUUCUUGCUGGUUGUCUUUGAUGUACGCCCACAGGGUCAGGGAUCAGCCCACCAAUCGACAGAGGAGAAAACCUUGUUCCUGCCGGCCAAAUUAAGACACAGUCAUUACUACUUUCUGGCUUUUUUUCCUCUGCACUCUCUCCCUCGGGAUAAAUUCUUCAUCUGCAGUCCUCUGCAGCUGAGCCGGCUGUUCUGUUGAAGCGAAAUAAUCUGCCAUGUCUGCAGUGCAUCAAUUUAUGUCAAACUUAAACAUUUCCUGUGCGUCGUGUAAUCCCUGACUGUGAAUAUAAACAUCAAAACAGAAGGGUCUUUGCAUAUCAAAAAGGUGUGUUGGGGUUGUUGGUUACUCUUUUGCAUUUUAACAGUCAAAUUUUAUUUUACCCAACUGAAGCUGCUUUUUCAUAGAAAGUUUGUUCUCACUAGUUCUAGUUUUGCGAAUGCAACUUAUUCAUCAAUCAAUUUUUUCCCUUUGGGUAGAGUUUCUAAAAAACUUAAAAAUUCCUUUUUUUUUUGCAAAUUGUAAGUUAUCAUUUGGGUUUUAAUUGCUUGUCCUUCAGUCCAGUUUAAACAGGGUAGCCAUGCUAUUAGAUAGUGUUGAUUAGCCUGUUAAUCCAGCUAGCUGUUUUGUAAGCUAGUUUGCAACUUUGCCGUUCCUUAGCAUUGUCCGAUAGAUUAAAGUGGCAUUAAUCGUAUCACCUUAAUCUUGGUAAGACAGCUAACUGUGUUAUCAAACAUGCUGAAAGUUAAAACGUAUAAUUUUUAAUACCUAAGUUGAAAGGAUUUAAUUUAGUCUUCUGUUAGCUAGUUUGCAACUUAGCUGUUCCUUAGCAUAGCCAAUAGAUUAGAAUAGCAUCAGUCAUAUCAUCUUAUUUUUUAAUAAAACAGCUAACUGUGUUAUCAAACGUGCUGAAAUUUUAAAUGUGUUAUUUUUAAAACCCAAGUUGAAGUGUUUGAAUUUAGUCUUUUGUUAGCUAGUUUGCAACUUAGCUGUUCCUUAGCAUAGCCAAUAGAUUAUGCUGCAUUCCAGUUGUACUGGGAAGUCGGAAAUUCAUCUGGAACGCCCAACUGAAGUCAGAUUUCCGACUCAAAAAGUUUGACAACCAACCUCGACUUGACAACAAUCUCAUAUUCCAAGAUGGCAGCACAGUGCAUCAACAGUAAAGAGUAACAGUGAAAGCUCUCGUAAUGUUUUAUUCAUUAGCACUUCUGUUUUGUUUUUGUAAAAUUAAAUAAGUGGUAUAUGUUGUACGGGCCAACGUCUAACUGUGAACACGGUGCUACGGUGCUUUGUAUGACGUAAGAGCAAAAUACGGUGUUAUGCGUUGCUUACAACAACAACUAACAACUGCUGACAACGGCUUUCAACAGCUGACAACUGUAAACAGCUAACAAAAGCUAACGACAGCUAACAACAGGUAACUGUAGGCGUCCAUAUUGGUUUUCCGACUUCUUAACUGGAACCCUGUCAACUUAGGUGUUACGUCAUUCCCACCUCCAACAUCCGACUUCCGAGGUAACUGGAACGCAGCGUUUGAGUGGCAUCAAUCAUUUCACCUUAUUCUUAGUAAGACAGCUAACUGUGUUAUCAAACAUGCUGAAAGUUUUAUAUGUGUUAUUUUUUAAAUCCAAGUUAAAAGGAUUGAAUAUAGUCUUCUGUUACCGCUGUGUUUCUGGAGCGAGUGUAGUGUGGGCUGUCAGAAGAACCAAGUGGUCUGUUUGGCCACAAUUUAUGAGACCCGGGUUGCUGAGAAAUGGAUUUCUUUUAACAGUCUAACGGCUCAGCUGAAAGAAAAGAUAUCACAUGCCUGUAUCUGGAGUGAUGGGAUCUAGCUGUCUCUAAAUGGACCCCACCUGAGGAGUUAAGCGGCAGCAGCAGGGUCUGUCAUGCUUAGCCCCAGCAAUAUGACAAAUCCUUACCCCCAAAACCCCUCCGACGCGACAUGCAUCAACACAGAGCUACUGAUUCUCUCCUCACACCCUUUUUUGAGAGGUGCACUGAAGACAAGACCGUGGCCAUGAAUACAAAUGUUCCUUUUGGAAUUUAAGAUCGCAACAUUAUGCAUCACAAGAAAGAGAAAAAGGAUAUGACUCAGAGAGAUUCGUGAAACCACAAAUGGACUCAGUUCUUUAUUGCCAGUUUCUAUUUCAGAAUACUCAUAUCGGAAUCAAGAGUGUCUGAUAGCAGUUGUCUGGGAAAUGCUGGUGUAGCCUCGGGGUUUGUGGUCUUGUCUGACACUGUCUGUUGAAACAAUUCCCAGCAAGGUGGACUCGAGCUGGGACUAAAGUGUCAUGGGAAAUGGUGCCAUAUGUCCAACUAGAUUUUCAGUGUUUCAUUGCAAUUGGACGGUUGAAGUGAAAUACAAGCCGUCGUAGCGUCGCGUGGAGAUUUCAGGGUGUUGGUCUGUAUUUGAAAAGCAGGUGUUAUUUUGCAAAUCCCAAAUCUCCUUUCUCAUCUCCUGUCUUGCUCCCAUGUGUAUCUCACCUCUGAUGGGCGGUCAUGUGCAGGAUUUUUUGAACUUGUGUCACACAUUUUUGGUAGCAAUGCUGGAUGGAUUACAAAUUUUGAGACGUGGAAGUGGAAAUUUUAAGUGCUGACUUUGUGCAGCAUAAGCUGAAUUUGUUGGCUAAAGUAUUUAGUUUGUCACUCUGGAGGCAUGUGCAUAGACGGUGAAGUGUGCCUCUGUUUUAUUUAAUGCAUAAAAGGCUUACCCCAGAGGUAUUUUUUUCUUGGCUAUUUUAUUUCUUUGGCCAGAGCUCAAAAUAUCCUCCUGAACAGAUUAGAAAUACUGCAACAAUGAAGCUGGAAAAAAGGAGGCAAAGUAUUGGUGGGUCUUUGUCCCCUAUUAUUAACAAUUCAAAUAUGUUUUGUCCUAGUUUAUGAAUUUCCUUUGAAAAUCUUAAGUCCACCAGAGCAAAACAUGCUGUAUGACCACUCUGUAACUCCGGAUAUUGGAUUACAGAGACAUCCCCUGCUGUUUGGAGGAAAGGCUUGACUCUAAGAUCUGUUCUUUCUACCAAUGAUGUUGGCUACCAGUAAUAUCAGGAAUGAAACAACCUAAAAAGACAAACAAUCUCUAAGUACUCCUGCUGUGUCCACAGUGGGGGCACUCUUAUUUGACUAAAGGCUACACCCUCCUUUAUGCUGCAGAGAAAGCGUCCCUGUCAAACCCAAGCCCAGAACAAUGGGGGCCAGCCUCAGGGAAACAGGGCCAUUUGCAUGCAGCUGUUUGCCGUUUCCAGGACCACAAAGGCCAAUCAAAGGAACCUUAAUGGAGGAUGACAAGCGUCAACCAACGCCUUUGCUCUCUGUCUGUCUCACCCAUCGCCACUUUGUCCCCCCUCCCCCCAAAAGUGGCCCACUCUUUCCUUAUUUUCUAUCUGAUCAAACAUUCCUGUAGUUCUGUCUCCCACCGUCUGAUGUCAAGACCCAGAGGAGGGUUUUUUUUAGGGUUAAAGGUAGUUCACAACAGUGCUCUUAAGACUCAACAAACAUAACACUGCAGAGGAAUCGUAGCACUUGUGUUGCAACCUGGCGCUUGCACUUGCCAAAUGCGCCAAAUCUCUAUUAUGUUUUCUUUUCAUCUCCAGAGUUUAUAAAAACAACAGCAAGUGAAACUCUGUGGAUGGUUUCAGAAUCACCCAUCUGAGCUACUGUGCCACUUCCAAUUUCAGGGGUGUUGAUAGAAAACAAAAUAUGUAUUAUGAGGUGGUGGUGGUGGAGGGGAGGAGUAUGUCACCAGUGAAUUAUAGGCUGUCAUCUGGAGAAGAAGUAGAAAAAGUCCCAGAAUACAACAUAUUGAGAAGCAGUCUCUGCCUAUGCUUUGCUCUCUGGAGCUCAAUAGACGGCUUAGCAGGCAGGUCAGGGGGAGGAAUCUGAAAAGCUACUUUCCUCGCAGUCACUCACUGACCAGAAUGCUUGAUAAGGCUGCACGUCAACAAGGCCGGGGAUAGGGAUCACAGCCAAUUAUAGCAAAGUCGAAGUGGUUACCAUGGCAAUUUGACUAAAUGUUCUAUAUAAAAGCAUUAUUCAAUUCCCUGACUGAUUGUGUAAUUUAAUGUUAAUCUGAGGUACAGACAACAAGAGAGUAGCCUGUUCUCCUUUCUUCCUUUUACACACACUCAGGGAUUGUGUUAUGGAUUUCUUCCUGCAGUCUUCUUGACACCGUUUUCCCUGCAGCUGGUGCCCUUCUGUCGCAGUCUUCAACUUCUGCAAAGUUGAGCAGUCAAACAAAGCACAGAACGUAAGAUGAAAAGCUUUUUUUAUACCUCCCUAAGACACUGACAUUUGUGCACACAAACAAACCUUGUCUCUCUCCAAAAUCUUGCAAAACUUGUUUAAACCGAGAAAAAUCAACAUAGACGAAAACCUACAGCCAGAGAGCUUUGUUGUCACAAGGUUUUUUCUUUCUAAGCUGUGCUUAAAUCCGAAGAUCUCAAGCAACGUUCAGCUAAGGCAACCAAAAAUAUUUUCUCUUGAAUUCGACCCCCCUCCAACAGAGCCAAAAAAAAUCAAAAGACACAUAUCUAUGUUUCAACAUUUCCGACAGAUUUGUUAUUACUUGUUCAAUUACAAGUUGACAAGACAGUCAUUAAUGAGACGGAGACUGCCCACAGUUUGGUGAAGAAGCUAUUUGUUCCCAAGGCUGCCUGUGCAGUCUUCAUACUCCCCUUAAUUGAUGUACUGUUAGCCUAUGACCAGAGAGAUCUAUACAGGCGAGGGAGGAGGAAGAGGAGGCCGGCGAGGCACAAGCCUAAUCAAUCGCGAGGCCUGUGUUGACAGCGGCAUGCCAUCAUGCCAUAGUGCUGUGAUAGAUGGGCAGAGUCGCCAGUGGGCAUCCAGGGGAGAGGAGGUUGCAGAUGGCGUGUGUGUGUGUGUGUGUGUGUGUGUGUGUGUCCAUUUGGGUGUUUAAGCCCAGAGAUGGUGUCUCUGCUCAGAAUUUUAAAACCCCAUGAAAUGCAUUCUUUCUGUCUGCUCUCUGUAGCUGCCGUGAUAAACCCGUCACUCCUUCCAUGAGCAAUGGCAGGCGGGACGAUCAUUAGUCUGUGCCGUAAAGCCGGCGACUUCACUCUGGGUUUUAUCAUCCACCAUUCUGGACAGGUUUUCUGAAAGGCUCGGGUAAUUGUAGUGGUUAUUGGAAUAGAUGGAGUGACCCCACAGCCCUCCACUUAUGGUUCGGCUGCGCUGACGUCUCCUAAUGAGGUGAUAAACAGUCCAGCUAAGCAGAAUCUACUGGCCAUUAGAUAGAUCAUGGUAUUAUAAUGAAAUGUCUAGUGGCCGAAUGCCAGAGAAUUUCUACCAUUAGGUUCAUAUUUUGCUACACUUCUUCUUCUACUACUAGAGCCUGCAGAAGUUUCCCCUAAUAUGCCAUGAAUUGAACAUUAUACUCUCUGCAGUGUAUGUUUCACAGAUGUCUGUGUGUAUUUUCUUUUUCUGUUUGCUAGUGUGACAUGUGCCGAGUGACAUAGAAUAUCAUUGUAAGUGAGCCAGGCUCAGCAGGCUGAAAUGACUAGCAGACAUGUGGGUCGGGUUUUUUUUCUGUUUUUGCUCUCUUUCUUUUUGGGAUUGGAAUUUGAAGCCGGAAUCACUUCAACUCUGAGCGAUUCAAACAAUGCUAAUUGCAUCAGGCCCUGACUGUCAAACGUGUGAGGAUAAUUAGAGUGAGGGGGCAAAGUGAACCCGGGGUGGUAAGUGUUAGUACAUGACAAUGCUCGCGAGCCAAUGGGAGCGUAGAAAAAGGUAACAGGCUGCAAAGAGGGCUAAUUAGACGAGAGCAGUGCAGAAAAUACAAAUGGUAGCUGCCCCCUCAGGGACCCACUAUUGCUGAAAACAACGGCGAUUAUUGACAGUUCAUGCAGCGCUCUGCUUGCACUCCUUAAAUGGAACACAUUUGCAUGUUCUACUUAGAUUUUGCCUAAUUGUUUUCUCAGAAUUGCAGACAGUUACUUUUUUCCCACUUUUGGAUCAUUCUAACCCCAGAUAAUGGAUUUCGCCGUCUUUCUUCACUUCUUUUUUAUCGGCUUUUCUCUCUUUGCAAAUCUCCAUAUCUGUUCUGUUCCACGCUAUUUGCAACAUGACAUUUUGUUGAAUGGAAAAAGGAAACGCAGAGGAGUAACCCUAUGUCAUUGUAAUUUGCUGAAAGGGGAGGGGGCAGAUUCGGGUGAAACAGUUAAUUUUCCCCAAAAGUAGAACUAUUUGGCUGCACUCCCAUCAGCUUUACUCCAUGUAUAGAUUUCUCCUCCUGUGUGGACUCCAGACUCUUCGAUCGUCGACACUGUAAAAUGGAUUAUAUUACACUCCAUUCUGCCUCCUUUUCUCUUUUGCUUUACAACAGAAGUAAAGCAAAAGAAACAAAUGUGGGGGGGUCUUUUUGACUGUAAGACAAGCUCUUCUCAGUCCAGACAGGUUUGGCUCUGAGGUGGACCAUCGCUCUAGGUGGAGGCCUUACUGAUCCUUGUAGCCUUUGUGUUUGCCCAAGAAUUUAUGAGGUUACCAUUGGUCUCCGAUGACUUAGAUUAGAAGCCUCAGCCAACAUCCAAGACCACAGAGAGAUGGAGAGAUGAAUUGUUUCGUCUUUCCCCCCAUUCCUGUAUCGCAUGUAACAGCCCGUCUGUUUAAAGCUGUGGUAAACAUUGGACUGCUGUUGCCUAUUUAUUUUGUACCAGCGGAGUUUCACCGCAAGAUGUGUGGUCCUAUUGUAUUGAAGCAACGAUCCUUUUCUCCCAUUACAUCCAUUAUUUCUCUGAAGUUUCUUCCUUGUCUCUGUGUCGCAGGGUUCAGCCGGGCAGCCUUGCCUUUCGGGCUGGUCAGGAGAGAGCUCUCAUGCGAGGGAUAUGCAAUUGAUCUCCGCUGCCCGGGGAGUGAUGUCAUUAUGAUCGAGACGGCCAACUACGGCCGCACCGACGACAAGAUCUGUGAUGCUGACCCAUUCCAGAUGGAGAACGUCAACUGCUACCUCCCUGAUGCCUACAAGAUUAUAUCACAAAGGUAAAACUCUGGGGAGAGGAGGGGUCGUAUUUCACAAACAUGACCAGAAGCCAGGAAGGGAAAGUAUGGGCCUCUUUUUCCCCCCUGAGCUAACCUUUGUGAACUCCAAAAAUCAAGGACUUUCCUGUUGUGCUGCCACCUACAACCCGAGCAAUUAAUCAACAUCUCUCACCUUUUUAGAUUUUUGUCAUCCUGUCAUUGAAUAGAUUAUGUAGGUGGCAUUUAUAGAUUUACAAAACUGGAGCGCAGAUUAAUUCUUGACAGGCAGGAAUUGACAUCCAUGCGGCAGAGCUCUUCACACCAGCUGCGCGUUGUUGCUGCUGUUUGAGUCAUAAUCAGCGUGGCUCUGAGAGACUGCGAGUCACAUGAACACCCUCUUUAAUUCCCUAUCUAGAACAUUGGGCUUGCUUUUGUUCAAACACUUGUACCGGUUUGAAGUGGCUCUGCCUCAGGUAGUGAGCAAUGCCCAUCAUCGUGCCUUUUAUCCUGGUUCCCCCCUCUCACAGGAGGCUACUCUGCUGUCAAACGACAGCAAAGCAACACUUCAGCUUGACUGCUGCUUACCCCUAGAGGUGUGUGUAUUUUUAAAGGGCACUGGAUGAACUAUUCAUAAAUAGUAACCAGCACAGUUCAUCUUCUAAUGCACUGCGCUGUCCAAUCCUGGCCCCCCCUAAGCUAGAUUCUGAACACCAUCGCCCACCAUUUUACACCUCUAGGUUUUUCUCAUGCUUAACUCCCUUCUUUAUUUACUCCCAUGAGAUACAGCACUACAGAAUAUCUCAGUGAUAGAUCAGUCCUCCUGUCUUACACCGUCCCUCUAAAUUUACAGCCGAGUCUCUGUGCACUCAUACAGUAACAGAACGCCGACAGUGCCGAUGCCCUUUGGUUUGACUGCAACUUGCUGCAUUGUGCGCCGCAUCUGUUGACAAGUCAGACUCUCGCUCGCCCGAGCUGCACUUCAAACUUAUCUCCAUCUGAGAUUCCCUAGAGGCAGCGUGCGAGCGAAAGCUUUGAGAAGACUCCCUGCACCACAAGCCCUUAACCAGAAUAAUUCUAAUGAAUCAGAUCAGAGGAAAUGGGCUCCUGACCAUAAUUAAGGCUGAUGUGCUAACCAGGGAUGUUAAAGCAGUCACAAAGCUUUGGGAGGCUCUGAUCAGUCCUCCUUCAGUCUGCAACAAAGUGAAGGAACAAGGACGAUUUUUAAACUGCUUCACAUCAAGACACAAUGCACUUCCAAUAUUGGGGCUAUUAGCAAGAGGCAAUAGCACGGCAGACAGAUAAACAAAGAUUGUGGAGAUAAAAACAGUGGGAAGUCUGCAGCACAGAGUGGCUGUUACGUUAGCAAGAAAAUUGUGACUAAAAGUAUUCAUCAGCAGCCGUGUUUUUCACAACAAAAACAACAAGACAGGAAUCGAAUGGCUUCAUUUGCAACAGCAUCUACAUCCAAGUGUUUGUCAUGCAGAAAUGUUUUUUGUUGUUGAUAAAAAAAAUAAAAGUGAUACAAAAAGAUGAAAAAUGUAUGAAGGGACUGAUGGAAACUCAGGUUACUGGAGCUGUUUAAUAUUCAGGAGAUCAGUCCCUCAGAGAUGUAGUGUAAAUGGACGGUAUGUCUGACCCCUCUCUCUGUCUGCUCUGUUGUCUCUUCUUCUCUGGUUUCUACUUGUUCAUUUGCAACAAAAAGCCCCCGAAACAUUAUACAUGUUCGGAAACAAAACGAUGCAUCUGAUUGUCUCUUUUUUGCAUGAAACAAAUGGAUGAAAUCUUUAUCCCGGUCAGAGGUACAGCUCUUACAGAGAAGGCAGGCGGGAUUCAAACACUUCAGUACAAGGAGAUUGUGCUCGGCUCAAUCAAGAUCACAUGCAGCGAGUUCAGUGGCAGUUUAAGACAAAAGGAGUGCGUCCACAUGCUUAGCAACAACACAUCCUAAAGCAGAAGCAACAAAAAUAGCUGUACAGUGACACUGAAGCAUUUUCUCUUCUUAGAAAAACAGUGCAUGAAGAAAAGCUGUAAUGGAGGCCCUGGAGUUUGUUUUAGAGAUUAAAUGACCUCAGGUGAUGUGUAAAAGGUCACUUGUUUAAAGAAAAGUUUCUCAAGUUGAUUUUAGUUUAUUUUUUCUUUUCUCGGUUUCUAACUCAACAAUUUUUGUUCAGUCUCACUGCUCCUUUUAAACUCUUUUUCAGCUUGUGUAUUCUACUCAAAGAUAUGAUAGACUGACUGCAUACCAACUCUUCAGCCACUGAAGCAGAAAACAGAGUCCUUAAUAACAGAGCGGACUAGCCGUUUAAGUUUCGUUGGCAUUUCGCAGAUGAACAUUUCCUUCUGCGGUUAGCGGAAAAUCUAAGCGGAGCACGUCAAACGAAAAUUCACCUGAUCAAAAAAAGAAGUGAACGAUAAAGACUGUGUUUAGAUGCAUUUAUCACACUUGCAAACACACUAAUCAUGUUAAUUCAAUAGUAUAAAGUAGACUUGUGUUGUAUCUAUAUGUCGUCGCACUACCCCCUGAGUUUUGAAGCUUCCAAGAAAGAAAAAAGAGCAUUUUCCCCGAGAAAGUGAACAUAAGCACAGUCCUUGGAUGGAUGUAUUUCCCCUUGUUUGGGACUCGUAUCAGUCAAACUUAUGAAGUCUAAACAGUGUGUAAUUGGAGUGAAUCUGCUGUUAGCUGGUUCAGUGACCCUCUCAGCAGCACUGCAGAGAAGCAGAGAAGUCUUACAAGUGAAUCUCUUAAGUGCAGUUGGCACCUUAUCGCCCUGAUGUUGAAAUCUCUGUGAUCAUGCAUAUGCUUUUUCUCACCUUUUUUAAUGGACUUUGCACCUUUUUUUUAUUCUUAUAUGACGUUUAAAAAUCCAUUAGCUUUAAGGAAAGUGCUUUUGGCAUGAGAACGGAUAGGUGGAUUUAGAGUGCAGCAUGAAAAGUAAAGUCUCUUUCUUGUUAAUGUAUAUACAUUUACUCUUCUGUUUGCUUUAAUGUCCUGCAGUGAAUGCUGCAGAGUCAAGGUUUUGUGCGGCUGUUGGGCGGCGUGAUCCCAUUUCGCAGCUGCAGAAAAACCACUUUAAUUACUAAUGGUUCUCUCGAAGUCAAGUUCACUGUUUAAACAUAUGUCUGACUUACACGACCGCUGCUGACCUUCUGAAAUAUUUAUCUCAGACUUGCAAAUUGUUGAAUGUCCUAUUUUGGUGCCAAUCUUCUCUUGUUUGCUUCUGUUAUUGCUGACAUUACUCUCAAUCCCUCAACCUCAAGAGGGCUUGAUUGAAGUGGAGCCAGUUUCACCCUACACAGUAUUUACGCAGACCCCUUCCACGUCUGUUCUUUUCUUCCCUUGUCCCGCUUUACUUGAACUUUUUUAGCUUUCGAAAAAACAUUUGCAAACACAUGUUAUCUUUGAAACUCACGCAUCAGGCUGGGAACUCGCUGAGGGACGCUAUUUCAUAUCGGAGGGGCGUAUAGCAGCUGAUAGAAACUGCACAUUCACAUCGUGUUUGUUGCGCACAUGCAGAGGAGCGGCUCGGUCCCACCAGAAGCCACCAUUCCAGCCCACUGCAUGUCACCGCCACCUGUCGUGUGUGUUUUAAUGAAUGUCUUCCCUCUCAAUAGCCGUAUGAAGACGCUGUUAAAGGAAAUGCCAUCUCCAAUUCUCCCCAUGCCUUUAGCAGCUCUCUCUCACUCUGUUAUUCAUUGUCACAUAUGCUCAUGUUCAUUUAACUCUUCCUUAAUGCUCAAAUUCCUCCCUCUUGUCUGCCAAGGUCUAAAUUAGAAUGCAUAUGCGACAGUCCAGGCCGGGAUUUCGUCAAUUUUCUAGCCGUAGCUGUAACGCUGAACUUUUCCCCCUCUGUGUUAUUAAUGUUGUCUUUGCCGAGUACUCUUGCUGUGGGUAGUCAUGAUGAAAUCUCUGGUCAAUCUCUUUUCUCUAGGUGCAACAACCGUACGCAGUGUGUGGUUGUCACUGGCUCUGAUGUCUUUCCCGAUCCAUGCCCUGGCACCUACAAGUACUUAGAGGUCCAGUAUGAGUGUGUUCCCUAUAGUAAGUAUCGCCAUCCUAAUCUCAUUCCCAUCUCUUAUGCUGUGAUUUUUCUAAAAGUGUGUUUAGAAUAGAGGGAUGUGCUGUAACCGUGUUUGUUUUACAGAUGGUACAAAUGAUGCUUCAGCUGGAAACUGAAAGUAUUUAGAAGGAGACUAGCGUUAAUGAUUACAAAUUAAGUUGAAGCAUUAAGUGUGGCAGGCAUUUAAAGGGUCAGUUCACCAAAAUUACAAAGUUAACUGCCUCAAUUACUUCCAGUGGAGUCUGGUCAUGCUGAAAGAUGUGGUUUCAUUUAUACAGAAAGCUGUCUUCAGGGUAACUUUUGAUGGGGUUUUUUCCGCUACAGAUCUGGUGUCCAGUUGGCUAAAUACCCAGAAAAGGUCAAGGUCACUGGACAGAGACUUCUUUACUCAACAUAUUUGUUACUUGAGUUUGUCCUACAGAGGUAGAAUUUGCCAUCCAGCCUCUCUCUGCGCUCAGCUGCGGGUUGUAUGUGAAGGAAAAGUAACAUCACGCUGUAAAACUCACUCUACGGAUGUGAGGAGACCAGUUGCUCUUGUCAUUCAAUAGACUAAAUCCUAUUCACAUUUUCGUCAAUAUGCUAAGCCCAUCAGCGUUACAGUUGCGUGACAGGAUCUACUUCUUAUAGGGUAAGAAGCUUGUAAAACGUUAGGUGUAAAAUCCGAAUUCUUGGACUGCAACUUAGGGUUUUGUCGCCAUCAAAUAAAACGGCAAAUAAAUGUCAGAAGAUUGUGAAAACUGCUCAUCAUGAUUUCCAGAGUCUGAGGUGACGCCUUCGAAAUCCAUCUCUUGUCCAACACACUAAACCCAAAGACUCCUUUUUAACUGGCGGAGUAACAAAAGAGGCUUCAACCUUUACAUUUGGUUGAAAGAUUACUCAAAAUAUUAUCCGUUUAUGAUAAUUUAAUUUACAUCACCUUUGUAUUUGAAAAAGGAUUAUUACUUCCAGAAGUUACUCACAAAUGUCGACUAAUAGAUUCGAGGAGAGAUUCAUAAAGAGUCAAUUGAAAAAGUCUGUUUGAUUCAGGACUUGUUUUCUGUUUGAUGUUAUCAGACCCCGUCCUGAAGGGUGCGUGAACUCUGCGUCAACACAAGUAUAACACCAAUUAAUGGAUUUUGUGGUUUGAUGUUUGUGUUUAUAACAAAAUAGCAAAAGUAAGAGUUCCUGUGAGGAGUUUUUUAUUUAUGAAACAGGCUGAAAUGCCUUUUAUGACCUUAGGCAAGCAAAGGAAACCAUGAGAAAUAGGAGAGAUGAUUUCCGAGUGGUUAUUUUUGAUGCGCUGCUGCAGGGUCAAUGUCGAAUAUGGAAAUUAAUAGUGACCUUCCAAAACAGCCUUUUCUACAUUUACUAAAGAAAAAGCUUCACAUUGAGUGGUAUGUUUGACUCAUAUAAGACUCUUGAAUGAGUUUUAUUACAUACUGAUGCAUGUAGCAGAGCAGGAGAAGGGAUAACAGGUGCAGCUUUUGUCCACAGGGGGUGCCAAAAUCUACACGCACAGAAACUUCCUCACAGGAGCUUUAACUUUAAAAACCAGUGCACCUUUUACAGUGAACAACUAUUUUAACUGUGAAGGUUAAUUACCCAGAAAACUGCUCAUUUUUAAAAAAAUAUUAUCACAGUUUGGCUCUCUUAGACAACUUUCCGUUCACUUCGGUUGUAUCUGAAGGGCGGAAAGAUCUCUGAGGCAGAUAUUUCCAAACCUUGGCAGUAACACCAAAACUAUCUGCAUGACUAGAUCUCACUUGAGGGUAACAAAGAAAAUAUAUGUUCUUACAAUUUGGUUUUAUGGACCCUUUAAAGGCUUUAAUAACAGUGGCUUUGGAUGAUAUGUCUUCUGCUGCUGUGGGAUUACAAAGAAUUUGGCACAUUACGGUUUGUUCAUUAGCAAAUUACCGUCACUUUUGUCCUGUGGAAAGGUAUUAAAGAUGAUGCAAAACAAAGAUAAAGUGAUAAAAAUCCCAAACAGCCUGGUGUGAUUUUGCAUAUUUGUUCUGUUAUGAGUCUGUUAGUGGUUCUUUGUGGGCAUGGUUUAAUUAAAUGUAGUGCCGAAUUUUAAACCCAGCUGUAUUUUAAAAAUCUGUCUUUGCUGUCUGAUUUAGGGUAAUCCACCUUAAAAGGAUGUCUCAGGGUAGUUUAUUAAAGCACCUGAAGGCUUUACCCUCGCCUGUGAAAGUACUUAGUAUUUAAAUUGAUGAAUUGUAAACACUUUCAGAAAUAUUCAACUCUUUUUUUCUCCUUCCAAACAGACCUCCCUUUCACCUCCUGCCCCCCAACCUUCCUGACUAACCUUUACGCUCUCAUUUUUUAAAACCUCCAAUCUUUCACAUAUUGUCUCCAGCCUCUCCCACUCCUCCGCCCAGAGAAAGCAGCUUAAAGAAACUCCAUAUUAGGCGGACUGUUCAUCAGUCAUCCCAUGUGCUGUUGCUCUCCUUGGCUCAUUUAAGAGUUUGGUCUGUAACAUUAGCACCGUGUCAUGUUUUUCGUGUGUGGGCGAGCGAGUUUUGGGGAUGGAGAUUUGAUUUGUGUUUAUAAAGUUUGAACAAAUUCCACCCUUGGUCAAUACAUGCCAAAAAUAACUCAUGUGGUGUUUCUCUAAGAAUGUUAUCCAUCUAAAUAUGAGCAGGAGGUUUUUAUUUCUUCUGCCACUUAGGAGAAGCAUUUUUAGAGGGAUUUAUCCUGAUUUCACAGUGGCCGGUGCAUUAUUUUGUUGGCAGUUAAGCACGACAGAAAUGAAAAGUUUAAUGUUCUGGAAAGCAUGGCACAUAGCUUGUCUCCAGCCAUAACUCGUCUGUUUUUAUAUCCUAGGAUGAGAGGCCAUUUCACUAACAAACACUCUUUUUUCCCCCCCUUCACUCUUCUUUCCAAAGCAGCUCCGCGGUUCAUCUCAUGGUCAUGUCCUCCGACUAAUUCUUCUCUUUGUACCUGGUAGUUGACUCAUGAUAACCUUUCUCUCCCUUUUGCACUCUUUUUUGCUUUCUUUUCCAAUGCCUGAAAUAGAAGUGGAGCAAAAAGGUAAAUGAGUGGUCUGGUCCUCCCCCUCCCCCCCUUCUGGCUCCUUGUUUCUGUGGUGUUGAGUAGAACUCCCCUCACGUCUCCUCCUCCUCCUCUUCCCUCUCCUGAUUGCCUCUCCUGUCAAACGCUAAACCCCCAUAGGAGGAUUGUUUGCACCCAUGGAGUCCAAAUGAUUUUCCAAACAGAAUUUCAAAUGACAUCCUCGAUCAUCAAAUGUAGAUUUUUUUUUUUUCUCGCAAUGUGAAAGAAAACACCAACUGUUGGGUGUUGAUUUGUUCCAGGGACUCUUGCCUAGCUCCGUAUUAACCCAUGAAAAAAUGAGUAGCAUUUAUUUAUACAGUAUAUUCUUAUUUGGCACAGUCUGAGUUUGCUUGGCCCAACUUUGAUGCACGUGAUGUAAAAAAGCAGUGAUGGCUGAGUGAGAUUGGCACCGACAAAAAAAAAAAAAGAAAGACGGAAAGGAAAACAAGAAUCCAGUGUGUCGCUUUUAAUCUCAAACCAAUUAAUUUGAAGCGUCUAAACAUGGAACCGUGCCAUGGCCUCCCUCCCUCAUCCAUCAGUGGUUACUUUUGUCUUUUGCCACAGAAGUAGUGAAAGUCCUUUACCAGUGUUGUUUCGAUCAAUUCCCCCAACCUCCACUUUCAUUUUACCUCUGCUUUGCUGCCGCCACCAUCAUCGACAACCUGUUGUUCACUCUUAUCACAAGAUGUGAAGUCUGUUCCCUUUUUUUUGUUUUGUUUCACAACCUUGGUAUGCAUGUGCAGUGUGUCUACAUACCCACCUGUUCAUGUGGCAUUUGACGUCAAAGACAGGCUGGUAUUUUAAAAAAGAAAAAGAAAAGACGAUGGGACUUCUUCUUUCAUUUCUUCAUGUCUUUCAUUUGCAGGUUUUUUACCUUUUUUCAUUCACAUUUGAGUUUGUUUUGUCCCUGUUAGGAUGUAGCAGCAGACCCUUGAGAUGCAAGUCCUCUCACAUUUCUCAUUCUGAAUAAUCCAUUUGACACAUUCAUUUACUUUCCUUUUCCCUAUUCACUAGCAAUAGUGCAAAAUGCUAGUUUGAAAAUUCCUCCAAAUCCACAGUCCUUGAUCUUUUUAUCCCGCUCUUGAGUUGUACAGCAGCGAGAAAAAAGAGUGUCAUAAAAGUCACGUGUGUUUGUCACACUUUCCCUCAUUGUAUUCUGUUUCACUCCCUCUCUGUCACUAGUUUUCAUUUGUCCCGGGACUCUGAAGGGUGUAGGAGACGCCACCUUCCUGUUCGAGGCUGAGCAGCAAGCGGGGUCGUGGUGCAAAGACCCACUGCAGGCUGGCGACAAAGUCUUCUUCAUGCCUUGGACGCCGUACCGCACUGACACCCUCAUCGAGUACGCCUCGCUUGAGGACUUCAAAAAUGGCCGCCAGACGACCACCUAUAAACUGCCGCACCGCGUUGACGGUACUGGCUUUGUGGCCUACGAUGGUGCUAUCUUCUUUAACAAGGAACGCACAAGAAACAUUGUAAAGUUCGAUCUGCGAACUCGCAUCAAAAGUGGCGAGGCGAUUGUAAACAACGCCAACUAUCACGACACCUCACCUUACCGCUGGGGGGGCAAGACGGACAUCGAUCUGGCGGUAGACGAGAGGGGCUUAUGGGUGAUUUACGCAACAGAGCAGAACAAUGGGCGCAUUGUUGUGAGCCAGCUCAACCCCUACACUCUCCGCUUCGAGGCCACAUGGGAGACGGCGUACGACAAGCGCUCUGCCUCCAACGCCUUUAUGGUGUGCGGCGUGCUGCAUGUGGUGCGAUCGACCUACGAGGAGAAUGAGAGCGAGGCCAGCAGGAGCCAAAUUGAUUACAUUUACAACACCAAGCUGAGCCAGGGCGAGUACACCGACAUCCUCUUCCCUAACCAGUACCAGUACAUCACCGCUGUGGAUUACAACCCCAGGGACAACCAGCUGUACGUGUGGAAUAACUUUUACAUCCUGCGCUACGACCUGGACUUCGGCCCGCCUGAUCCUGCAGAAGGUAAGAGCUGCUCCACCUCAUUAUGAUUGUGUAAUUCUCCUAUUGUUUGGUUGCUGCAUAGAGGGUCACAGAUGGCUGCCUUUUAAUUCUGGAUGCAAUUCAGGUGUGAUAAAAGAAAAAAAGGGCUUGUGUUAGUCUUGGGGAACGGGCUCAUUUGCAGACAAAAAUUACAGAUUCACCUUGGAAUGAGGGAUAGCUCCCAGUGGGACCGAGCCGCUUCAAAAUGCUGUUUUUGUUAUUACCGUGAGGUGAGCUGAGGCACUCACUCCAGCUGAAGCCUGGACCCUAUCAAAUUCUUUAAUCUAAUGCCCCAUCAAAAGCCAUUAUGAUAAUAUGUAUUUUUUUCUCAGCUUGGAAUGUGUAUGUGAAGUAUUGUGCACAGUGUGACAAUGGUUACCCACUCUUUUCUACCUUUGGAUUUCAAGUAGUGUUGCCAUGGCUACCUCAUCAACUUCACAGAAGCCUUUUUUUCAGAUCAGGAGAUAAUCGCCAUUCUAUUGUGGCAUAAUAUUUCUCAAACCGCCGGGCUGAAGUGUGUGUGACUGAUGUAGCACAUGGUGAAUCAGAGAAGUAGAAUAGCUGGAAGGGGAGAUCAAUUACAGUGAAGGAUCUUGUCAGUCGGUUAGGGGGCUUAAAUUAAUCUGUGAAGUGGAGAAAGGUGACAUACGUGUCAUCAGGCAGGGACCUUCCAUUAUACUGAUGAUGAACUUAAUUACCCGACCGCAACCGUCCAACCGCCAUAGAUCCUCGCUAAGUCUCCUGUUUUACGCAGGGAAAUAGGGAGCUUGACCUGACUUCAUGUCAUAUUAGAGGCUCAGGUUGCCCCAAAGCGCUGGUCUGGAUUAGGUUAUGAUUUUUAACUUCUGGAUAUUCUGAGGAGGGGUUACCAGGGGGGGAAAUUUGAUUCUUGACCUGAGCUGUUGAGGGGAGCUUUACAUUGAUGUCUCAAUGGUGGCUGUGUGCUCCUGAACUCUGGCCUCUUGUCAGCGUGUCUGUUUGUUUUCCUGCCGUUGCCUUGAAUCUGCCUCGCAUGAUAACUUGACACCCAGGAUGAGGAGUUGGGGGGGGGGGGAAGGGGAAAGGGGGGAGACACUCUGAGUUUGUGUCUGUUUUGCUGUACAACCAAAGCCUCAAUUAUGAGUAUGUUAGAGGAGAUAUGAAAAAAUACUCCAACUUUAAUGAGUUUGCCAUGCAUGCAAACUGCCUGCUCGACUGUUCACGUCCUGAUGUAUGUAAAUGUAAUUAACAGCUGAAUUAUCAUAAUUACCCUCCUUGUCUCAAAAGAGGCUGAAGGAGAGGAGGGAAGUGGCCUUCGCAGAGCAUUUUCAAUGAAGGGUUUAAUGUUCUCUCUCAGCUACUGUAAUGCCUCGGUAAACAUAAAUGCCACAUAGGCUUAGUGUUGCUACUUGCUGCGGGAACAUUGCAUAUAAUCAAGGAGCCCUGGCAGAACAUAGUUGUUGAUUUCCCUCAUUAUUCCACGUGCCCGUAUUGGGAUCCAAUCAGAAAUGCAUCCUUUCAGCAGAACUUGUCACUUUGGAUCAUUAAGUGUGUUUUAUGUGAACAUUUCCAAAUGUUGUGAGCUCGGGAGGCAACCCAGAAAACUCCGGGCCAGCAGCAGCAGCCCGCUGCUCCAAGAAUGGCACUUGAAAAUAAUUGGUUCUUGUUUAUUAGGUUUUUUCGGAUCUACACCUUUAACUUCUUUACUGUGUAGCUAUUAGGAUUUAUUGCUGCCCAUGAUAUGGCGUUGAAUUAAACAACCUAUUCUGCAGGGUAAUCUAAUGGUGCUGAAAUAAUGUCUCUCUCUCCGAAACUGAGGGGCACUUGAGGCGUAAAGGAAAUUAAUUGUGCCCAUUAAGAUUCAUCGACCACAGAGUGAAGUUAGCUCCAAACCCAGUGUAUUUCUCGGCUUUGUAAGAACUUGUGUAGCACAAUGAGCGUCUGCGUCCUUUUCUGUCAGACACGUCAACCUUGGCUGUAAAGCCCAUCCCGGAGAAGUGCAGAAGCGUCGGUAGGAUUGGAGGUUUAUAUUAAGGGUCUUUCAGCAAAGUGAUCAAAGCAGAAAAUAAUUGACCUCAGCAGCCUGAUGCUACAUUCUUCACCUUGUGUGGAGUGUUGCAACAUGCCGGUUUCUGUAUUCUGUUUCAGGUUGAGGUGAUUAGCUGAGAUCAUUCCCCGUAUCGAUCCUUCUACUUAUUGUUCCAAACAAUUCACACGCAGUUAAAGAAAAUGUCUGUGUUUUGCUAAUUCAUUGUGAACACCAAACAGCAGUGAUCAAUACUUAGAGUCCAGCCCCUUAGAGGUCUCUCUGAGAAAGGUGCAUGCCGAUAAACAGCACACCCAAGUGCCUAUUGUAACAAAACUUAGAGGGACAACUGUAAUGCAUUCCUUGUGAUGUGCAAAGCAUUAACUGAUUUCAGUCCAGUGAAUUCAAAAAACUAAUCAAAGGGACCGUUAAUUGCUAAGAGCAGUGGGAACUAACAGGGAGAGAAAGGAGAAAAUUAAUUUGUCUUUGAGGUAGAAUUGAUCUAAUGCCUUUAAGACGAGAGGCAUAAAAUUAAUGGCUUUGUCCAAAAGGCUUUGCCACUCAGUGUUAUCUGCUGGCAGUAAGCACAAGUGGUCACUGCGUUGGAUUGAAAUAUCAAUAAAUGCUUCAUGAUGGAUAUAUUACAUCUCAAAUCAGCUUGUUUUUUUGACCCAGACAUUUUGUGGCUAAACCCAGCUGUGCACCUCAGUGGACUUUGGUUCACUUUUAAAUCCCUGAAAGACGUCUCCAGGUGAGCCUUAAAGACGGAGGACAUUUAUAGAUGUAUCAUGCACUAAGCCUAUGUUCCACCCUCUGCAGCAACAGAAAUAGAGGCUAAAGUAGAGGAGUCAGGAGAUCUGCAAAAGCUUUAAUUGUCCUGCUUCUUGCCAUGGAUCAACGCCGGCAGAAUUAUAGCAGAAAAAAGUGUAUGUUAAAGGCACAGACGACAGCAAAGUUUUCGAGUGGUUUUGCUUGAAGAGUAUUUCUGUCUGCACGUAUAUCAUCCUGUCUGCAUGUGUGUCUGCUUUGUGAGCCGCUUUGCCACCUUCCUCUGACUCAGACCGUCUAGUUGUGACAACGCAGCGUCUACUGCUCCACAGUGCUGGGUUUCAGGCCUCAUAAAUUACCCCAUACAGACACAGGGUAUGUCCAGCAGAGCUUUUUCUGUCCACUGCUCUUUUAAGAACAAAUGCCAAUAAAGCAGCGAGCCCCGAAACCAUUUUUCGACAGCCGGGGUUUUCUUUCAUUUAGCAGAUAAUGACAUAUUCUUCGCAGCCUUGGAUAAGACAGCGCAUGAUUCGUCUUCUGGCUCUUUACCUUAGCACACCAAGUUGUGAGCUUGAAUGAAGCAGAACAGCAUGAGUGCAUAUAAACAACCUAAUGUAAAAUUCAUGUCAUGUGGGAUUCGUCUCUCUGUCAUUAAUUACCAGCACUGGCUCUGGGUAAAGAGGCGAAAAGACCAACUGUAGCUCCUACACAGUUCUUAUCCUCCGAGACGGUCUUGUUAUUAAGUCAAGCUCGAACGCACAACAAAAAAGACACAUGGAUAUAUGAAGACCUGCAUUGAGUCACUCUUUGUGCUAUAUCGGGCAUCAUUAGUGUGGAAGCAGUGCUUAAGCUGGAGCAAAAGUUCAACAUUUGGGGGAAUACACUUAUUUGCUUUCAAGUCAAGGAUGAGAUGAGAGUUCAACGCUCGCCCCAUCUCUAUAAAUGGAGUAACUAGCAAUUUUAGCAUCCUUGACAUAGAUCCAAUGGGAAUUUCCCUUUGACUUAUUUACAUUUAUACAACUGAAUUGAAAAAGCUUCACGGCAGGCUAAAAAAUCGGAUGUUUGGUCCUAUAUGGUUAUAUGCUAAUAUUAGGCCGUGAAGGAGGUUUGUCACGCCAGCAUUACUCUUAACAUCACCACCGUCGAUUUUGAGCAGAGGAUGCUAAGUGUCUCUGAUACCAUCUGUUAAAUCAUUUAGAAGCUGCCUUUUAAAGAUGUGCAAAAGCUUCAAAAUCCAGGUGCUCUGAAAAAUGUUGUGAGCUCGUGUCAGCCACAGACCAUAUUUCAGGAAUAACAUUGAAUCCAACUGUAAAGCCCAGAAGACUUGGGAGGAUAAAAAAUGCUCGCUCAUUCCUGGUACAAGGACUCUUACUCUACUUCUUUAUAUGAAGCUAUCGCCGGAGGCCAUUCAGCCUAGCUUAAGUUAAAUUUAACAGUAGCUUGCUGUUCUUGUGAUGCAGUUUGAGUGUAAAACAUUUAUAUAGGACCAUGAAAGCAAAGUGAGUCCUACAGCAAGGUACAUCGUGAGGAUAGACUACAGAAAAUAUACAGGCUAGCUUGGAAAUGUAAUAAAACGGAUUAUAAGAGAACACAUCAAAACACAUUUAGAGUAAGAGAGUAGGUGUUACUUUUUUUAAGAACAGGAAAAUUAAAAUUGAAAUAUAGUUGUGUGUUUUAAUUUGACAGCAUGGGAAAAGCUUAUUCGCUGUUUUACCUCCAGUUUAACAGCAUAUGCUCUAAAUCAGUUCUCUUAAGUCGUCUCACUUGAGCCUGCUGUCUACAAAUUUUCCACCGGUAAUCUUAAAUUCUAGUUUUGUGUGAGUCUUAUUGUGUGCUGUGGGGCCAAUAGGAAACUAGCUGUCAACGGUCUCUCCAGAAACCGAACCUGAAGGCUUGUCAAAUCUUUAAUAAUGACAAAUGAGUAAGAAAUAACUCAGAAUGAAGUAAUGAGAUAUCAUGAUAACAUUUUUUUUAUACAACUCAGACUAAACUGAAAGAACAAUUCAAAGAGAGAGGUAAGUUGUUGUGUCGUCCAAGUCGCUAAAGUGAUUUUCUCCACUAAUACAUUUAGGAUGCUCUUCUCUCGACCAUGUUGUUCACGAAAUCAAAAGGAAAAUAGACCACAGCUGUGAGGAACAUAUUUUUCGUCUUAAUUUGGAUCGACAAUAGGAAGCUCACUCCCCAUCUCAUAUGGUUUUGAAAUGAAUCCCUCCUAAUUGAAACCGAGUUUUACAGCAGGAUGCAGCUGUAUCAGAUGCUUCCCUAAAAAGGGGAAACUGGAGCACACUGAUUAAUUUUGCAGCAUUUAAUAGGGCUGAUUUUUUUCUUUCUUUCGCUGCCUUUUACAUAUUUCUUUUCAACUACAUGUGACUUUUGAUAUUGUACUGGGAGGAUUAGACUGGUAAGCGAUCCAUCUUGAAAAAUUAAACCACUCUUAACCGCUUAACUUGGUGGUGAGUUGUCAUUGCUCUUCCUUAAUAGCAGGUAUUAGCCGGCUUAUGAUCCGUUCAUCCCGGUGUUUGUAUGGAAAGGUAGAUCGGUAGCUUAAAAUGCUUUGACUGCUUGAGUGUACUUGGAGAUAAACAUGCUCUCCAGAGCUCUGGUAUAAGUUGCAAUAGCGACGACAAACAGAAUUUGUAGUCCUCUGAUCAUCUGAUUAUAGUUUAAUAUUUUUUUCAUCUUCCCUCCAGAUACAUAAAUGACUCUUGGGGGCCAUAAAGUGAUAAAACUAAUUCCGUCUCAUCUCCGAUAACUUGAUGGAUGAUCUUGUCUAAUGGUUUUCUUUCCUUUUAGCUCUGUUUUAAUUUACACACUCUGUUUAGACUCCAGUGACAGCCAUUUUUCAAGUGUUCAAUCUCAGACUUGUCCAUUAUUUACAAGAGGUAUUAUUCAGCAUAUGGCAACAGUAUGCCUUUGGUGUCAGAUUGCCCAUAAAGAGUGACUUCACUGCCUCUCCAGAGAAAUGGUAGCUAAUUGGUGCAGCGCUCUCUGGGUUGAGUGCUAUCAGAGGACUCAGCUCUGGACGGGAAUCUGCUCCUUGUAAUCAAAGCAAAAUUGCCGCACCCCUGGUGCAGAGACAUCAAAAUAAGCUAACAAACGCGUCGCUAUCUGACAAGCACACUUCUUGAUGUAGUAUUAAAUAGAUACGUUGUAUAUUUGAUGGUCUUGACAAUCACACACUGAUUAACCGAGACAUGCUGGCUUAAAACACCCACAAAGAUUUUGUCUCUUCUCUGAUUAGAGAAAUCCUCCAGUGGACAUCUUCUAAUUAAAGUGAUUUGAUUUCAUGUCCAUCCAGAAGGAUGCAUAUGAAAGGGGAAAUAAGCAACCAGGAAAAAUGUUGUUUUUUUCUACAAACCACUCUACAAAAUGCAGUUUAUUCUUAAUGAUAGUUAAGUUUUAUCUUCUUUGGUGAGUCUUUCAACAGAGCUAUGGUGGUUAGAAUUGGGAAAUGUGCCUUUUGAAAUGUAAAAGAAAUGAAAAAUUCCAUUUGAAGCCAAAUAUGCAAGGGCUUUUAUUUUGCAUUUUAACGAAAAUAUCAAAAGAAUCCUUGUUUUUUGACCACAGUCUGUGUUAAAAUUGAAAAUCCUAUUUUUUCUCUUUGUCUUUGAUAAAAAUUUGAAUACUGUGGGGUUUUUACACCAUUGACUGAGCAAAAACUUGAUUUGAAGCCAUCUCCUGUGUUCUUGGUGAGAGAUUUUGACUGUGGUGAAACCAACAGGAUGAUUUGAACAGGUUUAUAUUUUUAAACUCAUCUUGACUUUCAUUGCUGUAACCUGAAAUAGAUGUAAUCACCAAUGAUCAAAUCUGCUAUCAAGAAGCAUUUGCAGCCACCGAAAUGACAAGGAAAAAAUUGAAAAUGAAGACUUGUGACUCUGGGGCAGCGACAUUGAAGUCUCAGGAGUAGGUUUAUCAGGUGAUGCCAGCAUGCCGGAACAGGCAGGUGCAUAUUAGAUCAUAUAUAAGCUUGUGGAAAAGUGGAAGUUUGCUCAGGUAUCGAGAGGUUUAAUAUUGUAAAACCCAAUUACACUUGCCCUAGUAUUACAUUAUCUGUGAAUAUUGAAUCAACUGAGCCAGCCUAUGAAUCAUCUCCCUUUUCCUGAGUCAAUAAGAAAAACUUGACUGGUUUUACAUUGUAUUUUGGAAACUUUUGAUUCUUUUAUUAUAUCUUUAUCUCAUAUUAAGUUGUUCACAUGUUAAGUUGUUUGUGAGUUAAUAUUACUGCACAGGACUGAGGUGCUUUAAGGUCUUUUAUUUUACCUCAGGUCCUUCACAGGAUUUACAUCGCAUGGUAAUUAUUUUUGCCAUUUUCGAUAUACCAGCUCCCUGGAGUAAAUUUACCUUCCUAGCUGCGGCUACUAACCACUCACGUCAGUUGUUGCUCCUGCAGCCACGCUGGCCUGCGCGACCUGUGGACGUGUGUGACAGACACACAAUGACUGAAAGGGUGUAAGGUAAUUAGCUGAGGCUCUUGCCAGUGGAAAAGGUCACUGAGUAAAAUGUCACUAUUCAGCUUCACCGUGGGGUGGUCUGAGUUUCAUAUGAUUGAUACACUGAGCAUCACAGGAACAUUGCUCCCUUCCCACUGUGGCCUUCUGAACACAUCAUGAGAUAUCGACCUUGUCAUAAGCUCGGAUUUUUUAUAUAUAAAGAAAAAAAAAACAAAGCUCUCUUCUGAUUUGAUGAUUAGUGACACAAGAACCCUGAGCUUUGUCACCGUUCCCCCUCGGGAAAUGGAGAUAUGUGUCUCAUGAUGGUGUGUAAGAUAGCAUGAUAUUGCAUUUUCCCAGAAGCAUGCAGGAUACCUGAACACAGCACCAGAGUGUCUUUCAUGACGGCAGACCUCCUUGUGGGAAGCAGCUUUUUUAUCUCUAAAUACAAUCAGGGGGUUGUGAGUAAAAUGUUUGAUCCUUCACACAGUGAGAGUUUACAUCCAUGUAGACACACACACACGCGUAAACAUCCACUUCCUUCACAUUGGCUAUUCCUCCUGUAAAAAAUGUAUAGAUUUCCUAUUUCUGCUCUCGUUUCAUACUUAUCUCCAGGCUUUCUGCCGCAUAUUUUCACACGUGUGCACACACCGGUCGGAAUCUGAAACACACCUAAGCAGUGGAGCAAACACAAGCCGCGCUCGCACAUGUGCAUUCACACACAGAACCAACCGCUGUGCAGGGUAGGCGUGGAUUGAAUACAGAGGAAUCGCAUUAUUGCUGAUGUAUGGCUUUUGCUCGGAGCAGUGCAGUUCUCCCUCCGCGCAGCAGCUUUAUCAAAGUGAGGGAGAUGAACAAGGCAGGGAAAAAAGUCAAAUGCAGACAGGCUUUGUCUUCAUUGUUGACAUUUAAUCAGCCCAAGGUACUGACUCUGUUGGGGAAGAAAUCACUGAUGUGUCAAAAGAUGCCCCGCCACCCAUGCUUGUCUUAUUUAUGGGCUUAAGUAUACUAAAUAUAGCAACGGAUAGAUAGCACUGUCAGGCUUGCAUUUGUUUUGUGUAGUGGUAGAGAGGGUGGAGUUUCGACUGAAAGUGGCACGAGGCUUUUUAUUUUAGAAGAAUUAUGGCCAGCAGUAACUCCGGCAAUACCAACAAGCCACGGGACUCAAAACAGUUACAUUUCCCCCACUGCUGGAAAUGAUAGGAGUUCAGCACAGGGACGUUUAUGACUCAGACUCUAACAGCUUCUCCAUUCUGUCAUUCUAGUGCCGGCUGUUGAAGAUAUGUCGGUUUCGCCAUCUGUACCCAAGACCACCGCAGUCGUCAGCACCACCGCUGCGUCCACUGUGAAGGGAGAAACCACUGUGGGAGGAGCAGAUCCGAGAGACGGGAGGGACCCCUUUGAGGACAAUCGUGGCUCUAGUACAGCAGAGCCCACUGUACCUGAAAUGCCUCCUACACCCAGACGCUUCUGUGAGGCAACCAGGAGGAGAGCCAUCGACUGGCCCCAGACCCACACGGGGAACACUGUGGAGAGACCCUGCCCUAAAGGGACCAGAGGUAGGAUCAUAAACUGAUAGUUUUUCUUUGAACUCACAUUGUUUUUAAUGUUCAAAGAUUUUCAUGAACCUUUUUAAACCCACUUUCCUGCUGAAAAACAGAUCCCUAAAACUAAUAGAGAGAGGUUAGUUAAAGCUCCAGUGAGGAACUCUCUGUUUGUGUUGACUUUGACGCCCCCUGUAGAUAAACUGAUACUUCCCUCUCUGCUGAUCUUGGCCUACACUAGAGGUGUUCAUCAUGUUUUCUGAAAACAGACCUCCCCCUGCUUUCUUAAAAAGUGAAAUGUAUCACUCAUCCUGAAUACCUAUGGUGAGAAAAAGUCAAACACUGGGAUUUUCUUUCACGUUACUGUAUAUCACCUCAUCUGACACCUUCCCCCCUUGCAGAGAUCACAGACAUCAAAUCAUAGAAUAAUAUUAAUUGUUGUUGCUAUGGUUUUUUUUUGCUUUUGUAGCUCAUUAAGAGGCUUUGAUGUUAAUUAUAAUAAUUAUAUAUAACAAUUGUUUUAAAUGAGGUUUUCAUAUUUACAAUAUUCCUUACAAACAAUUACUAUGUCCUAAGAUUGAACUUGAGUCACUAUGAAAUUUAAUGCAUGUCCCAACCCUCGUGUAUAUCGUCAUAGUUUAUGAAUAAUAUAAAUUUGAACAAGCAGCUUAUACACAAUAACAAGCCCAUGCCAAUAAACACUGGUCUGUGUAUCUUAUCAGAUGAUUUGCUGGGACUCCAGUGUCUUGUUUAUAUGUAUUUUUAUUUAUACAGGAGUUAUAUUCCUACUUCUGUUGUUGACAGGAAAUUAAGAAACAAAGCUAUGACCUUUAAUAUUUUCCUCGUUGCCAAAACACAUAAGAUCAAUAGCGUUGGGUUGUAUCAGCGUGUUUAGCCGGUUUUUCAUUUCAUAUUAAGUCCAGAUAUUUUUAAUAAUUCUGAUUAUGUGCACACCCACACUCUUAUUAUUGAAGAUAACCAGAGUCAGUGUUUUUCUUUUCUUUUCUUUUCUUUCAAUAAACAUUCAAGCUUUUUAAAGAGAAUGAUAGAAUCGCACUUUCAGCGAAUAAAUGAUCUGGAACAAAACUUCAAAGAUCCUCAAAAUAAAUGUUGAAAUGGCCCUGUUACUUUAUUUAUGCUCGAGGCGAUAAUGUUCUAUUUCCAUCUUUGGCACCAUGUAACAAUGUGUGACAUUUUAGCCAGAGGGCAUGUCAAAUUUGAAGCUGUAAUCUAGCGUGAUGAGAGGCUUUCACUUUCCUAAGAGUAGGUAACGAGACUCCCUUUUUUGAUGCAAUCUCACAAUGUAUAUCACUCCUUCUUGUAUUAGACUUAAAGAAGAUAUUUCUUCUUGCUAUAAUGAGCUCGUUAGGAAAAUAGAUGCUGUUUCCUUUAGCUUAGAAAGACCUGAAACUGGUGAAGAUUGAGAAAGUAAAGAAAAGAAGAAAGAAAACUUCAAAAGCAGAGUGUGUAUUAAAUGUCUCCAUUACAUCGCCACUUAUUCCCAAGUCAUCAUUAACGAGUCAUCAUAUGGGAGAACGAUGUGUUGAUUGGUUGUUACACCGGUUCAGUUGACAAUGCUUCUCAUGCAGGAAUCUCACACAAGUUACCUUAACACCCCAUCACGGAGACUGACAGAUCUGUCACAAUAUGAAGCAGGGCUAUUGGAGGAUGAAAGCAAAAAAGAGACAAUGUUUUGACUGUGGGGGUGAAAAGGGAGUUCGGCUGUGUUGUCGUUGUUGUCAGUUGCGAGGCAUUCAUUAGGAAUUAUCCCGCAUUUCAUUUAGACAUGCACAGUCUUGUAUAGCAUUAUAUACAAAUGUUUACAAUUCUGAAAUGUUUCAGGCAAAAACAAACAGUUUUGUAGGCCCAAUGAAGGAACCUGAUAGUGCUUCCCCUCCAAAAGUUUUUUGUCUUGGUUCACUCGCAGCUUGCAGGCUUUCAAAUUGUUUGGAAAAAGUCGCUCCUGCCCAACAGUUAAAGUUUCCUGCACCAGAGAGAGUGCAUGAAUGAGGCAUCAGCAGGAGAAACUGUAUUCUAGCAAGGUUUUUGGCUGCCCUCCAACUGUGGUGUUUAUUCUGUGGUUUCUGCAGGCAUCGCCUCCUUCCUCUGCACUGUGGCAGGGACCUGGUGCUCCAAAGGCCCGGACCUUAGCAACUGUACCUCCCACUGGGUGACUCAAGUGGCACAAAAGGUAAAACAGGAAUGUGUCAAUUACAAAAUAUAGCAGCAAACAAACAUGUUACGGAGUCGGAGUCAAACAUCUAGUGGCAAUUCUUAACCUUUUUGUGUGCUUGGUUUAUUUUUCUUGCACAAGAUGGUCAAGGGGUAUGUGAGAGGAAAAUACUAAAGGUUUUUGUAGCUAAAAUGUCGUGUGGAAGCAGAGAGGAAUGAGCGAUCACACAUCACAAAACAUCAGGAGUAAAUGCCAAGUUCUGCAGUGAGCUACUGAGAAUCAAAAAGAGCCAGAGCUCCUUUCUUCACAGGCUCGUCUGCUUUGAUGUUCAACAGCCAUGCAGGUAGAAAUCUAAUGCAGACACACAGUUUCACUCUCAGCAGCCGAGACCGACCAUAAUGCAGCACAAACACAGAGCAUCUUGUAUUCUAAGCAUAAGACGCUUUUUUUUUCUCCUCUCCUGACCCGAAAAACAACUUUUCACAGCAAGUUCAAGUCAGGGUUUCUGGGUGUUUGCAUGGGGGAUUUUGGGAGACGGUGGCAUAACUGUGUGAUGAACUGUGUCCUAAUUCCAUCCGAGACUGCAAUUAUAAUCAGCUUAUGGAAAAAUCUAAGAAUAAUACUUAAACAGCCAGUAUAAGCUGUUCAUCAGCUUGAUGUCUACAGACAGGCCUGACAAUUCUAUCCCAGAAUGCAACGCACAGGGAACGUAUAGUGUCUGCGCACAGAUGCAGAAUAUAUGUGAUGAGUCAUCCUAAGACGUCACCAGAAAAUGCACUUUGAAGCUGUUUUUCCAAAAACUGAAAACAUCAGCAUCCAUUUUUCAUCUAUCACUAAAAAAAGCUAGCUCACCUCACUGGUUACUUUGUAGCUACACGAGGGAAAUAGACGCCAGAGUUAGCUUCUCUAUGUUCACAUAUUUGCUGAGUGUCAAGUGAAACUGAAUACAAAAAGGUAAAUAGUUGUCUGUACUGACUCUAUUUUGUUUCUAUUGAUUUUGAACUCGAGCUAAUUACCAACUAAAGGGGCUUCGCAGCCAUUAUUCCUGUGAUUAGUGACACUCCUGCAGUUCUUUUCGCUCAGUGUGAGAUAUCACUGCUGACAGGAAUUUCUGGUAUCUCUGACUUGGAAUUACACCUUAGAGGCUGCCUACUAUGAAUGUUUUUCCCUCCCUGCUACUCCUAAUUAGGGUCUGUAUGUUAAGACAUUAGCUGCUGUAGCUAUGUCUUUGUGAAAUUUAAUUGGUAGUGAAAUUCCAUAGUCCCAUUUUGGAAAUAUGUCUUGUGUGUAUUGCCUCAUUUGCUCUUAAUGCAUAAUGAAAAAAGUAUGUUAGUUUCUUGUUUACUAAGCACCAGAGCAUUUUACCAUUAAGGUUACUGUAUUAUUUAAACAGUAGGUAGUUUGAAGUAGGCAACAAAUCGGGUCAAAAGUUAAACACUGUAAAGCAGAUUACUGGAGUUUAAUUCUUUUUUAUGCAUGACCUUUAAUUGUGUGUAACAAUUAUGUUGAUACAUCUCUGUGCUCACAGUUAGUCUUUUCACGAUUAAUUUUCCCUAAUUACUUUCCUGUUGCUAUGGAUUGUGGCCCUGAGGUGUACAUGUGAUACACUAUUCUUUACACUGCAGGGCUGUUUCAAUGACACUUCACUGACUCGACUGUGUUUUGCCGUUUAUAGAUACGAAGCGGUGAAAAUGCUGCUAAUUUAGCCAAUGAACUGGCACGGCACACACAGGGCCCAGUGUUUGCAGGAGACGUGAGCUCCUCGGUGCGCCUGAUGGAGCAGCUAGUGGAUAUCCUGGAUGCUCAGCUGCAGGAGCUCCGACCCAGCGAGAAGGACUCAGCUGGACGCAGCUUCAACAAGGUACUGUGGAAAUUCCUGUCUGGCUUCCCCCUCUCUUUUGUCUGGAGUCAACGAAGGCACGACUUAGAACAUUCUUCAGCAGGACACCUAAAAAAACACAACCCUUCACAUACAUUCCUGCUUAUGUCCACACACACACACACCCACAUUCAUGGACACACACAGUGUCAGGUGAGGGGUCUAGAGAGGCAGGUCUCACCCUGAGGGGGAGCUCAUUCCUCUCCGGCUCUCUGGUAAUUACCAGCUUUGGAAACACGGGCUCACCUGGCAGUUCUACCUUAAAGGAGCUAAUGGCCAUGAGCCCCCUACCAACACAAAGAAUAACUCCUCACUGCUGACAAGUGCGGAACUGCGCUCCCCUGGAGCUCCCGCGAGCGCUCGGCGAGAAAAGGGAAGGCCUAAAACGUGCCUGCAUCUUUCAGCUGCUGGCAGUCCCGUGGAGAGAUGAGUGGCAGUUUGAAAAAUUACAUUGUUAUUCAGACUUCCCAGACAGCAGUUGUUAAAUGAGAUGAUUUCCACCUAAAUGAUGCCUCUUGAUUGUGCCUUAAUGCUCACAGAGACUCAUUACUAUCAUGCAUUUUAAGAUAAGAGCGAACAGGUUUCUAACCAAAGGGAGUGUUUUAGUAAUUUGAACAUGACACCAACACAAUGUGAUCCACUGAUUGCAAACAACAAUGACCAAAGUUAAAGGAUUAUGUCGCAAAUUUACAAGUAUUAACGAAAGGCCUCAAGUGAAAUCAUCUUAAUAUAAUGUAAAAGGAGACUCUUGAUCAGGGCCGGGCAUUUAAUUUUUACAUGGGGCCACAUGAGAAACCUGAACUGUGUUGGAGGGCCGAACCAACAAUAACUUCAACUUCAAAUCAGGGGGGUUCACACAUACAGAAAAGCAAGUCCAAAUAAGCAACUACUAGUUAAAAACAAGCCCAAAAAAAGUGCACCCGCAACUCACGGGUUUUGCAAGCUACUUCUGAGAGAAACAAGCCUAAAGUCGUUUAUAACAAACAGACUUGGCAACUAUAAGGCAUCUACAUAUAUUUUGCCGAUGUUGAAACUUGUCUCUGUUCACGAAUGCAGAUCUAGGAUGUGCACGUGCAUCCAAACAGAAAUAAAACAACGGCUAGGUUUUCAAAAUAAAAGCAACACACUUGUACAGCAUGUUGAUGAUUUGAUUGACAGACCUCACGAAGGGCCGAGCAGGGAUAUCUAAAGGGCCGGAUGUGGCCCUCGGGCCGUAAAAUGUCCAGGUCCACUCUUGAUAGUUUUAUGACUAUCAAGCUUUCCUGAUAAAAUUCUGCAUGAUAUUGAAAUCCAUAAGCAGAUACACUUGAUUUGCACCAACAGCAAUAGUGAAGAUAAAAUCUGUAUUUUUUUAACUUGUACUUUUUUUUCCUGGUUGCAUUUAGAGGAAAAUUACACCUUCAGGAUCAUAUUAUCGAACAGCAUUCAUGCAUCAGAGAGAGGAUUAAGAAAGUAAGGUUAAACGACAAAAAAAAGGCUCUGGUUUUGUCUUUUCAUUGAAAGUUUUAAAAGAUAAGCUUGUAAAUGAUGUUGUCCAAGUUAAGAUGUGGGAGUUUUAAUCUGAACAUUUUGUCUCAUUCUUUACCAAUUCUGCGUGCGAGCUACAGGAUGUGAUUUCCUCCGGUUUACUCAAUUAGGAAGACGUGGGAACUUAUUUAAUGCCAGCACACCAACAGAGGGUUUUUAACAAGAGCCGGUGCUGUAUUAUUCUCUCCAUAGCAUGAAAUACAAAUGACCCUAUUCCAAAUUGUUUAUCCUCUCGGUGUAUUUUAAAGCAUUACUAAUGGGGAGCAUUAGAGUCUAGUCUCAGCAUUUUUCCCUCCUCACUGCUGUGCAUUGCUCAUCUGUUCCCCUCACUAUUAAGUGAUCCAUAUUCAUAUUAAGCUUUCAAACACCGCUUCUCUAAAAAAACCAUUUAGAGCCGUUGCUCUGUCGCUACAUUUUGUAGACCUGUGCCUUCUCUUCUUUUCAUUAAAUCUGUAAUUUAUGGUAAGUGGCAUGAUUUAAUGCUUCCUUUUUUCUUACGAUCUGUCUUUCUGUGCUUGAUCUUCUUGUUGUUUGGAAAAGCUUCAAAAACGAGAGAAGACAUGCAGGGCGUAUAUGAAGGUAUAACUACUACUGUAGGCUUUUCAUGUUGACUUUUUUCAAACCCCCAUUGCUAACGCCUGACCAGCGGCAUGCAGCGCUGUCUGUCUCUAUGUCCUUGGCUGUCUCGUUACAGUAUGUGUGCCUGGUGACCUGCUUGUACAAGAUAUAGCUGCUUCCUCAUCCGGCUCGCCUGUCUUUUCUGCUGUCAUUCCGUCCAUCUAAGGAUGCCAGCGUCAAUAUCACUCUUUCUUUGUCCUGUUUUUCCCCUCCUCUGUGUGCUAUCACUUGUACAUCUUUCAUUUUUCUCUCUCUUCCUCCUCCUCCUCCUCUUCUUCUUCCUCCCCCACUCUUUUCUCUCUCUUUCUCCGUCUCUCUUGUCGGCUUUUCAUACGUUGUGUGAAUAAUUGCCUUCCCACGGUCGUAAUUGCACCUCCCUGUCAGCCAGAAGUGUGAUCAAAGUGGCAGUGUGCUCAAUUUUCACUUGCUUACAUUGUACAAUUUCUGGUCUCCCUUGUCCCCACUGAAGAAAAGUCUCUUUUCACGUCGCAGUUGUGUUUUGUCUGUGCGAUUAAUUUCUGAGCACGUUAAUAUGUUUGUGUUCCAUUCUGAUUUUUCAGUCUUUCCCCCAGACGUUGUGUUUUCCCUCAGUUUGUUUUUAGGUGCUGCUGAAAGACAAGGGCAGAGUGUGAACUCCGAGGAUGAGAUGAUGAGAUGCCUUGCAUGGCAUAAUACAAAUGAUCAGAUUUCAUAGUUCUCCUUAAGCUCGUGUUGUUCUUACUUAAUGUUUUAUUUUGCUGAGAGAAAAAGGCGGUAAAGGGAGGCCUUUUUAGCCAUGCUAGCGGCAUGAUACUAUUGAUGCCAUUGUCACAGAGUCGAUAAAAGCCGAUCCGUCUGCGCACCACUGGGGUCAAGACUGAAUUAUGUAGGAUGGAUAGCCAUGACAUUUAUAUAGGCAUUCAUGGUGCCCAGAGGAUGACCCCAAAUGACUUUGUUUAUCCAAAAAACUUUUCCUGUUUUACCAUGAGGCUGACAUUUGUGGUGUGAAAAUAGUGCUCUCCCUGCUCUAACUUUGUUUUAUCCACAGUGGACAGUUUUAAAAAGGAUUAAAAUCAAUGCAGCAGAACCAGAGAUAUUGUCUUUUUAUCCCACACAGACCUCUGUCUUAUCAAAACCGGGAGUCCCUUUUACCCACAAUGCAACUCAACCACGAACAGAUCAGUUCACAGAGAUUUAAGUCUGGCAGCUAAUGUGGCUUCUAACCUCUGUUGGCGAGCAGGAAAGCAGACAAAGGUCCGAUAAGCUAACCACGCAGUAUCAGAGUUUUUUUUAUCUUUCUCAGUUUUUGUCUUUACUGCCAGUUUACGCUGAUCAAGAGACAAAAGUCGAGUAAAAAUAUCAAACUGCUCACACCUGCCUUUGAAGCAACAACAAGCUUUGUUCUUAAUUCACAUAAUUAGUUCAGAAGCAGCUAACCAAAGACCUGUAAACAGACUUUGAUGUGUAAAGUUCUGUGGACUCCUCUCUUUACGGAAAUUACCUACACUGCUUUUCAAUAGCUACUCGUACAUUUACAUUUCCUUUAAGGAUGAGUUGUGAUAGCUUCUGCGAGCCUUCGAGCCUUCAUCUAGUGCCAUCAUAGGAUCAAAACCUUAAUUUGUCCAAACUGCAGAUCUAAUUACUUCCCAUCAGCCUCAGAUGCACCUUGUGUUCGCUGCUAAUUAGCAUGCUAACACACCGCACGGAGAUGUUUAACAGUGAAAAUUACACCUCCCUCACAUUGGCAGGUUGGUGUUAAAGAUACGAGCGUGGUAGCGAGCUGACAUUAGCAUUUAGUUCACAACACUGAGGUGCCUACAGUAAUUACAACUUUCCUGUGCUACUAGCUUGUUUUUGUGUCACCCCUAAUCAUCUGCUGUUUCGCUAAAAGUGGAGUAAUAAGUGGUGCUUUUCCCUCUUACUAUGAGAGCUGUCUCUCCCGCCACGAGGGAGGCGGGGGCUCUCCGCUGGUAGCACCCUUGUGGUUGGUAAAAUGACCUCCACCCAGACGAGAAUUAAAAAGGAUUUAAUCAGAACACAGAUCCUUCUUACGCUAGACAAAUUAGAGACAGUCAACUUUUUUUCCUCUUUCCCUUUUUGGAGUCCUUUGAGGAUGGCUCAGCAGGGGGAGGGAGACCAUUUAGUGUCUGUCUAGUUGUAAUGGCUCUGACCCUGUAAUAGCCACUACUGUCUCUCCUGCUCACAGACACACACACAGAGACACACACUCACACUCUAAGAGCUCCCGUCAUAGUCACAGCCUGCAAGCUUCUAGUUGCCUGCAAGGUCAGGGCCACAGAGAUUGAUUUCUGUGCUCUAGCCUAAGAUAUAAAGACACGCUGAGAGCCCAGUGUCUGGACACAGUCAUCAUCGCUGCUGUGGUUAAUAUGAGCUCAGUGGUUAAAUGUUGCGGUUAAUCAUAUAUUGGUGCACACUCUGGUUUGAUCCCCUUUUCUCGUAAUUCCAGGCAAACGGAUAAUCCUGUCUGUGGUCAAUUAGUGUUUUGGAUAAUCACAGCUGUGACUAAUUGGUACAGUGAGCAGGGCCUUGUUGUGGUUAAUUACCGUUAUUGUGGUGGGUCUCACUGUGGUUAAUGGCACCUAUGGUUAAAUUGUCACUCUUCAUUAUCACACCAGGGCUUUCCCUAGAUCUGGAUCUUUACACAAACUGUCGGUCUCAGGUGGGAUUUCAGAAAGGUAGCUAUGAGGUUGUUGAUUGUGUCAUGCAGGAGUCACGAACUUGCCCCGCCAGGGUCGAAGGAAACGCUUGUUUUAUCAACAUAUGAUACUUGUGUGGGUUUUGUGGAAUGUUUUGCUAACUUAGUGCUUAUCAGAAAGCAGGAAAUGAAAGGAUUUCUAUUUAAAACAAGCAGAAAUUUCCCCCAAUCUGGACUCAGACUUCCACUCUGGUCACGGGUUUUAUGGUGAAGCCCUUGUUCCUUCAUGGGGACUGGCAUUCAAGGCCAAAGGGGGCUAAGAAAUAAGGGGAAAUAAGAGUAUUGUCCAUGAUAAUUGUUCCUUUGUUAAAAAAGCUGCCUUAAACCAGGAAUUGAGAAUUCAGCUUUGUAGACAGCUUCAUCCAACAAAGGGAAAAAAACAUUUGGUUUCUUUUCACCCUCAAGCAUUUUACAUUAUUCAAUAAAGAAAUUGGUCCAACAGGCUUCCGUAGAUUAGGCCUAUUUUACCCGCACGGAAUAUCAAUAGCAUUGUAUACUGCAUUUUUUAUCAUCAUGUUUAUUUAAGUUACCCUUUUACUUUCUCGAACCCUUGUGUCAGAAUGAUCCUAAUAUUUGAGUUUUCAGUUGCUGCUGUCACUGUCGGCCAUGCAUGCCCCUAUUUUUUAUUUUUUUUUAUCAUGUGCUGCUCAGUCUCAGCUUAUUAAACUGAAGUUGUGAUGGGGCAAAACAGCCAGCUGACAUUUCACUUGUCUCCAUGGAUACAGGCAAUUGUGGACACUGUUGACAACCUCCUGAGGCCGGAAGCUCUGAAAUCCUGGAAAGACAUGAAUUCCACAGAACAAAGCCACGCUGCCACAAUGCUUCUGGAUACCCUGGAGGAGGGCGCGUUUGUCCUUGCAGAAAACCUGAUCGAGCCGGCGAUCGUAAAAGUGCCUGCAGAGAACAUAAGUAAGUUCCUCCCUAAUAACUGUAAAAAAAAGAUAAAAACCACACGCACAUAUCUGUCAGUCACAAUUUAUAGCCCUCACGGUUAUGUUUGUUUAAACUUGGCUGUGCAUCAGUACAAUUGCUCCAAAGUGAGUGGAAAAAUUGUCUUCGGGGUGGUAUUUUUUGUGCGUGGACAGCUUUUUCUAAAGGAGAAAAUCAUUACGAAAAAUGGCCUCUCACUGCUGACGUCACGAUAACACUCGGAUUCAGAAAAUAUGUCCUCACAGGCAGUUUAUUAGCCACAUGAGCUCAUUCAUUCUGGUCACCCUUGUGCAAUGAACUGUCAUAUUUCUCCCCAUAGCUCUUUGUUGCUAUGGUUAUGGUCUCCAUCUCACCCCUUUUGUCUUAUACCUCAGUGAUUUUUAAUCUUUUUCGUGCAUAGUUAAGUCACCUCUUUGAAUGCGUGCUGCAAGAUGAACUGUCCAGACCUCCGAGAGAGGGGGGAAACAAAGAAACCAAUUGAAUGGCUUUGUUGCAUUCAUACAGCACUCUAUCCGUUCUCUCCAAGCCUUUCCCAUUAAGUGGUAGUUAGCUUGACUGAUAAGGAGUUGUUGCGCCGUCUUAACCAAACGCUCUGAUUAAUACAUUGUGUAAUAUGAUGUAUAUUGGCCUUGUAAUGACCGCAUUCAGUCGUUUUUAUGAGCUCCUCCAGCUCUCACUUAUCUCAUCAAUAGAGAUAAUAUUGCAGCAGCCAAACAUAAACAGAGCCACAUGAAGGAACGCGGAGAAAAGCUUACCUGACCUCUCAUGAAGAGUUGAAAAUGGGGCGAAUGAUUGUUGCUCCUAAUUAGCGGUUUUGUCGAAGCCUGAACGGCACCUCCAGGCAAGCAUCAAGGGCAAUACAAGGAAGGAGGAGGGAAGGAGGGAGAGCAAAGACGGUGAGAGAGAGAGAGAGAGAGAGAGAGAGAGUGCUAAAAACUAGACAGAGGGGGAGAGCAACAAGAGAACAAUUCCUCAUCUCCGUCUGUCAGAAGCCAUCUAUCUGAGGAAGUGAGGCCAUUUCUGAUGGGAGGGAGUGUGCUGAUACGUGUGUCCUCCUGACCCUUCAGUAAUUUCACACAUCAAAGGGAGCACCACCCGGCAGCUGGCAUACCGGAGAGAGAGAGGGCUGCUGGAAUUUGGAGGAUUUUCAGAGAUUUGCUCGUCGAGGCCCGGAGUUAUCUGAACCCACAGGGGAGAGAAAAAGUAAAAGUAAAAGCUCAAUGAUAUUUUUGAUCCUAUGAAUAUUUGACAUUCAUGCUGCAGUAGGCUGUGUGCCUGCGUUUGCUCAUCCUCUAUCAUCGCCCUUGUUGUUAUUUUUUCCUUUUGCUCUUGCCUCGGAGGGUUUCACAAUGCCAGCCAACAGCUUAGUGACAUGAUUUUUUUAAGCAAAUGACACUCAAUGCUCUUACUGCCAAUGAGAUGGGAUCCUGUUACAGCUACAAUAAACCUCGAGUCUUUAUACACUCCCUGCUGGGCCUGAACGGUAGAGCUCUAUUAAGCAUCAUGUCCUGCUUUUGAACUGCUUCUUGUGAGUAAUAAAAAUCCUUCUCUCUCCCAUCUUCACCUCUUUUUUUCUUACAGUGCUGGAUGUGUACGUGUUGAGCACCGACGGUCAGGUGCAAGAUUUCAGGUUCCCUCAGACGAACAAAGGUGGAGCCACUCUACAGCUUUCCUCCAACACCGUCAAAGUCAACAGUAAAAACGGUGAGAAAUAUAUGAUUCCUCCAGACUCCUGAAAUCACAGUCGAGUUUCACCUCCUCUUGACCUGUUCGGGGUUUUAUCAGCGGUGAUUUUAAAUUUCUUUCUAGAGUACGUGGCAGUGUGUGUUUUUUUUUUUUCAUCUGCUAAAUAAAGAUGAGGGCGUUCAGAUCAGAUACUUUCUCAGAAAUUCUUAAUAGAAUUUUUAAAAUCUGCUCUCUCACUGUGACUAAGAUAAGAAGAUGAGAAGAUCUCCACCACCCUCAAAUCAGAACACUAAAGAUGAUGACGUCUGGUGAUUCGCUUAGUAAAACGUCAAGCAGCGGAAAGAGCUUCUCUAAAUCUGACUAUUAAAACCAAAUAACAAACCAUUUGUUUUUAUGUUUUGUACAAAGAGUCAGCAAUGAGUCUGCGAUGAUGUCUGUAGAAAUGUGCUUGUUAGAGCCCCAUAUGUAACAAUGACCCAAAAUGAUGUAGUAAAACCUAAAAUGUAAUAAAUGACCCAAAAUAAUACAAGUUGCUACAUUUUGGCACAAAGUUAUUAUGUUUUUGGCUCCGCAUCUUGUUACAUUAUCAACAACUUAUUACAUUUGGGGUUUUAUUGCAUCUUUUUAAUUACGUUUUGGGUCAUUGUUACAUGUCACACUCUAACACUUGGCUUAAAAAAUGUUCUUCCAGCUCUGCAGUUUCUGCUGAUUUUCUGUUUGAGCAAGGCUAAAAGUUUCCCAUAAUUCUCAUGCUAAACUAAGCUAAAUACCUGCUUGCUCUGGCUUCGUACUCUGUGUACAUAAAGGAUCAUUGUAUUUGUUUAUUCUCACCUUAAAAACAAGUGAACAUUUCCUAAAUUUUUAACAAAUUUAUGAUGACAAAUAUUUGUCCAUGUCCUUGUUUGUUUAUUUGAAUAUUAGCUUGUCUGUCACUAUAGGUACAGUUUAAGGUCAUUGCGGUCUAAUACAGCCCUUUUCCUUGUAAACACGUGUUUUACUUUAAGUAAUGUAUAAAGCUAAAUCAAAUUUACUCCCAGCCUGUAUACAAAGGUUUUUUUCAACUCAAGAGACAAAGUAUAAUUUAAGAGAUGUCUGUAAAUUUACUGUACCAAGGGCAAAAAAAACAGGUUAAAAGAAGAUGUAUAUCUGUUGUAGGGGUUUCCUUUUGGAAUGAUGCUCAUAUUAAUUUAAGAAUGUGUAGUACAUUUCUGAUUUUCAGAAGGAUGGUUUACAGUGCAAUCUUUGAGGGCUAUAAGUCUUCAUGAUUCUGUAAAGGUUUUUGUUACUUUCUAUUACUGGUUCUUUAUGAGAAUUUAUUCUUGAUUUUUUUGAAAAGGAGGAUAUGUUAGUGUUAUGAUUUGUUCUAUGAUUUUAUGAAAUUAGUAUUUUAUUUUGUAUUUUUUGUAUGCGUAAAAAUUGUUGUUGGGUAGCUUAAUAUGUGCACUUGAUAUAGAGGACAGGCUUAAAUAUAAGCUUAUGCUUCUACCUGUGCCUUUUCAGUCACUUUCUUUAUGAUAUUGUUUUUAAAUGUGAAUAUUAAGUUGUAUUGUGUCUGUGACUGAAUUAAAAAAAAAAAAAAAAGUAAAAAUAAUGACAUUUAACCAGAAGGGCCUCAGAAAGAAGUCACAUUUCUCUGUAUUACCUCUUUUAUUUGUGUGAAACGCACUUUCCUCUUCCUUGUAAAUCAACAGAGACAGUGCAGUACAGCAGCAUCACAUUGUAGGGAAGUCUAGGUCAGUUUUUUUUUUCAAUCUGGGAAAGGAAUCAAGAUAUUUUACAAAUAAAAGAGUUGAAGGGAGUGAAAUGAUUUAAGCACUUGGUACAACCUUGAUACCAGUUUUGAUCUGCUUAUUGAAUUAAUACAAAGAGGAAAAGUUUUAGUAAUGACUCAAGUGUUGUGACUCAUGCUAAAAACUAAAACCAGACAAAAAUAUUAAAUUCGACUGAAACUAUGAAGGGCUAUAAAACUAAUAGAUGUUUUUGUCAAAAGACUGAGAGUGAAUGGAAAUUAGCUGCUAAAGUAAACCCUCAUUUAGUGAAUGAAAACAUAUUUUUUUUUAACAGCACAGAUCAUUUCAAUUUACUCGUUUUGCUCUCUCUGCAUGUCUCAUGAUCUUUUUAUUGCUGGUUGCAGGCGUUGCCAAGCUGGUGUUUGUGCUCUACAAACACCUGGGUCAGUUCCUCAGCACCGAAAACGCCACGCUGAGGGGAAUGAGGGACCUGAACAAACGCAACCUCUCCCUCACCGUCAACUCCCACAUCCUGUCAGCCUCAAUAACCAAGGAGUCCAGCCGUGUGUUUGUCGCCGACCCCGUGAUCUUCACACUGGAGCACCUGGAUGUAAGCCUCCCCCUGAGAGUCCUCCGGACCACACUGCAGAGCUUUUACAAUAGUGAAGCAGCUGCACGGCUCAGCGAGGCUUUGAUGCUUUUUAGUUGUAGAAAAAAAACAGUUUCAGUAAAGUGAAACCAUCUGUAUAACGCCGGUGUAUUCUGGGUGAUGAUCUGCAUUAAUCAGUGAUGUGGACUAGAAGAAUCAGAGAGGAAAUCGCCCCAAAAAUAACUUCACUUAAUCUUAAAAUCUAAAAUGUUUCCAAAUCGAGCUUCUUGAUCAAUUUCCCUCAAAAGAAAACAUUACAUUGACAGAUUGUCCUGAUUCUUAUUGGUAAAACAAGCACACACAAAUAAAGUCUACACAUCAGGUGCAUUGAUGUCUAACAGUGAAACUUAUGAAAUAUAUAAAAGGUGUGUUUGUGUACAGUCAUACAUAUUUCAGCUUUUGUUCAUUUAUGUUUCAUCAUUUUUUCUCUCUGUGUUUGUGUUUUUUUUUUUUCUUUUUUUUUUUGCAGAAGGAGCACUACUACAAUCCCAACUGUUCCUUCUGGAAUUACUCGGAGCGGAGCAUGAUGGGAUACUGGUCCACUCAGGGCUGCAAACUGCUUGAAACCAACAAGAGCCACACCACUUGCUCUUGCAGUCACUUGACCAACUUCGCCAUCCUCAUGGCUCAUCGGGGAAACGUGGUAAGUGGUUGGCACGAGACAUUUUUCUGUCUCAGUUGGUUUUUCUUCCGUCUCGCUGACAGAUUUGUGCACACACGGUAUGAACAAGAACGGCAGUACAGUGGGGAUAAUUAGAUUAUUGCUGGAGGGGAAGGUACAGGGGUGGAGGGGUGGGGAAAAAGAAGUGGGCUGUCACUUUGAAAGAGCGAGAUAGUGGAUCAGGAGAGGAGCGGCCUGACCAUUAUCAUAAGUAAUUAUAUUUUACCUGUGGUCCGUGUCUAAUAUUCCUCCGCGCAUGGGUCCCUGAGAACCAUGGGAAACGGUACAACCUCUGCUUUAACUUAUGUUUCCACCCCUCUUGAAGUGGUGUAGGACCCAUUUGGUCGCGAAAUGCAAUUACAAUCCAAUUACAUGAUAAAUAGUAUGUGGAGCGGGGACCUCGCCAGUAAUAAAUGUGGAGGAUAAGUUUGUGGUUCGUUUAAUAAUACGUCCCCACUCAUGAACUCUGUCCCUGUCAUCUGUCUCAACCUCAACCUUAACCACAGCUUGAAACCAGAGCCCCGAGGCCGGGCUUAGCCUCACACCAAUUCCCUCCACAUCACCUCAACUGCGAUUCCUGCCCUCAAUAAAAUUACAAAUAUCACAGGAGGAAUUGCCUCACUUUCAGGCCAACACGUCCUUGAGUGAUACUUUGUAUGGUCAAGUCUGCUAUUUUCACAUUUGCCCGGUACCCGUCUUGAGCUCGCUUGGUUUUUAGAUUUUCAGAAAACACGGUGUGAUCUGACCUCAAAUGCAGAACCCACAUGUGGAUGUUAUAUCAAGCGGUUCUGGCAGUGUUUUAACUGAUGUUGAUUUCUGCAACGUGGGCCCCAUAAUGUUAUCGAAGCGUGUUCGGUCUGACUGCUAUAUAUCAACAGGGUCUGGGAAUAGGUUUCUGAAAAUACUAAAUGGUGAAACGUGUUUUGCUUGCUGUUAUCACUCCUCCUAUAAUACCUGCCAUUUAUUAAACCAUACUAAUACACCUCUUAUAUGUGAUAGAGAACAAAAUCCUCAGUGCUAUUCCGGCGCAAAAAUCUCAUCUCAGUUCAUCUAAAGCUUCUGUGAAGAUUGAAUAGUCAGAGUUAGUCAGAUCAAGUGAAUCUCCUCCAAAGUUCUUAGUCUUUAUAGUUCAAAGUUCCUUCUCUUUGUAACCAUCCUUUAACUGAAGCCUAUUGGGAAAAAGAUCUAUGGUAACACAGAGAAGGUGUUUUUGUCUGUUUCUUUAAAGAUACCUCUUUCAAUUUUACCUUAUAUUAGCUUUUUAUUAUAUCUUAUAGUAGAUGUUUUGCAAAGAGCAAGGUCUCUGGAUUUUGUCACCCAUCUUGUGGAUUGAAGAAGUGACUUUUUAAUGUUUACUCAGCCAAAGUAAAGGCCCCAGUCUUCAGUUGUUUAGCUCAAAACUCUACCAAUACUUCCAACUCUAGGGGAUAUUCUUCUUUUCUUUUUUUUUGUACCUGAAAGUGCUGUUUAAGUCACAAAAUCAAUGUGCGCACAGCUCUCUGUUACAAAGCUGCUAUUUUACCACAAGUACCAGAGAGGGCGAGUUCCAGGAGCUUCUUUUCAAGAAACCCAAAGUUCCUCUAGUCUAGGUUUCUGUAUUUGAACCAAGGUCUUAGAUCUGUUAUACACAGGUUCCACAGAGGUUACACUGAUGCUGAUCUUUGAUUAUUAAAUAUUGUAACAGCAGUGUUGCUCUGUUCAGACUUCAGAAAGCAUCAUCUUCAGUUUAACAUUCAGACAUUUUCUUACUCCAUCCAAAGCGCACACUCCUGGUUCAAAUACCGGUGCUUACGUACUGCCAGUUUAAGGCAGGAUAUUUACACCCCUGCUACGCCUCCUCUGCAGUUUGUAACAACCAAAAGUGUGGAGUGAGGUCGUCGUCCUCUGACCCACCCUCUGAGGUAGUAACUGGUGCAAAACGGGGGCGUGGAGGUGAGGGUGUGUAGUGUUGCAGCCAGCAGUGCAGAACAGCACUGUGUGUACGUCCGUGUUUAAGUGUGUAGCUGUGUGUGCGCGCGAAGCUCUUGCUGCUUGUUAACAAGCCAUGCCUCUCGCGCUCCCACCAGGUAAUGCGAUGUAUAAUGACACACUGGGAUACCAAUAUUACACCUAGUCAGGGUGCAGUGGAUACAGAGGCGUACUAAUGGCAGAACUCUGUUCCAGCGCUGUUGCACAAUUGGAGAGUAAGAGGCUUUUGUGACAUUGAUGGCAACUUCUACCUUUGAGUGUUGCAAAUAUCUGAACCUUGUUAGAUUGGUCAGACUACCUGCUGCAUGGUCUUUACUACUGAGUGAGAGUACAAGACUAUUCACCCAGAGUCCCUUUACUUUUAGGCCCGGACUACUCGUAUAUAGAUAUUUAUUUAUCAGGAUAUUUUUGUACUCCCGUCUAAAUAAAUGUAUCUGUCCACACGUGUAAGUUCUCAAAAAUAUCUGUGUCCACACGUAGCCUUCAAACUCAAUGCUAUCUGGUGCCGCUUAAAAAAAAAUUCAGGAACAAAGUUACCUGAUUGGUCGAUGAAUCGUAACAGCGUGAUGCGUCAUGUAUUGUUUGCGGAAGCUACGCUAGUGCGUCGGGUCCAUGUGACGGACCAUGUGACCAGUAUAAGUAUUGGGCGCAGCAGACGCCUCUGUGAACUGGCUGACUGGUGGAUGUAAUUGUAUAAAACAAGGUUCACUUGCAAGACUGAAAUUAGCCCCAAAAGGGCAAAACAAACGUAAAGAAUACCCUGUCUGUCCGCCAUCGUUCUUGUUGUUUUUCUUUUUAAUUCGCAUGCGCGAGCUGCGGUUUGACGUCAUCGAUCCGUAAAAGUUCAACCACACGAAUCCACUUAUACGGAUAUUUUUUUAUUUCUCCACUUGUUUUUUCGGAUUCAGAUUUAUCCGGUUUGAGUGUUCCAAACUCCCGUUUUGGUGUGGUAGGGAGGCCUAAUCGGACAUAAAUAUGUGCGGUUUGAAAUAUAUCCGCAUUCGUGUAGUUGGGGCCUCAGAGAAGUUUCCCUUGGACUGAGGAACUUUUGGAGGGUGAAAUAAAGUCUUUGGGACUUUAUUUAGACUCUUGUGCCUGCAGUAGAAAUACAUCAAGUACUUCCAAAAGUACUUUGUCUUUUGAGAACGUUCUCAUGAGGAAAAAGUAGUUAUAGCCUCUAUUUUUUGUAAACCUGCGUUGGCAACAUAGGCUUCAGUAGGGGUGACAUUGUUUUAAAGGGGAACCUAUUUAGUCACAGCACAGAUGUGUAUGUUGUUGAGGAUAGAGACGAUGGUAUUUGGCCAGUAUAUAUUUGUAAUCAUUACAGCAAGCUGAACCUGUAUUAGUGUCCACUUUUGUCCACGAGUGGUGUUACAAGACAGACUUGAUGAGGGACUGUGAACAUCUCGCUGAAGAGCUGGGGCCUUAAGAAAUUUCCAUUUUAAUAAAAACAUACACAUAUGCAGAGCAUCAGGGUUUCCAGCAGGUCAGCUCUCGCACUUCAGCAAAUAUAGCUUGGACCAUUAUGUGCUUAAAUGCCACCAGUCAUUAUAAAAAGUGUGAAGUUAAAGGUCAGUCCGUGCUGUCUGUUUCUCUACAGGGGGAGGGCGGCGUCCAUGAACUCCUCCUCACCGUCAUCACACGGAUGGGUAUCGCCGUGUCUCUGGUCUGCCUCGCCAUCAGCCUCUUCACCUUCUGCUUCUUCAGGGGUCUGCAGAGUGACCGCAACACCAUCCACAAAAACCUCUGCCUGAACCUCUUCAUAGGCGAGCUGGUCUACCUCGUGGGCAUCAACAUGACAGAACCAAAGGUAGAGAGAGGAAAUUACACAGCGGAGGGUUUGGACUUUCAUCCUGCUGAUGAAUAGGAUCCCCUGCUGUUAUUAACCUUUUUACACUUAAUCUACUCCCUGAUUUCCCCUUUUAGUGUUCAAGCAGUUUGCAGAAAAAAACCCACAACAGUUAAAAUCUCAUAGUUCCUCGCACUGCUUUUUACUAUACCUGAAAAUCUGGAAUAUUGAGUUGAAGAGUUAUAUAUUUUACCUGAAAAAGAUAUUUUCUCCUUACAAUGCCUGCAUCAUUUUUCAAAUAGAAAUAUUCCAACUAUGAUUUUCAAUUCUGUACAACUUCUUCACAUUGUAACCUUGAAAACUGUUGGAUACUGGGUUCAUAACAAUAGCUUUGUGCAAAGCUGAGAGUGAAGUUCAAAAACAGACCAACAAGUAAAUUAGUUUAAGUUUUUGACGAUUCUUCUCCUUAACCAGACAAGAGGAAAUGUGAAGUAUGCCCUUGUGUGAGUAACAUAAUAUAGACAGCUUCAGGGCUUUUACUUGACCUUGGCUUAGAGAAUUUUUUGUUUUAUCUUUGCUUGUCUAAAUUUGUUUUAUUUAUGCAAGAUGUGGCAAAACAGAUUCUGUAAUGAUUAACGGUGAAUAUGCAUCUACACAAAACACCUCACUGCCAUUCUGGAGUCAUUCAUGCGCUGAAUUAAAUGCAGAAAUAAUUCUGCAGCUGGAAGGUUUGACCUUCAGAUCAGUCCUAAAAGCACAAAUGCUGUUUAUUUUAUUUUAUCUUUUUAUUUUUAUCCCCGUUAGCUACUACUAUGUAGCAGCUACUCUUCUUGCAAGAAGACAGUAAACCUUCAUAUAAAUUACAAUGAUAAAAGUCCAAACAGGAAAAUUAUACAAGAUGUAAAAGUCCUAACUAAAACAAGAAUAAUGAUGACAUUACAUUUGCAGUUACAGUAGACACUAAUAAAGGCUAAGAUAAAUCCACUAGUAAUCAAAAGGUAAUCUCAUUGGCAUGUAUUGUAUGUCGUCACAGUCUAGUAUAGGUGUUCUGUUUCCUUUUGCAACAAUAACUAAAAAAACUUCACUGUGACAGUGUUACACAGAGGGUUACCAAAAAAUUCACUUUAAAUCUUUUCUUAAAGCUCCUGUGAGGGACAUUUGGUCGGUUCUGGCACCCCUGUGGACAAAGGGUGCCUCUUACCUUUUUUCCUGUAUAUGCGAACACUGUCUUUUCAAGUACUUUUACCUGUUGUCUCUAAACAACAAAACGAUCCAUUCACUGUGAGUGUCGGCCAUGAGAAAAGUCUAAAAAGGAACGUUUCUUCAGCCUACUGUCAAUCAUCUGGUCUGAAAGCGGUUUCAGGCAUCAAACAUCCUGACUGAAAAAUGUUCUGCCAUGUUGCUGUUUGUUUCGUUUGCUCUUGGAGGUCACAAAAAAGCAUCGGUAUCACUUUCAGCCUGUUUCUCAACCUGAUAAAAAAAAAAACUCCUCACUGUGCCUUUAACUAACUACAGUGCAAAAAUUCAAACACAGCGCUGGCAUUUUAUCACCCGUUUGAAGUGAUAGUAAAGAAGUACCCUUUUUGCACAUUAGCCAUUCAUCUAGAGCAGUGUUGCUAUCCACUUCAUGAAUAUUUAUCCUCCCUUGUAGCAUUUUUCUUUAUAUAAGCUCAUGAAGGGAAUAUUUCGCCUGCUUAACGAUCCACUGUGUUUUCAUUCUUGAGCAUUUAAGUCACCUGUUGCACUGUGGGCCCAAAACGAUGCCAAAAUCCAUUGCGACCCCUUUGAUAGGAUUGGAAUAUAUCAUUUGAUCCAACCCAAAAUAUUGAUUUGAGCGGCUUUAAGCAGAGCAAAUAGCUGGUCCUGGAGAUAUUAUAAUCUAGAUAAGCAGGGCUAAUGGCUCCGGUCGAUAAAACCUAAACGGGAGCAUUAACACGGUCGGGAUAAGAAGAAAUUAAAAGUCAUAGUUCAUCCAACCCUGAUAAUGCUUUGUGGAGUCUCUCACCUUUUGAUAUGUUUCUUCCUGUCAGUUGGUGUGCUCCAUCAUCGCCGGCGUCCUCCACUUCUGCUUCCUGGCUGCGUUCGUCUGGAUGUGUCUGGAGGGCUUGCAACUGUACCUCAUGCUGGUGGAGGUGUUCGAGAGCGAGUUCUCACGCAGGAAGUACUACUACGUCUCGGGGUACCUCAUCCCAGCUGUGGUGGUGGGGAUCUCGGCAGCCAUUGACUACAGGAGUUAUGGCACACAGCGGGCGUAAGUGUGGCAGGGAUUCUUCUUCUUCUUCUCCUUCUUUUUUCUUCUUCCUUUUGUGCGAGCAUUAGUCAUCCCUUCUCCCCAUGGAAACACACACAGCUUUCAUGUAUGUGCUAAUGAUAGUGAUAUCACAAAGUGUAGUCAACCUCUAACCUCAGGCAAAUUUACACCCUGUCACUGCUAAGAGAAGAGGCUGCGAAUAAAACUGCAACACUAAUGAAUGUGCUGGCUAGCUGCACCGGCCUGCUGGGUUUUUUAUUCUUUGCAUGUGGGUAAUUGCUGCUCUUGUCAGUUAAAAGUUUAUGCGCUUCUUUGGCUGCUUCUGGUCUUCAUCCGAGCAGUGAGCGCUAUGAUUUGUUAGACUGCAAUCCUCUAAUAUAUGGGACUUAAGUAAACUUCAUUUUGCCGCUGCGGUCUUUUCUUCAUUUCUGUUUCCUGGUGAUAAACACGGCGCAGUACAACUCUUUCUUGACUGGUUUACAAUUCGCUGUUUACCGCUCGCAGUCUUAGGUACACAGUCCGACAUCCCACAUUUGUAGACAUUUUCAGACUGUGAAGUCAUGAGUCCAAUAACCGCUGCCUUUGAGACAGAAGCUUCUCAUGGCGCGGGGCCAACGCUCUCCCAAGGUCGGUUUUCUUCUCUGUGGUUGGAGGAGUCUGUCUUGUGUUGCCGCGGCCUCUCAUCCAGCUUGCUCUGCUCAGCACUGAUCGAUGAGACACAACUUUGUUUUGGCAAUCGGAUGAUUUAAUGAACUAAACACCACCAUUUGCUCCCUGUAGAUGCUGGCUGAGGGUUGAUAAUCAUUUCAUCUGGAGCUUCAUCGGACCUGUGACCUUCAUAAUUGUGGUAAGUUGUCAUUUUUUUUAAGCGAGUGUGUUGCAACUUUUUUUCCCCCUUCAGAGAAACGCUUUGGAAACAAUUUAUAGAUUUUUCUCUUUGUGUGUUCUGCAAGUCUCUCCUCGCUCUGCUCUCUCAGAUCAAUUUGCAUGAAAGGAAAGUGGUCCCAUUAUAGCUGACACGAGGACAUCAGUGUCCACUCAGCUAUGAAAUCCUCUGAAAUCAGAAUUGGUGAGCGGCAACAACUUAAAGCUGUUUGGUCUUGGCUGUACAAUCCUGAGAACACCCUCCCUCCUCUUGGCUAUCGGGAGGAGGAAUCGUCUCAGGCAUGAAGGUCAUUUGCUCGGUGGGAAAACAAGGGUGAUGCUGGUGGGGGCGAACAUGGAAGUAAUGAGUGGGUGGGCCAGACAACCAUUACUACAGCUCAUAGCCCUGCUGAGGAUCAUGACACGUCCCCAGCCAAUCCCUGCACGCGGACAUCUCCAUCUUCACCUUUUAAUAUUUCAUGCGCUGCUCUUGGUGUUCAAAAUACACAAAGACACACACACUUACACUCAACGCAUGCAUGCAUUCAAGCAGGAAUGCAUGCACGCAGCCCAAAACAAACACACACUGCGUAUCCAUACAGGCUCAUAUGCUUAACGCACAUGUAAAUCUGUCUGUAGGCUUUAAAUACGCGUAAAAAAAAAAAAAAAUUGAGAAGUGCUGCGUCGGCACUGCUGAUUUUAAGUGUUGUGUUUGGUGGAGGAGUUAGAGACCUGAAUAUUGUAGAGCUCGGCCCCUUGGAGACCAAGCGUGAGGAGUGGAGUCCAUAUGCAGUUUGCUUCAGCCUUCUGCAGAGUGCCUUGCCUCACUGGCUGUGCGUCUGUCUGUCUGUCCGUGUGUGUGUGUGCGUCUGUCUCAUCGGAUCUGUGUCAUCUCUCGCGGCUGUGUUAAAUGCAUCUUCAGCCACUCGACUCAUGCGGACGUAAAAUCGGCCCCAGUGGCUGAGAGACGAAACUCAGCAUUACUCUAAGCUGUGAUCUAAAAGCCUCUCUCUGUCUUCUUAGCCACUCCUUUUUUUUUCUCUCUGUCUUCCAUCUUUCUUUGUUGGUGUCCAUCUGUUUUUCCACUCACAUCCUUGUUGUUUCCAUUUCAAGAACCCCCUUUUUUUUUCCUGUUGCCUUGUAGUGUUUCAGAGUGCAUCCAUAUGGGGUAGAAAUGAGGAUCUUCUGCUUAUCGGUGAAUGAAGUGUUAGAGAACAAUAUACAGGCACGAUUACGCUUUGUUUUCCUGCCAGCUCCUCCCUUUAAUUGUUUGAUUUUCUUCCUUUAAUAUGCGGUUUAUUAGUCACUGUGGCUUGGCGGAGACACAGGAUAUAAGUUUUUAAUCAGAUUAAAACACAGAUACAUACUUGUUUUUGUGGGAUAUAUACAAUAAUGCAUAUCAAAGGUUUUGCGCCAGAAUUAAAGCACAUCUCCUCCCUCUCCCUCGGUGGCCAUGAGGCCCUGCAGUGCUUACAGAGACACAUCCUGAGAGAAUGGAAACCUUUCUGGAUGUAUGGCUUGAAUCAUUUAAAUGUUUUUCCUGGCUUUUGUUUCUAAAAUAUGGAACUCGGCAGCUCUGCUCUUCUCCUCUCUGUGCUGUGCUGCAGCUUUUGUCUGCGGUACAUCAGGCCUGUUGAACUACAUCAGAUAUACAUUCUGAUAUUCGGGUGAGGAUUUGCACUCUGGGAUUGACUAUAAUGUCAAACAGAAGAGGGAGGAGAAACUUUUGGUGCAGCUUUUACGUCGAAGGCCAGAGCAGUGUGAAGUAGAGCGUGGCAUUAACCUCUUGCUGUGUUUUUUUUAUCUGUGGAAGUCAGUGUGCUUUAUGGUCCACAGUGAGGCUUCAUAUUUUCUUAUUCCUCUCUGUAAAAGGUAAGCUGGUGUUGGCACUCACUAUAAAGCUAAAACCGCCACAUGGUAAGCAGUAUGUUAUGUCAAUAAGGAAAGAAAAUACAGAUUCUGGGAUGAAACUCAAACGCGAGUUUGAAGCACAUGAAUUUGUCUUCUUCCUUUUCAGUGCCACCUAAUAACUCUCAUCGACAGCUCAGAGGGAAUUAUUGAACUUUGAAGGCUAUUGAGAUUAUAUGACAAGACUUUUGCUUUCAAAACAAGACGAGCAGAAACGUUAUCCUUUUUAUUGAUUGGAAUACCUAUAAGGAUACUCAAGCAGAGCAGAAACUAUUAAUCAUGAUGAGCUGGAAAUUAACAGACUGAAGCUUUAAUUAUCACUCGUUUGUCAUGUAAAAUCUUUCUUUGUUGGAUUAUCCCAAACCUGAGAAUUUUCAUAUGUGCCUUUUAAAUAUCCUAUCAGUAAUAAAGUUGUAUAACUAACAUUUUUACAGUUAAAUUGUGGGCGCUCUGUUAUUUUGGUUUUAACAAACAAGAAAAUAAUCCACCCAUAAAGGAAAUAAUCUCAGCUGCUUUUACAUUUAUUGAAGCUCUGACUGUUUUAUUUUACAAAACAUGUACUGAAAUCAUCCUGUAUUUAUUUAAUUUGAUGCGAUAUGGGCAACUGUAGAGUGUGUGUGUGUUAUAUAACUUGAUGCUUUUGCACAGACUACUGUAGGUUCCUCACAGUGAAAUAAAGUUAUUGAAUUGAAUGUAAGGAGCAUGUUUUAAAGGGGUCAUUUAGAGAUUUUUUUUUUCUUUUUUUACCAUGUAAUAGGACUAAACACCCCACCACCUCACCUCACCUCACCCACGUGAGCCACAGGAAUUGGAUUUCCUUCUAAGUGCAGUGUGUAAACCGUGAUCUGCGUCUGUUUUGACAGGUCAAUGUCAUCUUCCUGGUGGUGACGAUGUUCAAGAUGGUGAAGCACUCCACCUCCAUGAAACCUGACUCGUCUCGGCUUGGGGGGAUCAGGUGAGGGUGUCACUCUGGGAGAUUGGGUGGCCACAGUGUGCUGGAAGCGAACUCUGAGACAGUGUGUGUGUGUGUGUGUGUUUGUGUUGAGAUGAGUGAUAUGCGUGGGUGGGUUUCACUUAUAAGUGAAAAAAAAUAAGCCCCAUUAUUUCUUUUUCCUCUCACUUGAAAUUUGAAAAGCUGCAUCUGACCGACACGUUUGUUUGACUUUCUCUUCUCUUAAACCAAGACCAAUAUCUCUCCCUUUCAGAUUUUAUUUAUAGGUACCUUAUUAGUUCGUUUUAUGAUUUUAGUAUUUGCACUACGCCGCAUUAUAUUGCUUUUUUUAUUUCUUCAUAACAGCCUUUUUGACCUUUGGUAUCUUUUCUGGCAUAGUUUACAAGCUUCCUCUGAAAACUGAUUCGCCCACGUCCUCCUCGGUUUAAAGAUAGGGGAAAAAAACAAAAACAGGGACCCUCAGUCAUUCUUUUGGAUCCGGUUGGGCUGCGUUUAAAAAAAAGGAGUCCCUUUACAUUCCUGUGCCGCAGUCCUCAAUAUGUUUGAGGGCAGGCCAACACAUAUGCGAGUGCUAGAUUUUUCUGCAGACACUCUGAUUUUUGUCCAAAAGAAAGAAGAAAAACAGAAAGAAAAAGUGGAUUUUUUCAAACAAAGCGAGGUGCGAUCGUGGAUGCUGGAUUUUUCUAAUUAAGGAGCUCAUUAUCUUUCUUUAAUUAGGGUCCACCUAAAUCUUCUAUGUGUUGAGUUUUGUGUCAAAUGUGGGAACUGUUGGAAUCAAGAGGAUAAGGCUUGUUCGUUUUUGUCGUACUGUAUAAAAGGUAAAAACUGAGAAUCCAAUCACCACUCACUCUCAGCAACUGUCUGCGGAUCCUCUGUUGUCGUCCUAUUUCUGCUCUUCCCUCCAGGCUGUUUCUCUCUCUCUCUCUCUCUCUCUGUCUAGGUGGCUCAUUUCUCUCUUGUGUACCAAUAAUGACCAGCCGUCGUCAUUGAAAGUGACUGUGAAGUUAUCUUAUUUCCUCUAAACUUUCCAGGAAGCUGCCAAGAAAAAAAAACCCUGCUGCGUUUGCAGUCUCUUCAACCAAAAACCCACAGGAUAACUUUAUUUUUUUACAAAACUUUGAAUCAGCAUUUACGCUCUAUCCCACCGCUGGUGCAACUUGACUCUGAGAGGACCAGCAAAUGAGGGAUUUUCCUUUUUUUAACAAGCUACUGUCCAGGAGAAAUGUCCAGCUAUCUUUGCAGAUGAAACCUCGCAUGGUCGUGCUGUUCUACCUUGUAAUUUUUUCCCGCUCUCUCCUCUGCAGGUCUUGGGUGUUGGGAGCAUUCGCCCUGCUUUGUUUGUUGGGACUCACGUGGUCCUUCGGUUUGCUCUUCCUGAAUGAAUCGUCCAUCGUCAUGGCUUACCUCUUCACCAUCUUCAACACUCUUCAGGGGAUGUUCAUCUUUAUCUUCCACUGCCUCCUCCAGAAAAAGGUAUCGGGAACCGUGCGAUCGAUCAGUCGAACAAGAGAAUUCAAAUUUUAUAUCAAGAGUAAAUCGCUCACAAAGCAUAAAAGUCAGAACAGUUGCUUUCACCAGCUGAGGAUAUCUUGUUUACAUCAAUUUUUGUAGAUUAAUCUAAUAACUGUUCCUCAGAUUUACUCACUCGGGUAAUUAUGAUUUCAUCCCCUCAAAAAGUCUAUUAAAGUCUGCAGUGUAAUAAAAUAGAAACAGUGAGCCAAUGAAUCCAUCUAAAAAGUGUUUUUCUAACUUAUCUUUUAAUUAAAAGUUGUCCGUAAAGCAAAGAUUUUCAAAGGAUAAGUUGUUAUUUUAGUAUAUUGUGGUUUUAUACUUGAAGAUAUAAUGAUUGGAUGGCAGAACAGGAUAUAUCUUUCUAAACAUAUACUGUAUUUUCCUGCAACUGCAACUAUGGAUGUUUAGAUUGUGACAUUUUUAGAUUCACCCAGAGGCAGUUCAUGCUAUAUACGUACAUUGUCACUUUGCAGCUACUCAUAUCUGAGGGCCUCUUCCUGCAGUAUGUCGGCGUGUUUUUUAAACUCCUCUCUGACAUAUUCGGCAUCCAAACUGUCAUCAAUUUCACAGCAUUUGAUAAAAAUUUGGGAUUAGCAUCUGUCAUGGGGAGAGCAGCACGGUGAUGAAGUGCUGUCACCUCUGCGUCAAACCCGAGUUCCCCCUCCUACAGUCCAAAUACCUGCAGGUUAAUUGCUGACUCUAAAUUACCCAUUGUUGCAACUGCGAGCAUCAGUGAUUGACGGUCUCAAUGUGUCAGCUCUGUGAAUGGCUGGCGAUCCGCCCUAGCCGUACCCCGCCUCUUGCCACUUGUCAGCAGUGAUUGGCUCCGGGGUGAAGCUAAUGGACGGAUUGAUUGAUGGGUCUCCGUAUCGGGGGGAUUGUGUAGCUGUCUGUGCUCACACCGUCCUGAUCUCUUGUUCGUCUGCAGGUCCGCAAAGAGUACAGCAAAUGUUUCCGUCAGUCUCAGUGCUGCGGGGCGCUGCCGCCUGAGGGCCCCCACAGUGCAGCAAAGACGGCCACGUCUCGAUCUACAGCCCGAUACUCAUCUGCAACACAAGUACGUAUACACCGCCAGGGAUUUAAAGAACCAUAGCUUUACAUCGGCUGUUUUAUAUUGUGAAGUUUUUGUCUACUCUUGCGCCACUUAAAAAUAAAGUCUGGUUUAACAUUUUUCAGUCUUAAACAAAGCUCAAAAUAAAGCAUUAAAUGUCUAACUUAAGCACCUAAAUGUUGUAAUGAAUGUCAUUUUCUUUUGCUAUGUUUAUGGUGAAUUCAUAGCUAUGUCAGUUCCACACGAAUGUAAAAUAAUCAAAUUCCUUUUCAGAAAACUGCUAUUUACACACGCUUCAGGAAUUUACUGAGAAUUUAAAAGACUUUUUGAUUUAUCUGCAAACUGUUUAAAAAUCAAAUUCCUCACAGACAACUGACCUCGUGGUUAAGAGCCACAGAGCAGCAGAAGAAUGAGGAAAGUAUUGAGGAAGCACUAACACACUGCUGGAAUUGGACUUUUCAUAAGAUUUGUUGACAAUGAGAAAAAUGCCAAACAGCAGAGACUGAAAACUCGCCACGAUCUCCAACCUCUGGUAGAAAUCAAUCACUGUAAAGUGGAGCCUCUUGUUUCUAAAAUCUCAGUAGCACUUUAUUUGACGCCUAUCUCUACAACACAUUAUAAAUUCGAUCAAAUAUACAUACAAUACAAUUUUAGACAAGAAAUUCACCUAUUUUUGGAGAUCGAAAAGAAGUAGGUAGAAGCUAUUUAGCUGAUUUGUACUUACCGUCAUUCCUUCCUAUUCAUUGACCUUUUAAACGUCUCUAGAAUUCUAGGAUUUCUGAAGUCGCCAAAAAGUAACCAAAGCUCUAAAGUCUAACAUGAAUAAGUAACAAAUCAUUAAUACUGAGACAAAGACCUUAUAUAUACAUAUAUACAACCAUACACAUAUAUAUACACACAAAUAUGCAUUUCAUAUAUAUACCUAUGAAAUAUAUGAUGCGUUAUAAUUACGUUAUAGCGCUGUAUUACUAUAGUUAUAAUGCUUUAUAGCAAUAAUCAUCAAACAUAAAAAGCAUUUUUUAUGACAUACAAGGUCAGGUAUGAUAAUGUGUUAUAACAGUUAACAGCAGUUGCGUAAUCUAUGUGGGCAUUGUCAGUAAGUUGUUAACAGUGAUAACACAUUAUAAUACCUGACCUUGUAAGUCAUGAUGAAAUGCUUUAUAAUUUGUUAUGAUUAUUGCCAUAAAGCAUUAUGAUCAUUUAUGAGUGUUUAUAACUAUAGUUAUACAGUGCUAUUAUAACACAUUAUACAUAUAUUUAUAAUGCGUUAUGGAGAUAGGCGUCAAAUAAAGUGUGAACAAAAUCUCUCUGUAAUGUGGAUUUAAGGUUUUGUUAUUUAACCGUUGAAACUGCCAAAGGAUCGAGGUCAUUUUUUGACAUGAGAAGCUAGCUGACUGUCAUUAUUGUACAUAGAUGUUUCUUUUAUACCUUUACUCAUGGAUGAGAGAGUCCAUUAAGAGAGAGAGCAACAGGUAGAAAUAAAUGAUCGUAGAUAAAGAGGAAAAAUGCAGUCAGCUCAGAAAGAUCACUGAUGUUUCUAUCAUGACUCUUCUGACUGUGAAAUCUAUCUUAAGAGCACUUCUGAGAAUCUGACGACUACCCAGAAAAUAGGCGCUCUCAGGGCUGACGUCUCACAUUACAGGCUGUGAGAUUCAUGGAGUCCAUUUUCUGUAUCAAUUGGAUCAAUAACUCGUGCUUCAUAGCAUGAUCAUGUCGUCAAGCAGCGGGUUUGCAGAAUCUUGUGUACAAGUGUAGCUUUACAUCACGAACUCUUGUAGCCACUCAAUCCUCAAGGCCAAAAGUCUUUAAAGAGAGCGAUACCAUGUUGAGUCCUGAUCAAUCGCUGCUUUUCUCUCCACCCAGAGCCGCAUCAGGCGGAUGUGGAACGACACUGUGAGGAAGCAGUCGGAGUCCUCCUUCAUCUCAGGAGACAUAAACAGCACCUCCACGCUCAACCAGGGUGAGCAAGCGUUUCUUCUCUUUACCGCCACCAGACAAGACAGAUCCGCCCUUCUCUUUGUGAUGGAGCUCUGAAUUCACAAUAAACACUUCAAUGGGCGCAGCUCAGGAAAAAGGGGGAGGCCUGAUUUAAGGAUGCAUUUUUCUUAGUGUUUAGCUUUCAAAAUAAAAACAGCAGCCUGUGAAGCGUUUUUCCACCACUUUCCUGCUUCACUGAGUCCGUGUUGGAGGAAAGGAAUAAAGACGGAGAAGGUUGUUAGGGAUGUUUUGGUGUGACACUGAUGAGGGCUUAAGUUCAAAUUUUAAUGACCCUUACAGUUGGGGGCGGACGGCGCAGCAUCUGCCUCACUCGUCUUGGCCCUGGAGUGAUUGUCAGGAAGAAGGUAGGGGUGGGGGAGAUGAGCAAAGUCAGGCUGAGGUCAGAACAGAUUUUUGGGAGGGAUCCCGGCAUCUGGAAACUCUGGCUCCAGACUGUGCCAGUGUAGAUUUAAGCUGUACUUCUGAAUUAGUUUAGAUUAUUUUAAAAGACACACAUGCCAGGACAGAGUUCCUCCAUGAUCCAUCUAAACAACCCAAGACACUUAUUACAUUCUUGAGAACUUAGACAAACAUGCCGACGAUGAUAGGGAUACUGUAUUAUUCAUGGCAGGCCACUUAGGCAUGUUUUGUCUAGUGUCUCGACUGGAUGAGUUUGUUUAGAUAAAUUUGUUUCACAUAAACACCGGAGUUGAUUAUGUUGCUGUGCUUUGGUCAACACUUGUCGCGAUAAUAUUGUUUGUCAGUACAUGAGCCGACCGUUUGUAUAAUGUCGCGCUAUGACCGCCGUUUCUAUGGCUGCUCCGUUCAUAAUGUAAGGCAGACAGAUAGUGGGUCAUAAAUCUUGGGCGGUGUCAGAUUCUGGACAGCGGAUGUCAGGGUUUGUUUAUGUCGACAGUGACCCAGCGCACUGCCACAGACCAUGAACUAAAGAACCUCUCGCUCUUUUUCCCUCAACUGUUUUUUUCCCUCCUGAUUUUCUCUUCCUCUCUCUUUUUCUCUCUCUCUCUCUGUAUCUUCCUGUUAUUUCAGGGAUGACUGGCAACUACCUCCUAACUAACCCUCUCCUCCGAACCCACGACACUAACCCUUAUAACAACCUGCUGGCAGAAACUGUGGUGUGCAACACCCCCUCUCCACCGGCCUUUCACUCCCCAGGUGCACAUCCACCUUCCACCUUUACUUUUACAAAAGUUUGUGUUUGUCUGGAAUAAAAGUUUUUUUUCUUUUUUUGUUAUAAACUUCUGUUGAGAGUAAAACAAGAUCAUCAGUACCACUCUCAUUAUCUUCUGUUUUAUGAGGCUAGUAGAUGCAUAGCCUGCCAUGGAUUGACAGGAGAUAGGCAGAAACGUGUGUGAAAUCACAUUAAAAUUUUACACACAGCUUUACCCACAACUGCACAAGCUUACUAAUAUUUCAUUUGGAUUUGUAUUCAAACAGAGAAAAACAGCAGGCUGUGGAUCUAUAGAAAGCAGACAGCACAAAAAGCUUUAGUAUUGAAGGAUAAAACCUUGAUUUAUAUUACACUAGUAUGAAAAACAAGCGCUCACAACAAGAGGAUAUGGUUUUAUUCGCAGCAGCUCGACCUGAAUUUAUGUUAGCUGUUGCAGUGACUAAAUCCACCUUCCAGCAGCUUUAAAUCACAUUUAUUAGUGAAAAAAAACACUGAAAAAACAAGAGUGCCCGAAUGAUUAAUAACGGAUAAAUAUUGCAUUCGAUUCACUUCGAUUUAAUAAACAUUUUUUCCCAAUUAACCUUGUUUUUUAUUUUUUAGGUGCUGCAGUCAGGCUGCCAAGUAGACAUUUAUAAACAGAUAUUUUUGCCACUCUUUAUCGAUCAAGUGUCCUUGUUUUGAACAACACCAGAUUUCUUCUCCUCAUUGAUAUCACAACACUAUUGACUUACCAUUGGGACACAGUGCAGCACUUCAUAUUCCACAUAUUUUAGAUACUUUCUCACUUAACAACACUUCACAACUUGUUUGUAUAAUCCAUACAAAGACAGUGAUUUGCCUUUUUUUGUGCUGUGCUUCUGUCCCGGACUAUUUCUUGGCUCUGAGCAGUUGCUAAGCAACUGACUUAGAUCAGAAAAAAAAGUAACAGUUCAUGAUAGCGAAAGAGUCCAGCAAAUAACCCCGUGUAAAACUUUGCAUCAUCAUUUUAACACUCAACUUUUUGUUUGCAUUAAAUAAGCCGGUAAUAACCGUAGAGGCUCCUGUAGGCGUAUUUCUGUUUCCAGUCUUUGUGGGAAGCUAAGCUAACCGGCACUGAGCUGUAGCUUCAUAUUAAACAAACAGACAGAUAUGAGAGUGGUAUUAACCUUCUUAUCUUACUCUCUCCUUUGAGUGUCAGGUUUAUUAAGUACAUGAAAAGUCUCGAGGUUGUUGCUCUGGCACGGCAUGCAUGCAAACAUGUUGAGAAUAAUUAAUGUAGAUUAACAGUUUGUUCUUCACACCUUCUCUGUAUUUUUAGUAGUUUUUAUCUGCGCAGGUUUUCUUCCUUUGUAAGUAGACAGGGAGAUAAACUCAGAGUUGUCAGUGCUAUCUUAUCUGCUGAGCAGCCUUAUGGGAAUUCUUCUGUGUUGAAAGAGCUUCACACGCUGGUUGAUCAUUUAUGUUGUUAACCUCUAUCCUAGGAUGAUAUCUUUACAUAUUCUUACUUUCCUCACCUCAAAUUAGAAGCAAGUUUGAUUUAAAGCGCGUCAGUGUUUAUGGUGACCUAGUUCCCUCUCUGGCAGUGCAAAAGAAACCCAAUCAAAGACAGGAAAAAAACAGAAGCGCAUGACGCAAUGCGGGCAGAGUCAUCGCCCUCAGAUAUUCACAGGCAUUUGAUGAUAAAAGAGAAUAUAGAAAAACAGCAAUAUGGCCAAAGUGUGCAAGGAGAGGGUUUGCAGAAACAUAUAGCUUUGACCCUCUGCAGUCAUCGCAGCUGUACAUUCAGCGAUAAUGAAGCAGGCUGGGGACCAAACAACAUAUUCACCGAAAAUAAGACAUUUAGUGAUUUUCUGAGCUUUUUAAUGUGAGCUCAGCUGCAGUUUCGACACAGAAGUCAGCGUUCAUGCACACAGCUUGUGCAUCAUUUGCCCUAAAACGUUUACCUACUUAAUCACUGCAGGAUAAUUGCAUUUUAACACUUGUGCACAGGAGACGGAUUAAAAAGUGGGGAUAUUUUUAAUUAGCAGGUAAUUUAAACAACGACGUAAACAUCUCCUUUACCUGUUGAUAGACUUCUUCUUCUUCUUCUUCUUCCCCUGAGGCGAGCUGCUGUAAAUAGUCGCUUUUAAACAACAGCAGCGAGAGCAGAUCAGGAAAAAUGGAUAAAAACUCAGGGAUUAAAACGACGGAAACUGAUUUCAGAGCAGCAGGCAACAAUAUGACACACAAAUGUCAAAAACAGGUGUGAAGAUCACAAACCAAGUAUGAAAUACGCACAGAGAGACUGUCAAGUUCAACAUGAGCCUUUUGCAAAAAUUCGCCUGCUAUAGUCAUUACAUUUGGCUCCUGGAAAAGGAUGAGCGUGUCCUCUAUUGUAAGUGUAUUAAUACUAAGUAAUGCUCUGCAGAUGUUCUGAUGCAGUAAAAAAAUCUGUGCAGAGAACAUCUUGGAUGAAUCUUUGCUGGAACGGUUCCCAGAGUGCAGCUGUCGCCGUGUCCAGUUGAAUUCUGUUCACAUCAUUUCCCCUGCUCCCGGUAGACAAUACCUGUCUGCAAUAAAAAUCACCCCUGUGCAUAAACAAAUGCAAAUUUGGAAGUAGAGUCUAUUCAGAGAGAAGUCUAAUAAUCUCCCCCCUCCCUUCCCGUAUUUUGCCCUUUUGCUCCCUGCGCUCCUUUCCCCUCUCUUUUUGAGAAAGUCUUUGAUGUUGUUUUUAGACUUUUUUUUUUUUUCCCCGCUUGCCAUCAUCCACUUUCUGACACGCUCAUUUGAAAGCUAAGACUACAGUCUCCCCUCGUUCUCUUCUGUGCGCAAAAGACUGCCAGUGACGACAUCCUCACCCGACAAAAUGUCAAGCCUUUCACUCACCGGCUCUCAGUGUACCCAGUAAAUAAAAUCCUCAUAUCAAAUCAAACUAGCCCCCUUCACUUUCAUCCUGCUACUUGAGCUUAGUCAGAGGGUGCGCAAAAUUAGAGUGCUCGACUGUGUGAUUGUGUGUGUGUGUGUGUGUGUGUGCACAUGAGAGUGAUAGAUGUACACUUUUAAAAGUCAUUCAAAGAGAAAUAAUGUCCCUCCUUUUUACCGUAGACUUGUUUUUAAAAGAAAGACUCUGCUUGCUGCUGAACCCUUUCACCUGCUGAGUCCAGGAUUCAGUUGUCCUUGAUUGGUCCUUUAGCUCUCUCAAACUAUUAAACUCAUCAUUUUGCUGUCACUCUCGGACAAUUUGAGCAAACAAUAACACAAGAUGAAUGAUAGUUAAUUACAAGGACAUGAACCGAGCUGGGUAGACUGAAUCCGGGCUGGAUGUUACAAGCUUCCACUUUUGUCUUAUUUCAGUGAUUUUGUUGUUUCUGCUGCAAUUGAAAAAAAGCAUCUGUUUUACUUUUUUUGCACAUCAGCUGUUCUUAGGCCAGAUAGCCUGAGCAGACACACUUGAUGUGAGUGGUGGCAAAGUGAGUCAUUGCACCGUGCCUGUCUGUUGUGGUGUGUGGGGGUUGUUGCCGUGCUUGUGGGGCCCCGGUGCGGAGAGGCAGCCGGCCAUCUGUGUUCAACAUUACUCUUUUGUGUUGCCUUCUUUUAACAGGUGGAAUGUUUUAUUCAUUGUUAAUGUCACAGCACUUCCUCAUCAGCUUGUAUGUACUUUUUUUCAACGCUCAUCCUAUCCUGCUGCUUCCUGUAUGCUGCUGUGUUGUUACCUGGUCAUCAGCUACUUGAUAUCGCGUGUCGCUGUGCUGUAUUUUUUGGUUUUGACGUCAUCUUUUGUUCUCAUUUUCUUCUAUAUUGUUCAGGAUAAUCUCUUAGAUUGGCUUUAAUGAUAUUCAGCCAUGAUGAGGAUGGACAUGAUGGGGAGCUAAUUGGGUUCCUCUUUGAAUUUUAAAACUUUUUGUAUUUGCAUAAAAUUGAAAUUAACCUGGAGAUCAAAGAGCACAAGAGUGCAGUGUCCUGAGCAGUAUCAGUUGUAUGUGAGUGGUGUGGUGGAGACUGUUUUGUUCGAUAAAAAGGGGAAAAAAGCGUACAGCUCACAGACUACCUCUGUACUUUUUUGCAGGACAGCAUUCUCUGAGCAACAGCCGGGACAUCAGCGCCAUGGACACCCUCCCCCUCAACGGCAACUUCAACAACAGCUACUCUCUGCGGGACGACGACUAUGAAGCUGUGGGCGUCAGAGCCCCGGCUGACCUGGGGGGCCUCAACUUGGAUGAUGCCGCCUUUGAGAAAAUGAUCAUAUCUGAGAUUGUCCACAACAACCUGAGGCCCCGUGGGGCCCCUAAAGGACGCGACGCCCAAAGGGAGCGGGACAGAGCCCCGCCUUCUCAGACCAGAGUGACAGUGGACCGAGGCGGGGGUGGGAGCGGCAGCGAGGACGACGCUAUCGUGGCGGAUCACGCAGAAGCUUCGUCCCCCCAGAGAGGAGGUGGACGAGGAGGCCACACCACGCUGGAGCUGCUCCUGCACCCCCACCACAAGGAGGCACUGGAGGCCCCACUCUUGCCUCAGAGGACUCACUCCCUGCUCUACAGCGCUCAGAAGGCCCCACGGCGCCUGGAGGGGCAGGGCGGCCAAGGCCCUGAGACUGUUACUGCAGUGGAGGACACAGGCUCAAACUCACCCAACAAUAACAGAGACUCCCUGUACACCAGCAUGCCAAACCUGAGAGACUCCCCCUCACCCUCAGCUUCCCCGUACCCCCCUGAGGAGGAGGAGGAGGAGGAGCUCUCUCCCUCACCUCGAAGCGAGAGCGAGGACGCGUAUCAUAAAAGCAUGCCCGAGCUGGGUGACACCCCCCAGCCAAUGUCCUACUACCACAUAAACCGAGGCACCAGCGACGGGUGCAUCAUCCCACCCAACAGCGAGGAGUGCCCACCGGAAGGGGAGGCGCCCACCGACGGACAAAUGCAGCUCAUAACCAGCCUCUGAGCGCGCCAUCUUUGUUUGCACAGGGUUUAACAGAUGGGUGCCGUCGGGUUCAUGUCAAGAGAGUUGGCAAGUCCAGCUCGGCACUCCACAUGCCCUUCCUGUUAGGACAGGAAGUGAGAUGUUGUUGGGUGGGAAAAGGAAUGAAGAAAUAACUUUUUUUUGCACACAGAUCUCAUCAACACACAAAACAUGUCCAUCCGAGGCUGGACCAAUGUGGACUGUGAACUCUCUGCUGUUGGACAAAGAGGUGCAGAGAAUAACACACAGGCGGCCGUGUCAGAGAGAAGUCUGGCUGUUGUUCUGUGCUGUUGGAGAAUAAGGGAUGAAAAAUACUCCGAGCUAAGAACUAUGAAACUCCUGACAUACUCCUGGGAGUUUUUUGCAGGACCAGGGUCUUUUUAGUCAUGAAGUACAGAACUAGAACUAGUGUGGCUCCACUGCACAGGAAGGACUGUCAAGUUAAGAAACCACUAAUUCAGACUCAGGCCUUAUAUUUUCUCUAUUGCACAUUUAACUGUUGUACAAGUAACAGCUAAAGAAAAUAUAUUUUGCUGUACCACUAGUGUAAAAAGUCAACAAAAGAAAAAAACGGAAGAAAAAAGAAAAAAACCGAAACGGCGACAGCUCAGUAGUCAUGCCCUUUCAAUGUUAAUACAACUCUUCAGAAAAAGGUUAAUCAAAAUGGUGGAAAUGUGCUUUUUUUCCUCUCACACUUGACUCUUGUAGUAUGUUUGAAUAUGAAGAAAAAAAAAAAAACGUUUUGAGAGAUAUCAACCAUAUGGAAUCAUGCUCACGUCUCUGCUUGUGAAGUGCUUUUUGCUUUCAUGAAUGAUGAGUUUUUUCGCCAGUAGUAUCUUUGUUAACACCAGGCCAUGCACAGAUUUGGAGUGAAUUGGGGAAAAAAAAAACUUGUGUAAUUUAUUUUACUUGAAGGGAAAUUGUCAGGUUCAAAGACUUCUGUUCGUGUCAAUGCGAUAAGUGCAGUUUUUGCCGACAUGUUUCAUCCUUUGACACUAAUUAAUUUAUUAACUGAACUAUUCAGAAAAAAAAAAGAAGAACAUGGUUGGAAAGUGUGAAAAGUUGUUGCAGCACUGAUUAGGUUCAUUUUAUUUCUUUUGUAAGAGCCCAUCAUCAGCUGAUAUUUAAUUCAACUCCUGUUUGAUAUCAAAUAAAUGUGAAUUUUUUUCUUGUUCGCAGAUGUCUGGCUGCUUCUUCUUUCCGCGCAUAGAAAUAAUAUCUCGAGCACAGUGACAAUAGAGCCGAGAAUAUUUGACAUUUUUCUGCAGACGAGAAAUCCCAUUAAAGACCAAAAUUAACAAUGAGUUAGUGUUCGUCUGAUGAUUUUCAAAGCCUGUCUGGGACAUUCAGCCUUGAACCCAUAUGUUCCUAAUGAGUACAUAACUGCUUACCAUUAAACUGGUGCUAUAAAGCUCAGUGAUUUCCUUCAGCAGCAUGGCACUGUAGUUUUUAAGCGAGGGUUCAGACUGUCUCAGACACAGCAGUAAAUCCUGAUUCGGGGGCGACUGUUUUCAGCUGCAGAUUACAUUUAUUUAUUGCUCCACUGAGGAUUAACUGUAGCAGGAUGGUGUCUGUGCUCUAGACCUGAAAUACACACAUUGCUAUAGUCCUUCAUGCUGAAGGACACCAACAAUUUAAGUUGUCUUGAGUAAUUAGGACGUAAUGGGUUAUGUGUCUACUCCGGAUUUUAGUGCCUGUGUUGGCUGAGGCCCGGACUACACGUAUAUAGAUAUUUAUUUAUCAGGAUAUUUUUGUACUCCCGUCUAAAUAAUCGUAUCUGUCCUCAAAAAUAUCUGCGUCCACACGUAGCCUUCAAACUCAAUCCUAUCUGGUGCCGCUUAAAAAAAAAUCUGGAACAAAGCUACCUGAUUGGCCGAUGAAUCGUAACAGCGUGAUGCGUCAUGCAUUGUUUGCGGAAGUUACGCUAGUGCGUCGGGUCCAUGUGACGGUGUGGCGGCUAUAACAAAGCAGACGCCUCUGUGAGCUGGCUGACUGGCGGAUGUAAUUGUAGAAAACAAGGUUCACUUGCAAGGCUGAAAUUAGCCCCAAAAGAGCAAAACAAACGUAAAGAAUACCCUGUCUGUCCGCCAUCGUUGUUGUUGUUUUUCUUUUUAAUUAGCAUGCGCGAGCUGCGGUUUGACGUCAUCGAUCCGUAACCACACGAAUCCACUUAUACGGAUAUUUUUUUAUUUCUCCACCUUUUUUUUCGGAUUCAGAUUUAUCCGGUUUGAGUGUUCCAAACUCCCGUUUUGGUGUGGUAGGGAGGCCUAAUCGGACAUAAAUAUGUGCGGUUUGAAAUAUAUCCGCAUUCGUGUAGUUGGGGCCUCAGUGGAUUUUCGGCACUCACCUGUGUAGAGCUCUGCUGGAGAAGUUGAGAAGUGAGCAAGCAGCAGGAGGAGGAGUUGUUGAGAUAAUUUUCUUUUCAUAUUACUUUUUAUACUCACGGCCGCAACUGGAGCAGGAUAAGCAGGAGAAUCUGUCUUACUGGGUAAAAUUGCAUAAAAGCUAUUAACAGGAUCAAAUAUUAAUGCUUUGUUGCUCUAUGAGGACAAAGAGUUCAAAUGCGUCACAUUUUCAGUCAUUUACAAAGACACCAGAGCAUAUUUGACACAGGGGCUUUGGCGGGCAGCAUCAGCCUGUUAAGUUUGGUUACAUUUUGUCAGCCGAGUAAUAUCAAUAAAUCAGGAUUCGCUUGUUUUCACAUUUCUUUUACUAAUCUGACACAUAGUAGGUACAAAUCAACCCA